CACCAUGUUAACACUUCUGAGCAGUUGGAGCAUUCCCAGCCUUGCCUCGGGUGUAGGGACUGCAAGGGAAAAAGCAAAACUACACGGAUAAGACCCUGUGUAGUUUUGUUUUUUGGGGAUAGUUCGAGGCUCAACCGUUCUCACACUGUUUUCUGAAAUCACAUCUGGAUAAGGACUUUGUUUCAGAAGACAAAACCGUUUGGGCUUCGUCCCUCCAUUUCAAGGCACCCUUGUGGAUACAAGGUGCCUUCAACCAUGUCAACACAGGCACCGACAUUUACACAGCCGCUUCAGAGCGUUGUGGCACUUGAGGGUAGUGCUGCAACGUUCGAAGCUCAAGUUAGUGGUAAUCCAGUUCCAGAGGUGAGCUGGUUUCGUGAUGGCCAGGUUCUUACUGCUGCCGCUCUGCCCGGCGCUCAGAUCUCGUUCAGCGAUGGCCGCGCUGUUCUGAUGAUCCCCGCUGUGACAGCCGCACACAGUGGAAGAUUUUCUGUGAGAGCCACCAAUGGUGCUGGACAAGCCACUAGCACUGCUGAACUGCUGGUUACAGCUGAAACUGCACCACCAAACUUCAUUCAGAGAUUGCAGAGUAUGACUGUGAGACAAGGAAGCCAAGUGAGACUGGAUGUUCGAGUUACAGGAAUCCCUACACCUGUGGUGAAGUUCUAUAGAGAGGGAGCAGAGAUUCAGAGCUCUGCUGACUUUCAGAUUGUUCAAGACGGAGACCUUUACAGUUUGUUGAUUGCCGAGGCCUUCCCAGAAGAUUCUGGAACUUAUUCUGUCAGUGCUUCUAACAGCAGUGGACGUGCAACUUCAACUGCUGAGUUGCUUGUUCAGGGCGAAGAAGAAGCUGUACCUGCAAAGAAGUCCAAAACGAUUAUUUCAGCCUCUCAGAUUUCACAGACCCGUCAGACUAGAGUGGAGAAGAAGAUGGAGGCUCAUUAUGAGGCCACAGCCAUGAUGCACAUGCAAGUAGAGGGUGGGGCUGUGGCCCAAAAGCUGGCACAUAAGACUCCACCUCGUGUGCCUCCUAAACCAACCUCCAAAUCUCCCCCUUCACAAGUGACUAAAGUGUCAGCUGCUCGCCAACAGUCUCCCUCUCCUGUGAGGCAUGUUAAGGGCCCGACACCCACUCCUGUCAGAGCUGUGUCUCCAUCUACCAGACUGUCUGUUUCCCCAAUCAGACCAGUCAAAUCCCCUGUGAUGACCCGCAAACAGGUCACGCAGGGCUCUGAGGUCCUGCCCCCGUGGAAACAGGCAGGAUAUGUAUCAGAAGCCAGCUAUACCCGCAUGAUUGCUGGAGCAAAACAAGUCCAGACAACCUCUACCCAUGUCCAAAUGGAACAGCGCUGGGAAGGCUCUGUUGCUGUCCAGCAACAAGUUGGUGCUGUCAAAGAGGAGCAGCAAAACAUGGAUGAGAAAAGUAUUGCUGUUGCCACUGUGGUGGCGGCAGUGGACCAGGCUCGUAGUCGUGGGCCGCUCAGUUGCUCUCUAGAACAGCCCAGUGUUGAAACUGGCAUAACUGCAGAACACAUUACAUCUCAAAAUGAGCAGAUAUCAUGCAAGGAAAUCCAAGAGGAAUCCUUCACAGCUGUAACAACUCAUAAAAUCAAUAUUGAUGUUUCAACCACUAGUGAGAGAUCCUUGGAAGAGAUCUCAUCAGCUGCAGAGGGUGAUGGGAAAAAAGCAGAAGCCGUGGCCACUGUGCUUGCUGCUGUUGAUCUUGCACGUAUACGAAAGCCCACGCAUGCUGAAGGGGCUCAGUUGGAAGAAGAGGCUGACAUAAGACAUCAGGAAAUGCUAGCAACUAAGCAACAGGUCACAAGUAAAAAGGAGCUGUUGCUUAUUCCCACUGAAAUGCCAUCUUCUACUACUGAGAAGAGUGUACAUGUCACCCAGAUUCAAAGAACUACUGAGGUUAGCUCCAAGGUGGAGACUGACCUUGCACCAUCCCCAGUUCCACAUUUCACAGUAUCAAAAGUUACUGUACCAAAACCAGAUCAUAGCUAUGAGGUUUCAAUAGCAGGUUCUGCUAUCGCCUCACUACAAAAAGAGUUAUCCUCAACAACUGCAACUCAAAAGAUCAUCAAGCCUGUCAAGCCUCCAACACAUAAGAUUGUGGAGACUCGUGUGACCCCAGAGCCGACUCCUUCUCCUUUUAGAGACACUGCAGAGAGAUAUCAGGCUCAUUUUGAAACAGAGUUACACAGAAAGAUAGGCGUUUCAUUUGCUGGGGAAGAAUGGGACACAAAGGUUGUUGAGACUGCAGCGAUCCCCUCAGCUAUCAAAGAGCCUGUAGUGCCCCCUACGUUGAUAGCAGGUUUGAAGAAUGUGACUGUCACAGAGGGAGAGUCUGUCACUCUGGAGUGCCAGAUUUCAGGCCACCCUACCCCAGCCAUCAUGUGGUUCAGAGAGGAUUACAGAAUUGAGCACUCCAUUGACUUCCAGAUCACUUAUGAACACAGCUAUGCCCGCUUGGUGAUCCGUGAGGCCUUUGCAGAAGACAGUGGCCGCUUCACUUGCACUGCUACCAGUGAGGCUGGAACUAUCAGCACCUCUUGCUACCUGCUUGUCAAAGUGUCUGAGGAGAUUGAGAGCAGAGAGGACAUUACUGUCCAGGAGAAACAGACUGUCAUUGAAGCCAAAGAGGAGACCAUUUCUGAAAUAAGUGCAGUCUCUGUGGAAACUGGAGCAGCUGCUGCUCCUUUCUUUGUGAAGAAGCCAGUGGUUCAGAAGCUGGUCGAGGGGGGCAGUGUUGUCUUUGAGUGUCAGAUCGGAGGUAGCCCUAAGCCCCAUAUUUACUGGAAGAAAAGUGGAGUUCCAAUCACUACUGGAUACAGAUAUAGAGUUAGCUAUAACAAGGAUACAGGGGAAUGUAAGUUGGAAAUUUCUAUGACAUUUGCUGAUGAUGCUGGAGAGUACACCAUUUUUGCCAAGAACCAACAUGGAGAGGUGUCUGCUUCCAUAAGCCUUCUUGAAGAAGAGGAGUUUGAAGCCUAUAUGAAGAAACUGGAUGUGACAUAUGUAACGGAAGUGACAACAAUGGUGCAGGAGCCCAGAGUGGCAGAUGUGCCCCCGGUAGUUGUAAGCGAAUAUGAAAAAGAGAUGAUGCAGAGGAGGAUGGCUCAGCAAACACAGAUGAUGCAGUCCUUCAUUUCAGAGACGGAAUUUCAAAUAUCUGCAAUUGAACGAAAAAUAAUCCAAGAGAUUGAAAUCCGCAUCCUUAAAAUAACUUACCGAGAACUGGUGAUUGAGGAUGGUGAGGAGAUGGUCAUGAAUGUUGCUGAGCAUGAGGCUGUCGGAUCCUCCUUUAGCACUUCAGUCAAAAGCUACAGAAUUCUGGAAGGAAUGGGUGUUACUUUCCAUUGCAAGAUGGAAGGAACACCAUUACCAAAGAUUGCCUGGUAUAAAGACGGUAAGCGCAUUAAGCAUGGAGGCCGCUAUCAGAUGGAGGUUCUACAAGAUGGUAGAGCUAGUCUGCGCCUACCUGUGGUGUUGCCAGAAGAUGAGGGCAUCUAUACUGCGUUUGCUAGCAAUAUGAAGGGUAAUGCUGUCAGUUCCGGAAAGCUCUAUGUGGAGUCCACAGCAGCUGCUCAGCCUUACUACCCACAGGCCGAAGCUGUGAGAAGAGUCCAGUCUACAUCUCCAAUCUCCUCUUCAAAAACUAACUACCCCCCCCGCCCCCCCCCUCCCCCCUCUAUUAGUCGUUCUCCUGCUCGUAGACUUGAUGACACUGAUGAGAGUCAACUGGAGAGGCUAUAUAAGCCUGUCUUUGUACAGAAGCCAUCAUCCUUCAGGUGUUCUGAAGGACAGACUGCAAGGUUUGACUUAAAAGUAGUUGGAAGACCUAUGCCCGACACUUACUGGUUCCACAAUGGACAACAAGUGGUCAAUGACUACACCCACAAGAUUGUGGUAAAGGAGGAUGGAACUCAGUCAAUGAUUGUGGUUCCUGCCAUGCCUCAGGACUCUGGAGAGUGGACAGUUGUUGCUCAGAACAGAGCUGGAAAGACUUCCGUAUCUAUGACUCUCACUGUGGAAGCAAAGGAAAAUUUGGUCCGACCCCAGUUCAUUGAAAAGCUAAAGAAUAUCAGUGUUAAGGAAGGAAGUUUGGUUGAGUUGGCAGUGAAAGCCAUUGGAAACCCCCUCCCUGACAUUGUCUGGCUGAAAAACAGUGACAUCAUCUCUCCUCAUAAAUACCCUCACAUCAAAAUUGAGGGUACCAAAGGACAGGCACAUUUCCAGAUUCCUCAGACUGCUGGCUCUGACAGUGCAUGGUACACAGCCACAGCCAUUAACAAAGCUGGCAGAGAUACCACUCGCUGCAGAGUCAAUGUAGAGGUUGAGUUCACCGAACCUGAACCAGAAAGAAGACUCAUCAUUCUCAAAGGAACAUAUAAGGCUAAGGACGUUGCUCCACCAGAAAUUGAACCACUGCAUCUUCGCUAUGGUCAGGAACAGUGGGAAGAGGGUGACCUCUAUGACAAGUAAAAACAACAGAAGCCACACUUUAAAAAGAAGCUUACUUCAGUCAGGAUGAAGCGAUUUGGACCUGCGCACUUUGAGUGCAGACUGACCCCUAUUGGUGACCCAACUAUGGUUGUUGAGUGGCUGCAUGAUGGCAAGCCACUGGAAGCUGCUAACAGACUGCGUAUGAUCAAUGAGUUUGGCUAUUGCAGUCUUGAUUAUGAAGUUGCUUAUUCCAGAGAUAGUGGCGUCAUUACCUGCAGAGCUACCAACAAAUUUGGUGCUGACCAGACCUCGGCUACACUAAUUGUGAAGGACGAAAAGGGUCUAGUGGAGGAUAGUCAGUUGCCAGAAGGUAGAAUACAGAGAAUGGAUGAAAUAGAGCGAAUUGCCCAUGAGGGCGCACCCUCAGGAGUAACUGGAGAUGACAUGACAGAGAAGUCCAAGCCAGAGAUUGUCUUGCUCCCAGAACCAAUAAAAGUAUUUGAGAGUGAAACAGCCAAAUAUCGUUGUAGAGUUACUGGUUACCCCACUCCCAAAGUCAACUGGUACCUGAAUGGACAGCUCAUUCGAAAGAGCAAACGAUUCAGACUACAAUAUGAUGGCAUUCACUAUUUGGAAAUCACCGACUGUAAGUCGUAUGAUUCUGGAGAAGUCAAAGUAUUGGCUGAGAACCCUGAGGGUACAGCUGAGCACACUGUCAAGCUUGAAAUCCAACAGAAAGAAGACUUCCGGUCAAUUUUGCGCCGUGCUCCUGAGAAGGCUCCAGAGGCAUCUGGUCCUGAACCUGGCAGAGUAUCUUUCGAUGUUGUGAAGGUAGAUAAACCCACAGAGGCUUCACAAGCAAAAGAAGUUGUCAGACUGAAGAAGGCUGAGAGAGUUGUUCAUGAAAGAUCCACAGAAGAGACAGAAGAGCUGCGAAGCAAAUUUAAGCGCAGGACUGAAGAGGGCUAUUAUGAAGCCAUAUCCUCGGUUGAGAUGAAGUCUCGUAGAAAGGAUGAAUCUUAUGAAGGAAUGCUAAAGAAGAGAAAAGAAGAACUUCUGCACUGGACCAAAGAGGUGCCUGAGUCAGAAAAGAAGAAAGAGGAGGAGGAAGGCAAACUUAAAAUUCCUACAAUCAGACCUGAGAAAAUUACUCUCUCUCCCAGCAUGGAGGCUCCAAAGAUCUUGGAAAGAAUUCAGAGCCAGACAGUGUCUCUGUCUGAUGAAGUUCGCUUCCGUUGUAGGGUUGUUGGUAAACCAGAACCAGAGUGCCAGUGGUUCAAAAAUGGCAUUUUACUUGAGAAGUCAGAUCGUAUUUAUUGGUAUUGGCCCGAAGACCAUGUCUGUGAAUUAGUAAUCAGAGACGUCUCAGCUGAGGACUCUGCUAGUAUCAUGGUCAAAGCCAUUAACAUUGCUGGUGAGGCCUCAAGCCAUGCUUUCUUGUUGGUGCAAGCCAAGCAGCUUAUAUCUUUUACCCAGACACUGGAGGAUGCCUAUGCUAAAGAGAAAGACACAAUGGUAACCUUUGAAUGUGAGACAAACGAGCCAUUUGUCAAAGUCAAAUGGAUGAAGAACAAUGCCGAAAUUUUCUCCGGAGACAAAUACAGGAUGCACUCUGACAGAAAGGUGCACUUCCUAUCUGUGCUGAUCAUCGACAUGCAAGAUGAUGCAGAGUACACUUGUGCUUUAGCUGAUGAUGACCACAUAAGAACUUCUGCCAAACUUCAUGUUGAAGGUGCACCAUUGGAAAUUAUAAAAAAUCUGGAGAGCGUUGAAGUGCCUGAGACAUACGCUGGAGAGUUUGAAUGUGAACUGUCCCGUGAAGAUGCCGAAGGCACCUGGUAUUUUGAGAAUAAAGAAGUUACACCGAGCCUUAAAUAUGUUGUAUCCUCUCGUCGUGGCCGACACACCCUGUCUGUAAAAGAUGUUAGGAAGGAGGACCAAGGCAAAUACACUUUUAAAGUGGGCGAUCUGAAGACAAGUGCCACACUGAAGAUGAAAUUGCGUCCUGUUACUCUGAUGCAAGGCCUGUCUGAUCUGACAGUUUGUGAGGGUGAUAUUGCCCAGUUGGAGGUGCGAUUCUCUCAGGAAAAUGUGGAGGGAACAUGGAUGAAAAAUGGCCAGCCCAUCUCUGCCACAGACAGAAUUCACAUUGUCAUUGACAAACUUGUCCACAAACUUCUGGUUGAAAAUGUCAACAGAGAUGAUGCAGGAAUCUACUCAUUUGUUGUUCCUAUUCAAAACAUUUCUACAACAGGAAAACUUACUGUCCAAACAAUUGAAAUCAUAUCACCUCUAAAGGAUGUCCAUUCUAUAGAGGGUACGAAGGCAGUACUAGAAGCUAAAAUCUCUGCCUCUGACGUUGCUUCUGUGAAAUGGUACCAAAAUGAAAAGCUCAUUGUGGCUAGUGAGAGAAUCCAGAUGGUUGCCAAAGGAACCAAACAGAGACUAGUUUUGAAUAGGUCCUUCGCUUCUGAUGAAGGACACUAUAAGAUGGUUGUCGGCAGAGUGGAAACAGCUUGUAAACUCACUAUUGAGAAGGUCAGCAUCGUCAAGCACAUGCAGGACUGUGUGUGCACUGAAACUCAGAAUGUCACCUUUGAGGUAGAAUUAUCCCACACUGGUAUAGAUGCCUAUUGGACCUUCAAGAAUCAGCCUCUCAAGGCUGGACCCAAAUACAAAAUUGAGUCCAAAGGGAAGCACUAUAGCCUGACCAUAAUCAAUGCCAUGAAAGAUGAAGAGGGCCAGUAUACAUUUGCAGCAGGCGAAAAGACAUCCAGUGCAAAGCUAACUGUAUCAGGUGGAGCUAUAAACAGACCACUCCAUGAUGUGACUGUAGCAGAAUCCCAAACUGCCGUUCUGGAGUGUGAGGUUGCCAACCCCACCUCUGAAGGCAAGUGGCUUAAGGAUGGCCACACUGUUAACUUUAGUGACAAUGUCAGGAGUGAGGAUAUAGGUGCAGUCCGCCGACUUGUCUUUGUUACCACAAGACCACAAGAUAUUGGGGAGUACACCUACCAAGUGGCAAACUCCAAGACAUCUGCCAACUUAAGGGUUGAAGCUGUGAAGAUCAAGAAAACAUUGAAGAACCAAACAGUCACCGAAACCCAAGAGGCAGUGUUUAGUCUUGAACUGACUCAUUUAGAUGUGAAAGGAUCCCAGUGGAUCAAGAAUGGAAUAGAAAUUGUCCCUAGUGACAAAUAUGAGAUAACAGUAGAUGGAUUGGUUCACAACUUAAAGAUCAAGAACUGCAACUCCCAAGAUGAAUCAGUCUAUGGAUUCAAACUGGGGAAACUCUCUGCUAAUGCCAGACUGAAUGUUGAAACUGUUAAGAUUGUGAAAAAGCCAAAAGAUGUGACUUCCCUGGUCAAUGGAACUGCCUCUUUUGAGCUGAGUUUAUCCCAUGAUAACAUACCUGUUCAAUGGAUGUUCAAAAACCAAGUGCUGAAACCUAGUGCCAAUGUUCAGAUAAUGUCUGAAAGAAAAGCACAUAAGCUGGUCAUUCAAAAUGUUGAUGAAAGCAGUGAUGGAGAGUACACAGCUGUAGCUGGGCAUUUACAGUGCAGCGCAUAUUUACAUGUUGAAUCUUUGAGAGUCACAAAGCCCCUGAAGAACAUUGAGGUUCCAGAGACCCAUGUGGCCACAUUUGAAUGUGAAGUUUCACAUUUCAAUGUUCCAUCCACCUGGCUGAAAAAUGGAGUUGAGAUUGAGAUGAGUGAGAAGUUCAGGAUUGUGGUGCAGGGCAAACUGCAUCAGCUGAAGAUCAUGAAUACCAGCAGAGAUGAUUCUGCAGAAUACACUUUUGUAUGUGGAAAUGACAAAGUCUCUGCCACCCUGACAGUUAACCCUGUCCUCAUCACGUCUAUGCUUAAAGACUUGAAUGCACAAGAGAAGGACACCAUCACAUUUGAGGUGACCGUCAACUAUGAAGGCAUCACCUACAAAUGGCUGAAGAAUGGUGUAGAAAUCCGAUCUAGUGAUAGAUGCCAAACUCGCACCAAACAGUUCACUCACUCGCUCACUAUCCGAAAUGUUCACUUUGGGGAUGUUGGAGAGUACAAAUUUGUGGCUGGAUCUGCUGAAACCGCAGCAAAGCUGUUUGUUGAAGCUCGUGUCAUCGAGUUCACCAAGCACAUCAAGGACAUUAAAGUUACUGAGAAGAAGAAGGCCAUUUUUGAAUGUGAACUCUCUGAGCCCAAUGUCCAAGUAACAUGGAUGAAAGAUGGUCAGGAACUUGAAAUAUCCGAAAGGUACAAAGUGUCCACAGAGAGACACAUGCAUCGUCUUAUGAUCCAAACUGUGCGCAUGUCUGAUGCUGGUGAAUACUCUGUGGUUGCUGGAUCUAGUGUAUCAAAAGCUACCCUCACAGUUGAGGGCAAGGAUGUGCGUAUCAGUGAACCUGCUGAGAAAGAAAUCACCGUACUUGAGAAACAACGAGCUACAUUUGAAUUUGAAGUCAAUGAGGAUGACAUUGAGGGUCGCUGGCUAAGAAAUGGAGUCGAGAUCCAGUUUUCUAUAGAUCAGCGCUUCAACUAUGCCAUUAUUAGGAAAAUUCAUCGCCUGACAAUCACAGAAACAUACAGAAGCGAUGCUGGAGAAUACACAUUCAUUGCUGGAAAGAACAGGAGUGUUGUGACCCUUCAUGUUAACAUCCCUGAGCCUCCUCAGAUCAUCAGGCACAUGGAGCCCCUGUCUGUUGAGGCUGGCAAACCUGCACGUUUCUCUGUGGAAGUGAAAGGAAUUCCUCAGCCUCAGGUAUCUUGGUAUAAGAACUCUCAGGCCCUGUCUGCUGGCUUCAAGUGUAAGUUCCUGAGGGAGGGAAAUGAGCACACAUUGCUACUUAUCGAAGUCUUCCCAGAGGAUGCAGCUCAGUACAACUGUGAAGCUAAGAAUGACUACGGAGUAGCCACAAGCUCUGCGUCACUUAAUGUGGAAGUUCCAGAAGUUGUUUCCCCUGACACUGGAGCACCACUGUCACCACCUGUUGUCAUAACACCAAUACGCAACACUUCUGCCAAUGAAGGACAGCCUGCUAGGUUCCAAUGUCGUGUCUCUGGGGAAGAUCUGACGAUUACUUGGUAUUGCAAAGAUAAGGAGAUCAAGCAGUCUGAUAUAUUCAGAGUGUCACAGUUUGAUGAAAACUGUCAGCUGGAGAUCACCAGAGUUUAUCCUGAGGAUGAGGGAGAGUACACAUGUGUUGCCCGUAACUCUGCAGGAAUGGUCUCCUGUUCUGCUGUACUGAAAGUGGAUGGACAAACACAAAUUACGGACUAUACAUCUGAGUCUCACUCGCAAGCGACAUCCAGCCUCUUCACAAGCAUUAAGACUGUUCAGAAGGAUCCUACUGGCCAAAGGCCAACUUUUAUUCAGCCUAUUGUGAGCUGCGUGGUGGCUCACGGAGAAGUGACUAGAUUCCAUGCUUGUGUGUCUGGCAUGCCAAAACCAGAGAUAAGUUGGUUCCAUAACCAACAGUCUAUAAAGCCUACCAAAAAUGUUGUCUUUCAUUUUGAUGAGAUGACAAACACUGCUACGCUAAUCAUAGUUGAUACUUUCUCUGAGCAUGCUGGACAGUACACUUGCAAAGCAGUCAAUAUCGCAGGAGAGGCAGCUUGCUCAGCCAUCCUUGCUGUAACAGAAGAAGUUAUAAAAGCACGAGAGGAGAUUGAAGCAAAAAUUGAGGAAGAGGUCAAAGAAUUUUCUAGUUUGACUGUGAAGACCGAAGAAGAGGAAGAAACCUACAGCACAUCACUACAUUUACCUGAAAAAUCAAAAACACUUGAACUCAAGCCAGAGCAAAAGCGUUUUUCUAGUUCUUUGGAAAGGAAAAAAGAGAAACCUGUGUUUCAGUCCAAGCUUACACCUGCUGAAGUUACCAUCGGAGAGUCAGUUCGGUUUACUGUCACAGUAUCUGGUUUUCCAAAGCCAAAAGUUCAGUGGUUCCACAAUGGAAAAGUUAUAACUUCUUCAACAGUUUAUAAGUUUGUAGAAGAGAGAGAUGAGUACACUUUAAUAAUAACACAAGUCAAGAAAGAGUAUGAGGGAGAGUACUCUUGUACUGCCAGUAAUAGAUUUGGCCAAACCACUUGCAAGACAAUGUUAAAGGUUCAAGUGAGUCAAUUAUCAGCAGCAGAAAAAUGGGUGGAACAAAUGUUCAAACUUCCAGGGCAACCACCAUGCUUUACCACACAAAUCCAACCUGUGCGUUGUGCAGAGGGCAGUGAGGUAAAAUUUCAGUAUAGAGUUACUGGUACUCCUUUCCCUGAUGUUCAAUGGUUUAAGAGUAAAUCUCAAAUUAAGUCAAGCCAGACCUGUUCUGUUGUAAGUAACCCAGAUGGCACUGGCUUCCUUAUCAUGAAUAAUAUCCAACAGAGUGACAGUGGACUCUACACAUGCAAGGCUGUCAAUCCAUUUGGGGAGGCAAGCUGCAGUGCAGAGCUGAUAGUAUCCCACAAAAAAGUCUCUGUAUUUCAUAAACAGCAAUUAGUUCAAGAGCAAAAAAGUUAUAAGGUGUCCAUGAAAGAGGAAGCCACUGAAUCUCGCUUGUACAGUGUUAGCCUACCUGGACAGGCAGGUGCUAGUUUGCAGGGAGACCAUCAGGUAAUUUACACCAUUGGCACAGAAGAUAGGCAAAUGGUAACAAGUGAGCAGGUUGACACUCUGCAUGACUUGGAUGUUUCCAUUGCAACUAUGCACAAGGAGCAGGUGACUCAUCAAGCUGCUGUGUUGCAGUCUCAUGAAGUUCAAGAGAGAGUCAUAUCUGCUUCAGUUCAGCCACAACCAGUGGUAGCAAUCCCUUUAAAACAGCUCCAGAUGGCUACCAUGACCUCAGCAGUUCAAGAACGCCAAGGCUUCACAGAACAGCACUUUGAACGAAUCAAAAGUCCUGAGGUUACAGAGCUUGAAAUUGAGAAAGAGCACCCCUCACAGGUAAUGUCUGCCAUAACUGAGAGUGUAACCCCACUGACGAUAGUCAAAGCUGAGCCAUUAUCAACCAGAGAAACAGAACAGAUCAAGGCUUCUCCUGAGCCCAAGUAUCCGAUGUCAAGUCACCAAGUUGAGACAAAACUCCCAAUUGUUAAAGAACAUUCACAGGUUAUUCCGCAUACUCAGCAGGAAAAGGGCUACCAGGUUAAAGAGGGAGUGAAAAUUCUUUAUAGUGCAGUUUCAACUGAGAAACAACAGAUCACAGAAGGUCACUCCAAAGAACUGUCAACACAAGACUCCACCUUUCAGACAUCUGUGAAGAAAGAACCAGCGAAACCAGUUGUCCUUUCAGUUAGUGAGACUGCUCAGACUUUAUCAAAAGAACAGAGGUUAUCGAUACACAAACCAGAUGAGGAGACAGCAUCUUUAGUCAAAGAUAGUGUAUUUAAAUCAGCUCUUGUCGCUGAGGAAAAGCAUCCACUCCAAGCUGAUCAGUCAAGUUUGAUCCCAGGUUUAGAAAGUGCCAUUUCAGUGCAGUCCCAGAGAGAAGAAGAUCAAGUUCUGCAUUUACAGGUCAUCACAGAUCAGGAUAUUCUUCCAUCUGAAGGCAGGUUUAGCAGUGAGAAGCCAAGCCCUGAGAAAGCAGAUGCUCAAAAAAGUCCUGUUCUUAAGCAUACAGUGUCAGUGGAUUUACAGCAGACCGUGACAUGUGAGGAGUCUUCUCAAUUUUCAGCACAAGAAACAAACAUUUCCAUUCAGCCUAGUAAGGAAGCUCCUGCCCCUUUGCAUCUUCAGGCAGUUCAUUUAGAAAAUACGUUGACGAAAGAAGGGAUAAUCUCAAUGGAAAAGCCAGAUGAACAGAUUGCGGUACAGAGACAAGAAAAAGCCCGUCAUCAUGCUGCAAGCACAGAAGAGAAAAGAGAGCAUACAGCAGAUUAUUGUAAAGAUCUUGAUGUGUCUGUUAAAGGUGUGCAGUCUGAAAUCAGAAAAGAACCCAAACCUGAAAGUAUUCUUCAAGUCUUUACAGAGCCUGUGCCAUUACCAAAGGAAACUCCUUUUGUAAGUGAUGUUAAACAGCAGCGUGCCCUAGUACAGAAAGAAGAUCACUGGAAUAUCGUGCAUGUGCCAUCUGUGUCAGAGAGUCAGGAUAUAGAGGAGGGGCACACAGAGAAUAUAGGAACAAUUGAGAAAUGUGUGUCUAAAAGCGAAGUUGAACCCAAAAUCCCAUCUGAAUUAAUUUAUGUUGAAGAAAAGGCUAUUUCGACAGAGAGUAGCAUUGCUCUUGAUGCCACCGAACAAGAUUUCGCAGUUCAAAUUCAAGAAGGACAGUCUGUUCGACAGUCAGUAUUAAUGGAAGAAAAGCGUGUAAUCAAAGGUGAGCUAUCUCAGGAUAUUACAAAAUCUGAAACAUCCACAGCCGUUGUCAGUAAGCAGAAGAUGGAUAGUCUUUUGGUGUCGGAGUCAAGAGAGAGCCAAACUCUACCUAGAGAGCUCACUUUUGUUAUUUCGCCUCCAAAACCACAUUCAUUGGACAUUAAGCACCAAUUAAAAAAUGCUCUUGCAACUGCUGUUGCUCUUGACCAGCCAUUGAUCCUUGCAGAUGUAGUUGAGAGUCUAGGAGCUAUAGAAAUUCAUGAGGUAAAGGAAAGGAAAGAACCCAAAUAUGUCAUGUUCACAUAUCUUAUUACAAGUGCAAGUGCCCCACUUGAAAUUACAGUUGCUUUUGAAGGCGAGUACCCCCAGACUGCUGAUCUCAGAAGUGAACUUAAAGCUGCUUUCUACUCCAUUGUCUAUCGAGAGCAACAGGUUAUGACCUCAGAGCAGCCAGGCACAAUGCAAAUUGACAGGCCCCAAAGAUUACAGGUUACCAAGGCUUCUACAAAAGAAAUGCUUUCACCUGUGGUAGAGAUGGUAAGAUUGACAGAAAAUGUAGAGCCUUUUACAUCACCAAUGUCUUUGCAGUCUGCAACUGUGAAAACUGAAGCAAAAGUCUCUUUUCAGUCUGUAACAGCUAAAGAGCAAGCUUUUGUGCAGCAGUCAACAAUUCAAAUGGCAAGUGAAUCAAAAAUUGAGAUUCAGCAGUCCAUCCAAGUUGAGCGACAAGAAACCAAAUCUGUGACAGUAAAAGAACAUGAGAAAGAUGUAGGGGCAGUAGGUAUGACAACUGAACUUGUUUUGGGGCCUGUUCCAAUCGAGCGUUCGACUGAAGUCAUCUUUCAAAGAGAGGAAAGGGAGGAAUAUAUAACCGAAUCAUUUAUAAAACUAGAGAAAGAAGAAGUUAGAGAGGAGGGUUAUCCAGUUUUUGAAAGCUCCUUGGAGGAUAUUGAAAUAGACGAACAUUCAGAGGCAAAAUUCUCUUUGACUAUUAGACAUGUAAAGAAAGUAAAUUGGCUUUUUAAUGGAAAAUCAAUUAAAUCUGGCAAAGAGUUCAAGUGUUCCAAAGACCACGACACUUACACACUAGUAAUCAUCAAGGUUACAAAGGAUCAUCAAGGAGAAUAUACCUGUGAGGCUGUAGGUGAUGCUGGCAAGACCUCAACGUCCUCUCACCUCACUGUGGUCUCAAGAGUGCCACCUGUUUUCAGGCACAAAAUUAAAAAUCUGGAGGUCAGUGUUGGCAGUCCUGCAAAGUUCGAAUGUGAGAUUGAGGCGGCUCCAGGUGUGACCUUCAAGUGGUUCAAGUCUGGUUCUGAGCUCAGACAUAGUGACAAAUGCAGGAUUAUCAGUCGUCUUCACACCUCAUCUCUGGAGAUAUUUAGCCCAACAGUCGCUGACAGUGGAGAAUUUACCUGCAAAGCUUCAAACCGUCAUGGAAGUGACAGCUGCUCUGCUAAACUAAGUGUGACAGAAAUUUUCCCUCCAGAAUUUGUAUCAAAGCCUGAUUCGAUGACUUUAUUUGUGGGAAAGCAAGCAAAAUUUCAAUGUGUUAUUUCUGGUUCUGAACCAAUGAAUGUUGUCUGGCACAAAGACAAUAUUGCCAUUUCACUUGAUGAUCACUGCAAAGCAUCCUCUGACAAGAACAAGUAUUUUCUUGAAAUCUUGAAUUUACAACAAAGUGAUCAGGGAUCAUAUCUUUGCAAAGCUUCAAACAGUGUUGGUACAGCUACGUGCUGUGCUGAACUGAGGGUUGUAGACAAACCCAACUUUGUGAAGAGCUUUGAGGCAACCACUAUUGCUGUGGGAAACCCAUUACGUCUUGAGUGUCAGGUAGAUGAAGACAGUGGGGUUUCCAUCACCUGGAUGAGAGAUGGCAAGAAACUCCAUACUACAAUGGACUGCAAACUAGCUUUUGAGGAAAAAAUUGCCUGUCUUGAGAUUCAAAAGGCUAAACUCAAAGAUACAGGUGCAUAUACCUGUACUGCUGCCAAUGACGCAGGAAGCAGCAGUUGCUCUUCUAGUGUGACAGUGCAAGAACCUCCAGUCUUUGUUAAAAGGCUGGAGCCUAAGAUCUUAUGGAAACAAGGAAUGUCAUCACGUCUGUUGUGCACUGUCAAAGGAUCAGCUGAACUACACGUGACUUGGUUUUUGAACGACAAACCACUAAGUUCCUCUGAAAAACACAAAAUAUCUUUCAAAGCUGGCCAAGCCACACUUGAGAUUAUUAACUUAUCUGAGUCUGACAGUGGAAAUUACACUUGUGAAGUGAUGAAUGAGGCUGGCUGUGAAAGCUGCACCUCUCAAGUAACUGUAAAAGAACCUCCUGCAUUUAAAAAGGAGUUGCAAAUGGUGGAGGUAGUCAAGGGGAGCACAGCCCAGCUUGAAUGUGAAAUUACAGGCACGGCUCCAUUUGAGGUGACCUGGUUUAAGAAUAAAAACCCAGUAUCCUCUGACAAGAAGUAUAGUGUUGUCUCAAAAGAAACAGUUGCAUAUUUGGAAAUCAAAUCAUUUGAAAGUGCAGAUGUUGGAGAUUACCAGUGUUGCAUUUCUAAUGACGUUGGCAGAAUAACUUCAAAAGCAGUGGCAAAAUUGAAAGACCCACCAUCGUUUGUAAAGAAAGUUGAGAACACCACUGCAGUUUUAGGCAGUGCUGUGAAACUGCAAGGAACUCUGAAGGGUUCUGCUCCUAUCACAGUUCAGUGGUUUAAAGAUUCUGAGAUAGUCAGAGAUGAUGAUCCUAAUAUUACCACGUCUUUUGAAAACAACAUUGCUAUUCUGGCAAUAGCAAAUGUGGCCAUUAACCAUGGGGGGAAAUAUACUUGUCAAGCUGAAAAUGAGGCUGGAAAACAAAAAUGCGAGGCCACUGUAUCAGUUCAAGAACCAGCUCGAUUUGUUGAGAAACCGCCAUCCAUCAGUGUGACUGCAGGUGACUCUGCAACUCUCGAGUGCAAAGUUUCAGGAAGUCCAGAUCUUAAAGUAAAAUGGUUCAGAGAUGGCAAAGAGAUUACAGGAAGCCGAAAAUGCAAAAUCUCUUUCAAAGAUAAUUUGGCAGCCUUCAAAAUCCUCUCAGCAGAGAGAGGAGAUAGUAGUGAAUACAAAGUUGAAGUUUCUAAUCGGGUUGGAAAAGAGCAAUGUUCUUGCUCAAUUGUUGUUCUUGAUAAAAUAAUACCCCCAACUUUCACAAAAACACUUAAGAAGGUAGAUGGUAAUGUUGGAGGUACUAUUCAGUUGGAAUGCAAAGUGUCAGGAUCCCAACCUAUAACGAUAUCUUGGUUCAAAGAAGGAAACGACAUAACAACUGGAACAAAAUAUAAAACAGAAAUGAAGGAAAGCACUGCAAUACUGAAAAUAACUGAUUUAGAGACAUCAGAUGCUGGGGUUUUCACCUGCCAUGCAACUAAUGCCGCAGGACACAGUGAAACAAGUGGAACUGUUUCUGUUAAAGAACCCCCAGUCUUCUCUUUGAAACCUCAAAACCAAGAUGUUAUACCAGGAAGUACAGUUGUCCUAACAGCUGCAUUCACUGGGACAGCACCUUUUAUUAUUAAGUGGUUCAGAGAAGACAAAGAAAUGUUAACUGGAGGAACUUGCUUCAUCAAGAAAGAAGCCAGCUCAAGUUCACUGGAGCUGCACUCUGUGAAGCCAACUCAUUCUGCAAAAUACACUUGCCAAGUUUCUAAUGAUGCUGGAAAGGUCUCAUGCACAGCUGCCUUAUUUGUGAAAGAACCUCCAAAAUUUGUAAUGAAGCUUGACUCGAAUAAACUAGUAUUGAAUAGGAGUCUUGCAACUUUGGAAUGUAAAGUCACUGGCAGCCCAGAGAUCAGUAUUAGAUGGUAUAAAAAUGAAACUGAAAUUAGCUCAAAUGAUAAAUACCAAAUGGCCUUCAUCGACUCAGUUGCUACACUACAAAUUUCCAAUUGCUGUGUUGAAGACAGUGGAGAUUAUAUCUGCCAAGCAUCAAGUGAAGCUGGCAGCGAUAGAUGCAGUUGCUUGGUUACAGUCAAAGAACCUCCCGAAUUUGUGAAACCUUUUGAAUCCAAAGAAAUUGUUAAAGGCACAGAUGUUGUGCUGGAAGGAACAGUGUCAGGCUCAGCCCCCUUUGAGAUUUCCUGUUUCAAAGACUCAAAGCAGAUCCGAAAUGAUAGAAGACACAUCAUAAGCCUGACAAAGGAUGUAGCAGCUCUUCAGAUUUUGAAAUUUGAACCUGGGGAUGCUGGCAAAUAUCAGUGCACUGUAGGAAAUGAAGUAGGGCAGACCUCCUGUGAUUUUCAUGUUACUCUGAAAGAGCCACCAUCGUUUGUGCAGAAGAUGGAUAAUACAAAUGUCCUCCUUGGUGGUGAGGUUUCCUUACAGUGUGUUUUGAAAGGGUCAUUGCCUAUGACCGUCUCUUGGAUGAAAGAUGACCAUGAGAUCAAGGAAUCUGAGCAUGUUCAGAUAUCUUUUGAGAACCAGACAGCAGUGGUAUACAUUUCUACUGUGCAGUUAAAACAUGGUGGAAAGUACACUUGCCAUGCACAGAAUGAAGCUGGCAGUCAGAAAUGUACAGCAGUAUUGGCGGUUAAAGAGCCUGCAAACAUCACAGAGCAAGCCAAGUCCGUCAGUGUUACAGUAGGUGAUCCUGUCACUCUAGAAUGCAGAUACUCUGGUUCUAAAGUUCUUAAAGCAAAAUGGCUAAAGGAUGGCAAAGAGCUGACAUCAAGCAAAAAAUACAAAGUACAGAGCACGGAUACAAGCUCCAUAUUAAAAAUUCUUUCUGCUGAGAAGAGUGAUGGUGGAGAAUAUAUCUUUGAGAUUUCAAAUGAUGCUGGAAGAAGCAUUUGUGAGGCAGUUGUGACUGUUUUAGAUCAAAUAAUCAAGCCUUCCUUCACAAGAAAAUUGAAGGACAUGGAGAGUAUAAAAGGAUCUUUUGCACAGUUGGAAUGUCUGGUCUCUGGAUCUCUUCCCAUAACUGUCACUUGGUUCAAGGAAAAUAAGGAGAUAGAGACAGAUGAGAAGCACAAAUGCAUAUUCUUUGAGAAUGCAGCAUCUUUGGAAAUCAGUCAUCUUGACAGUUCAGACAGUGGCAACUACACCUGUAUUGCUAAAAACCAAGCAGGCACUGUUCAGUGUUCGGGCACCCUGAAGAUCAAAGAACCUCCAGCAAUCAUUGAGAAGCCUGAAUCUCAAGAUGUUAUACCAGGAUCCAGAGUGCAGUUUAAUGUGCUCUUGUCUGGCACGCCACCACUGACCAUUAAGUGGUUUAAAGAUAAGAAAGAGGUUUCAUCUGGGAUUGACUGUUCUGUUCAGAAAAAUGAUACCUCUAGCUCACUGGAGCUCUUUUUUGCUAAGCCUUCUGACUCUGGAGACUAUGUCUGUGAAAUAAGUAAUGAUGUUGGAUCAGAUGCUUGCCAAGCAACACUCUUCGUGAAAGAACCCCCCAAAUUUACCCGCAAACCUGAAAAAGUAACAGUGGUAAAACCAGGCCAAUUGGUAGUUUUUGAAUGCCAGAUUACAGGCACUCCAGAGAUAGACACAUACUGGUUUAGAGAUGGGAAUGAAAUAAGUCAAAGUGACAAGCAUAAAGUGACUUUUGUCGAUUCUCUUGCACGGCUUGAGAUAAGUAGCAGUGAUAUCAAAGACUGUGGAGUGUACUACUGUGAAGCCCGGAAUGAGGCGGGCAGCGAGAGCUGUAGUAUGGAGCUAAGAGUGAAAGAGCCCCCAGUUCUUGUCAAACCAUUGAGUCCUCUUGAGGUUGUGAAAGGCUCAAAUGCAUAUUUUGAAUGUCAGGUAAAAGGCACAGCUCCUUUUGAGGUGACCUGGCAAAAAGAUUUAAAGGACAUUAAAUCAAGCCUCAAGCAUGUGAUUUUGCAGAAGAAUGGUUCUAUAAUGACUCUUGAUGUACAGAAAUGUGAUGCUUUAGAUGUUGGAGAAUAUCAGUGCAUUGUAGCAAAUGAAGUUGGGAGUUGUUCAAGUCAGACUACACUGAGCAUAAAAGAGCCCCCAUCGUUUGUGGAGAGGAUUGAGAAUGUUGUCACAGUUCUUGGAAAAACUGUUGAAUUUAAAUGUGUUGUAAGAGGUUCACCACCUCUGUCCAUACAAUGGCAGAAAGAUGAAAACUGGAUUUUGGAGGAUCCUUCAAUUGAGAGGACAUUUUUAAACAGUAUUGCUACUUUGAGAAUCCCUGUGUGUGAGUCCAUCCACAGUGGAAGAUACACCUGUCAGGCUGUGAAUGAGGCAGGGCAAGAAAAGUGUUUUGCUACCCUUGUGGUUCAAGAGCCACCUCAGAUAAUCGAAAAGCCAGAGAUGAUUAAUGUCACUGCUGGAGAUCCAGUAAGUUUUGAGUGCAAAGUUACAGGCUCUCCUGAGCUGAAAGUCAAAUGGAUUAAAGAUGGCAAUGAAGUUAUGCCUUCAAGACAGCACAGCCUCAGCUUCAUCAAUAACGUCAGCCAGCUUAAAAUUCAGUCUGUCCAGUUGGAAGACAAAGGAAUUUAUGUGUUUGAGGUUUCCAACCACAUCAGUGUCUGCCAGUGCAAAGUGACAUUAAACGUGCUAGAGCAAAUAAUCCCCCCAUCUUUCAUUAAACCUUUGAUGGAGAUGGAGGAAAUUCUGGGCACAAAUAUUCAAAUUGGAUGUAAAAUAUCUGGCUCACUCCCCAUAACUGUGGAGUGGAUGAAGGAUGGAACUAAACUGUCAGGAAGAACCAAACAUAAACUUCUUAAGGAUGAAAACAACGUGUCUUUGGAAAUUGAAUGUUUAGAGAAAGCCGACACUGGAACGUAUACUUGUAAACUUUCAAACAAAGCAGGCAGUUGUGAAUGCAGUGGUACACUGAGGGUGAAAGAGCCACCAAGCUUUGUGCUGGUUCCAGAAUCACAGGCUGUCGUACCAAAUACCACUGUUCGGUUUAAGAGUACCUUUAAGGGAACAUCUCCCUUCACAGUGAAAUGGUUCAAAGAUGACACUGAGCUGAUUUGUGGACCUUCAUGUUUUACUGGCCUGGAAGGCCUCUCAUGCUUCCUAGAUCUUUUUGCCGUUGGAAUAUCACACAGUGGAACUUACUCUUGUCAAAUAAACAAUGAUGCUGGUACCGCUAAAUGCACCACAACCUUGUUGGUAAAAGAACCUCCAGAGUUUGUACAGAAACUGCCAGCUGCAAAAAUCAUGAAGAUGGGAGAGCAACUCCAGCUUGAAUGCAAAGUUACUGGCACAGCUCCUCUGAAAAUGAGCUGGUACAAAAAUGACGCUGUACUCAGCGAUGGUGACAACAUGAGAAUGACUUUCGAUAACACUGUGGGAGUCCUUGAAAUUUUCAUGUGCAGCUUUGAGGAUAAUGGGGUCUACACCUGUGAAGUCCAGAAUGAUGCUGGAACUAAGAGUUGUAGUACCACACUCACAGUCAAAGAACCACCAGCUUUCCACAAAGUGCCAACACCAGUUGAGGGGCUGAAGGGCAAAGAUGCCAGUCUUAACUGUGAGCUGAAAGGCUCAGCACCUUUUGAGAUAAAGUGGUUUAAAGAUCAAAAACAGUUAAAGGAGAGUAGGAAGUAUAAAUUUGUGUCUGAGGGAUGCUCUGCAACUCUCCACAUCCUUGGACUGGAAGCAUCAGACGCAGGGGAAUAUGAGUGCAAAGCAUCAAAUAAUGUAGGAAGUGAUUCCUGCCAGGGCACUGUAAAGCUAAGAGAACCACCGGUGUUUGUGAAGAAAUUAUCCAACAUGACAGCCAUCUCUGGUGAGGAAGUGGUUUUGUUGGCAACGGUCAAAGGCUCGCAGCCCAUGACUGUGUCUUGGGUUCAGGAUAAAGACCACAUUCUCAGAGAUGGCGACAACAGGAAAAUUACAUUUGAGAAUAAUCAGGUCACCCUGAAGAUCUUUAAAGCUGACUCUACCACUGCUGGAAAAUAUACAUGUCAGCUCAAAAAUGACGCUGGAGUAGCUGAAUGCACAGCAAACCUAACUGUCCUAGAACCUGCAGCCAUUGUGGAUAAGACAGAGUCAAUCAGUGUAACCGCUGGUGACACAGCAGUCUUAGAAUGCACUGUAUCUGGAACACCAGAACUUAAACCAAAAUGGUACAAGGAUGGUGUGGAGUUGUCUUCAGGCAGAAAAUACAAAAUCACCUUCUCAAAAAUGAUCUCCAGUCUUAAGCUAUUGUCAACAGAGAAAAGUGACACUGGAGAAUACACAUUCGAAAUCAAGAAUGAAGUUGGCAGUGAUAGCUGCAAAAUGCACCUCACUGUUUUUGACAAAAUCGUUCCUCCUUCAUUCUCAAGAAAACUGAAGGACACACAGAAUAUUGUUGGCAAAACUGUUGAAAUGGACUGCAAAGCCUCAGGGUCUGCCCCUCUCACCAUCUCUUGGUACCAUAAUGAAGAGGAGAUUAAAAGCGGACCGAACUAUGAGAUUACAUUCGCUGAGAAUACCUGCACAUUGAAAGUGCCAACUCUGAAACUUUCAGACUCAGGCACAUACAAAUGUAAAGCAGUGAACAGUGCAGGAACUGCAGAGACAUUUGCUUCCUUAGUUGUUAAAGAACCCCCCUCUUUUGUGACCACACCUCAACCGGUGGAAGCCCUCCCAGGCACAAAUGUCACCUUUACAGCAACCGUUCAAGGAAGUACCCCAAUGAAACUGAAAUGGUUUAGAGGCAGUAAGGAAAUAGUGUCUGGGAGAAGCUGUGAGAUUGCUUUAAGAGGAGAUAAUGCAAUUCUGGAGCUGUACAACAUUGAUAAAUCACAUGCUGGCGAGUACACUUGCCAGAUCAUUAAUGAUGCAGGGAAGGAAAACUGCACUGUGAACCUUUUUGUUAAAGAGGCUGCACACUUUGUCAAGAAGCUCAAGAAUCUGUCUGUUGAAAUGGGCAAGUCUCUGAUACUUGAAUGUACGUAUGCGGGAAGCCCAAAGAUUCUUGUGAAAUGGCAUAAAGAUGGCCAGGAGAUUUACUCCUCUUACAAGUACAACAUUACAACCACUGAGAGCUCCUGCAUCCUCGAGUGUCUAAACAGUGAUAAAGAGGCUGCUGGAAAAUACACUUGUGAGGUUUCCAAUGAUGCUGGACACGACACUUGUGAAGCAGCAGUGUCCAUCUUAGAACCACCUAUCUUUAUUGAGAGUUUGGAGCCUAUGGAGGUCACUGCAGGUGAUGCAGUUUGUCUGAAAUGCCAGAUUGGUGGCACUCCUGAAAUUAAAGUGUCAUGGUUCAAGGCAGAUGGUAAAGUGCGGUCUUCUCCAACCUGUAAGAUGGAGUUCUUCAAAGGCACUGCCUGCCUGAAACUAGCUAAAGUUGCCAAAUCUGACAUUGGUGAAUACACCUGUAAGGCAGAAAACAGCAUAGGAUCUGCCUCUUCCAGGUGCCUCUUAACUGUACAAGAUGUGAAAACACCACCGUCUUUCCCUAAAAAGAUUACUAGCAUUACACAAAUUGAAGGACAGCCUGUCCAGUUUGAAUGUCGUGUUGCUGGAUCCUCUCCUAUGGAGGUCUCUUGGCUCAAAGAUGGUGAAGCUCUUAGGAGCGAUUCGGAAUACACAAUGUCUUUUGACGAUAACUCUGCUGUCCUAAAUAUAGUCAAAGGUGAAAUGAGACAUUCUGGAGAAUACACUUGCAUUGCAACUAAUAGUGUUGGAACUGCUUCUUGUAGAGCCAAGCUCACACUUCAAGAGCCAAGAUAUCCACCUGUGUUUGAUAAAAAGCUCAUACCUGUGGAUGUGACAGUGGGAGAUACUGUCGAACUGGAAUGCCACAUGACGGGAUCAUUGCCAAUAAAAGUUACUUGGUCCAAGGAUCACAAAGACAUCCGCACAGGGGGCAAUUAUAAGAUAUCAUGUGUGGAUAACACUCCACAUUUGACAAUUUUGAAAGCUGAUAAGGCAGACUCUGGUCGUUAUUCUUGUCAUGCUAGUAAUGAUAUUGGGAAGGACUCUUGUUCUACAGAAGUUUCUGUGAAAGAACGCAAAAUUCCACCUAGUUUUACCAAAAAACCUUCAACAACUAUUGAGGACACUGAGGGCAAACUAGUGAAGAUUGAGGGUCGUGUAGCUGGAUCACAGCCCCUGACUGUCAACUGGUAUAAAGAUGGCACGGAAAUCUUCACCUCUGACUGUUAUGAUGUAACCUUCAAGACCGGCCUGGCUGUCCUGUGUAUCAAAAAAUCUCAGCUGUCAGAUAGUGGAACGUACAUGUGCAAAGUCUCCAAUGAAGCUGGCACUGCCUCUUAUGAAGUGUCAGUUAAGAUUACAGAGCAAAAGGUACCACCAAGCUUUGACUUGCCUCUUAAACCAGUGACUGUGACUGAGGGUGAGACACUUACCCUCAGCUGCCAUGUACGUGGAACUCCUCCUCUCAAGAUUCAGUGGAUGAAGGACAGGCGGGAGCUUUCUUCAUCUGAAAAUACUAAGAUUACAUUUGUUGAUGGCACUGCCACAUUGGAGAUGAUCCGUGUAUCUAAGGCAGAUUCUGGAGAUUAUCUCUGCAAAGCAACCAAUGAGGCUGGUAGUGAAUUCUGCAAGUCUAAAGUCACUAUCAAAGUUUCAGAGAAACCAGGAGCUCCUGCCCCGGCACAGGCGGUCCCUUCACCACCCGAAGCAGUUAAAAAGUUGGACAACCUGUUCUUCAUUGAGGAGCCAAAGAGUGUCCAUAUUAUUGAGAAAGGUACAGCUACCUUCAUUGCUAAAGUUGGUGGUGAUCCCAUUCCCAAUGUGAAAUGGAUGAAGGGCAAAUGGAGGCAGAUGACUCAUGGUGGUCGCGUCAGUAUCGAACAAAAGGGCCAAGAGGCCAAGAUGGAGAUCAAAGAGGUGACCAAAUCUGACUCUGGUCAGUACAGAUGUGUUGCCUCAAACAAACAUGGAGAAAUUGAGUGCAGCACCAACCUGAAUGUUGAUGAGAAGAAAGAGACCACUUUAGAAAUGGUGAAACUGAAGAAAACUCCAUCCAAGCAGAAAAGCCCUAAAGAGGAUAAGGAUAUUGACAUUGUUGAGUUGCUUAGAAAUGUUGAUCCCAAGGAGUAUGAGAAAUAUGCUCGCAUGUAUGGCAUCACAGACUACCGGGGUCUCCUUCAAGCUAUUGAGUUUCUGAAGAAGGAAAAAGAACGCGAAAGUGGAAGACCAGAAGUGGAAAGUGGUGCAAGAGAGUCUGAGGAGGAUUUGGCUAAACUUGUUGCCGAUUUGCAAAAGAGGAUGGAACAAACUGAGCCUGUCACUGUAGUACGUGACAUCACUGACCAGACAGCUACUGUUAAGAAGGAAGCUGUGUUUGAAUGUGAAAUCAAGAUCAACUACCCCGAAAUCACACUGUCCUGGUACAAAGGAACCCAAAAACUUGACAGUAGUGACAAGUAUGACAUCAAAAUUGUGGGUGAUCGUCACAUCUUAAAGAUCAAGGAUUGCCAGAAGAGAGAUGAGGGCAAUUAUCGUAUUGUGUGUGGCCCACAUAUCUCCAGUGCCAAACUGACAGUGCUGGAUGCUGAAGUGGAACAGCAUUUGCAGGAUGUGGCUGGUAAGGAAGGCCAAAUUUGUACAUUGACUUGCCAGUUCUCUGUACCUAAUGUAAAAACCCAGUGGUUUAAAAACGGGAAGCUUUUAGAACCUCACAGCAGAUACACAUUUGCUGUGGCAAAUUACACUCAGAAGCUCUCAAUCAAAGAUGUUAGACCUGAAGACCAAGGAGAAUAUACCUGCAAAUACAAAAAUCUUGAAACGACAGCAAAUCUUUGGAUCGAAGCCAAGCAAAUACAUUUCAUCAAACGCAUCCAGAACAUUGUGGUGCGAGAACAUCAGUCAGCCACUUUUGAGUGUGAGGUGUCUUUCGACAAUGCUAUUGUAACAUGGUAUAAGGACACUUGGGAACUUAAAGAGAGUCCCAAAUAUACCUUCCGAAGUGAAGGGCGACGCCACUUCAUGAUCAUCCGCAACGUUACCUCUGCCGAUGAAGGCGUGUACUCGGUCAUUGUCAGAUUGGAGCCCAGGGGUGAGGCUAAAAGUACAGCUGAGCUUUACCUGUCAGGCAAAGAAAUUGAUAUAGAAAGGGUACCUUAUGACAUCCCAGAUACAUCAAUACAAGUGCCUGAAGCAGCUGCAUUAACCAUUGAAGCUGAAUCUUCCAUGGAAUAUUACCAUUAUGAAGAAAAAAUGGAAACACAAGAGUAUGUGAGCUGGACAGCGGAGAGUGUUGUAGAGGAAAUAUCAGUAACAGCCCCAAGGGUGCCAGUCGAAGAGGCUGUCAGUAGAAAAAUCCUGGGAAUGAGAGAGGUGGCUCCAGCAGCAGAAUUCGAGGAACCUGAGCCAUCUAAACCAGCGGAGCUAAUGCCUGAAGUACCUGUGAAAGCCAAAAAGCCUGUGGAAGAAGUAGUUACUGCAGUUAUAUUGCCAGAGCCAGUUGAACCCCACUGGGCAAAAGAAGUGCCACCGCCAGCAGUACCUGUAGCUCCUGUGCCUUCUGCACCUGAGCCUGAAGAGCCUAAAGCUGCACCAGUAGCUGAGCCCAAACCAGAACCAAAGCCUAAGCCUGAACUUAAGCCUGAGCCAAAGCCUGAGCCUACACCUGUGAAAAAACCUGAGCCACCCCCAGCCAAAGUUCUUGUGGAGGAAAAGCCAAAACCAACAAUUCAGGAACCACCAAAGAAAGUGCCAGCUAAACCUGACGAAGCCAUAGCAGUUCCAGUAGAAGAACCUCCAAAGAAAGUUCUUGUGGAGGAAAAGAAGCCAGCACCACCAAAGAAAUUGCCAGCUAAACCCGAUGAAGCAAUUUCAGUUCCAGUGGAAGAACCUCCAAAGAAAGUUCUUGUGGAGGAAAAGAAGCCAGAACCACCAAAGAAAUUGCCAGCUAAACCCGAUGAAGCCAUUGCAGUUCCGGUGGAAGAACCUCCAAAGAAAGUUCUUGUGGAGAAAAAGAAACCAAAACCACCAGUUGAAGAACCACCAAAGAAAAUGCCAGCUAAACCUGAUGAAGCCAUUAAAGUCCCAGAGGCAGAACCUCCAAAGAAAGUUCUUGUGGAAGAAAAGAAACCAAAACCAACAAUUCAAGAACCACCAAAGAAAGUCCCAUCUAAACCUGAGCAAGUGAUUACAGUGGAAGAACCUCCAAAGAAAGUGCAAGAACCUUCCAAGAAGCCAGAGGCCCCUCCGUUUUUGCCUACACAGAGAGAAGACUUGAUUGAGGAAAUAGGUUAUAAGAAACCAGAUGCUGCUGUUCACAAAUUAGAAGAUAAAGAGGGCAAGGUGCCUCAGAAGCAAGAGACUGUUGCUGGUAUCAAAAAGGAAGAAAUUACAGACCAACUACCUACAAAAGAGACUGUUUCUAUACCUAAAAAGGAUGAGGAAAUAUUACAUAAAAAGAAAGAUGUUCCUCCUCCUCUUAAAAAAGAUGUGCCUCAAACUGUUCCUCAAAAGAAAGAAGUUCCUCUUCCUCCUAAAAAGGACGAAGCAAUUGAACCUAAAAAGAUAGAGGUUCCUCUUCCUGCUAAACAGGAUGAGGAAAUAUUACCUAAAAAGAAAGAGGUUCCUCUUCCUCCUAAAAAGGACGAGGCAAUUGAACCUAAAAAGAAAGAGGUUUCUCUUCCUCCUAAAAAGGAUGAAAUUGUACCACAAAAGACAGAGAUUCCUAAAAAAGAUGUGCCUCAAACUGUACCUCAAAAGAAAGAGGUUCCUCUUCCUCCUCAAAAGGAUGAGGAAAUUGAACCUAAAAAGAAGGAGGUUCCUUUUCCUGCUAAACAGGAUGAGGAAAUAUUACCUAAAAAGAAAGAGGUUCCUCUUCCUCCUAAAAAGGAUGAGGCAAUUGAACCUAAAAAGAAAGAGGUUCCUCUUCCUCCUAAAAAGGAUGAGGCAAUUGAACCUAAAAAGAAAGAAGUUCCUCUUCCUCCUAAAAAGGACGAGGCAAUUGAACCUAAAAAGAAAGAGGUUCCUCUUCCUCCUAAAAAGGACGAGGCAAUUGAACCUAAAAAGAAAGAGGUUCCUCUUCCUCCUAAAAAGGACGAGGCAAUUGAACCUAAAAAGAAAGAGGUUCCACUUCCUCCUAAAAAGGACGAGGCAAUUGAACCUAAAAAGAAAGAGGUUCCACUUCCUCCUAAAAAGGACGAGGCAAUUGAACCUAAAAAGAAAGAGGUUCCUCUUCCUUCUAAAAAGGAUGAAAUUGUACCGCAAAAGAGAGAGAUUCAUAAAAAAGAUGUGCCUCAAACUGUACCUCAAAAGAAAGAAGUACUUCCCACACAAAUUUCAGAGAAGAAAGAAGAAAAAGAAAUUUUCUUCAUGGAAGAAAUUGCAUGUCUACAGAAGGAGGUAGUUGAGAUGAAAGAAGAAAUUUUCUUCAGAGAAGAAAUUGCACAGAGGGAAGUAUCCUUUAAAUCAAAAGUGGAAGAGAAAGAAGAUAUUUUACCUAAAAAGAAGGAAGUAGUUGCUCUCACUACAAAAGAAGAGGUCGUAAUUACUCAAAAGAAAAAAGUUCCUCUUCCUGCUAAAAAGGAUGAAGAAAUUGUACCCCAAAAGAAAGAGGUGACCCCUACAAAAGUUGCUUUGGAUUCAACACGGACAAAAUCUACAACAGAAGAGCUGCAAAGAAAGCCGGAUACAAUCAUUUUUCUACCAAAGAAAUAUGAGAAGACCAAAGAAUCCAUGUCUGUCACACCAUCAGACAGUCAGAAAAUUGCAAUGAAGUCACUUCUGAUGGAAGAAACUUCAAAAGAAGACGUCUCUCUUCGAAAAGCUGUAUCACAAACAGAAAUACUGUAUGAUAGAAAACAUGGCAAAGAAAUGGAUGAUUUACAAAUUUCAAAACUGGGGGAUUCUUCAAAAGAAUGUAUAUUGACUUCAGAAGAAUUUAGGAUGAGUGAAACAUUUUCUGGUGAUGAACCAUCUAGAGCACUUGUAAUGACAGAAGCUAUUUUUAAACAACAUUCUUUUGAAGUGCAAGAACCUUCCAAGGAGCCAGAUGUUGUUCUGUUAUUGGCUACAGAAAAAGGAGAUUUAAUUGAGGACAUAGGUGAUAAGAAACUACUUGUUGUAGAUAGUAAAUUAGAAGGUAGAGAAGGCAAAAUAUCUCAAGAGAGAGAGACAGAUGCUGGUCCCAAAAAACAGGAAACUGCAGACAAACUUCCUAAAAAAGUGACUAUUGCCACCCCUAAAGAAGAGGAAAUUGCACUCAAAAAGAAAGAGGUUCCUCUUCUUUCUAAACCGGAUGAGGAAAUGUUAUCUAAAAACAAAGAGAUGGUUCUUCCUCCCAGAAUGGACAAGGGAAUACUGCCUGAAAAGAAAGAAGUUGUUCUUUCUACUAGAAAAGAUGAGGAUAUUGUAUCUAAAAAGAAAGAGGUUCCUCUUCUUCCUAAAAAGGAUAAGGACAUUUUAAUUAAAAAGAAAGAGGUUCCUCUUCCUCCUAAAAAGGAUGAGGAAACAGUAACUCAAAAUGAAGACAUAGCUCCCACACCCACAGCACAAGUAGUAGUUCCACUGAGAAGGAAGCAGCCUGACAGUGCUCCUAAAACAGAAGAAACUAUGCCUCAGAGGAAAGAGAUAGCCCACACACAAAUUUCAAAGGAGAAUGAAGAAAGUUCACUUGACAGGGAAGAAAUUCCACCUGAGAAGGAAGUGUCAUACAUAAUUAAACUGGAAGAGAAUGAAGAUAAUAUGCCAAAACGGGAGGUUGUUUCAAUUCCUAAAACUGAGGAACUUAAGCACCAAAAGAAAAAGGUCAUAUCCGAGCAUCACAAAGAUGAUGCUCAACCUAAAAAGAAAGAAAGUGUUGCUGUCACUAAAAAAGCAGAUGCUAUAGUACCUCGAAAGAAAGAGGUUAUUCUUCCAUCUAAAAAGCUUGAAGAAAUUGCUCCUCAAAAGAAAGAGGUGAAACUUACAAAAGUACCAGAGCUAGAGAAGAAACCAUCUCCAGAGAAGACACCUGUUUCUGUGAAAGAAGUCGCAGCCCCAAAAGUUGAAAAGAAACCAUCUCCAGAACCUGAAAGAAAGAAAGAACCUUUGCCAGAGACAGUUUCCCCAACAGAUGGUGAAAAGGGACCAGUUUCUGCACCUGCUCCAGGAAAGAAAGAGGGAAAGCCUAUUGAGGAAGCUGGAAGAGGCAGAGGCUUAAGACCAAGACAAACAUCUCCUGGUGAUGCUGGAAGGGGUAGGGCUAAGCCUGGUGCUGGUGGUGAUAAGCCUCCAGGAGAAUCACCAUUUGGUGCCCAGCUCAAAGCCGUCCCCUUGAAGUUUGUGAAGGAGCUCAAAGAUAUUGUGUUGCAGGAGGCUGAGUCCAUUGGCUCCUCUGCUGUAUUUGAGUGCCAGAUCUCUCCAUCUACUGCUAUCACCACCUGGAUGAAAGAUGGAAGCAAUCUAAGGGAGAGUCCAAAGCACAAAUUCACAUCUGAUGGCAAAGACCGCAAACUGCAAAUCAUUGAUGUACAGCUUUCAGACACUGGAGAGUACACAUGUGUUGCAAAGCUUGGCAACAAGGAGAAGACCUCAACAGCUAAACUUAUUGUUGAAGAGUUACCAGUGAAGUUCACAAAGAAUCUGGAGGAGGAAAUGUCUGUGAUUAAGGGACAGCCAAUGUACUUAACCUGCGAGUUGAGCAAAGACAGGGAUGUUGUCUGGAAGAAAGACGGAAAAGAGCUCAAGCAAAUUGCUGGCAAAAUUCAAAUCAAUGUUAUUGGAUUGCAGCACUCUGUGACAAUCCAAGACGCAAAUGACGAUGAUGCCGGUGUUUACACUUGCGAGUGCGAGGACAUCAAGACACAAGCCAAUGUCAAAGUCAUUGAAAUAAUCAGAGAUUGGUUAACAAAACCUUUGAGGGACCAGCAUGUGAAACCAAAGGCUACUGCCACAUUCAAGUGCGAACUGUUCAAGGAUACUCCUAACUGGAAGUGGUUCAAGGGAGAUGAAGAAAUUCCCACUGACCCUACAAAUAAGACUGAGGUGAAAAAGGUUGGAAAAGAUCUGACACUUACAAUCAAGAAUGCUCAACCUGGUGAUGUUGGAGAAUAUGCCAUUGAAGUUGAGGGCCGCAGAUAUGCAGCAAAACUCACUCUUGGAGAGCGUGAAGCUGAGAUCUUGAAGCCUCUUGCUAGUGUGGAGGUGGUUGAGAAAGAGGAGGCCAACUUUGAUACUGAAAUUUCAGAAGAUGAUGUGCCUGGAGAAUGGAAACUUAGAGGGCAGGUCCUGACAAGAUCACCGACCUGUGAUAUCAGAGCUGAAGGAAAUAAGAGAUUCCUUACAUUGAAAAAUGUUCAACUUGACCAGGCUGGAGAAGUCUCUUACCAAGCUUUGAAUGCUAUCACUACUGCAAUGCUAUCGGUCAAAGAAAUUGAAAUGGCUUUCACAGUGCCAUUGAAGGAUGUUACUGUGCAUGAAAAGAAACAGGCAAAGUUUGAGUGCACGAUCACAAAAGAUGUGCCUAAAGUCAUGUGGUUGAGAGGAUCUGAUAUUAUAACACCAGACCAAAAAUAUGAUAUCAUUGAUGAUGGAAAGAAACACAUGUUGGUCAUAAACCACUGUGAAUUUGAGGAUGAGGGAGAAUAUACUAUUGAGGUGUUGGGUAAAACAUCAACAGCCAAACUGACAGUUGAGGGUUUGCGGCUGAAAUUCAUCUCACCGAUAUCGGAUCAAACUGUUAAGGAAGGUAAAACAGCUCGGUUUGAGCUUGAACUGUCCCAUGACAAUGUUCCAGUGACAUGGUACAAAAAUGAAACAAAACUGCAUCCGAGCAGAACUGUACUUACGCAUGUUGAUGGAAAGAAACAUAUAUUAGAAAUCAAGAAUGUCACUCUAGAUGAUACUUGCCAAAUAAAAGCAGAGGCUAAAGGAUUAUCAACAACAGCGAACCUGACUGUGCUAGAGGGAGAUGCCUACUUUACAGUUAAACUGCAAGAUUACACUGCAGUUGAGAAAGACGAGGUCAAUCUUGACUGCGAGCUCAGCAAAGAUGUUCCUGUGAAGUGGUUCCACAAUGAGACUGAAAUCAAAGCCUCCAAGAUGGUUACCAUGAAAGCUGAGGGCAAACGAAGAAUCCUAAACAUCAAGAAAGUUGAGGCAAAAGACAAAGGAUUAUAUGUUUGUGACUGUGGAACAGACAAGACUUCGGCCACGAUGAAUAUUGAAGCUCGUGAUAUCAAAGUGGUGCGACCCAUGUAUGGUGUUGAGCUGUUCGAUGGUGAGACAGCACGUUUUGAGGUGGAAAUUUCUGAAGAUGAUGUCCAUGGCCAGUGGAAGCUGCAAGGAGAAGUCCUCUCCCCAUCACCUGAUGUUGAAAUCAUUGAGGAUGGCGCUAAGCACAUCUUAACUUUGUACAACUGUAAAGUGUCCCAGUCUGGAGAGGUUACAUUCCAGGGUGCCAAUGCAAAAUGUUCUGCCAAUCUAAAAGUGAAAGAGCUUCCCAUUACAUUUGUAACACCUCUGGCUGAUGUGCAUGUAUAUGAGAAAGAUGAGGCAAGGUUUGAGUGUGAGAUCUCAAGACAACCAAAGAGCAUCCGUUGGUUGAAAGGAUCUAAGGAGAUUACAACUGAUGAUAAAUUUGAGGUACUUCAGGAGGGCAAAAGACACAUUCUGGUGGUCAAAUCUGCUGCCUAUGAGGAUGAGGCUAAGUAUAUGUUUGAGGCUGAGGACAAGAGAACAUCUGCCAAACUUGUUAUCCAGGGCAUCCGUCUUGAGUUUGUCAGACCCAUUAAAGAUGUCACUGUUAAAGAGCGUGAGACUGCAGAAUUCAGCAUUGAACUCUCUCAUGAAAAGGUUCAAGUUACCUGGUACAAGAAUGACGUGCGUUUGCAUCCAAGUAAAGUGGUGCACAUGUCCGAGGAUGGCAAAACCCAUACUCUGUCCUUCAAAGAGGUGUCUAUUGAUGACACUUCUCUAAUUAAAGUUGAGGCCCUUGGGAAAACCUGUGAGGCAAUGCUUACUGUUCUUGAGGGAGAACCUUACUUUACUACCAAGUUGCAGGACUACACUGCAGUUGAGAAGGAUGAGGUUGUCCUGAAGUGUGAAGUGAGCAAAUCAUCUGCUCAGGUGAAAUGGUUCAAAGAUGGCAAGGAGAUCACUCCUUCUAAGAACGUCCUCAUCAAGGCUGAUGGAAAGAAACGUAUCUUGACAGUGAAGAAGGCAGAGAAGGCAAACAUUGGUGAAUAUGUAUGUGACUGCGGCUCUGAUAAAACAGCAGCCAAACUUAACAUUGAAGAACGCGAUAUUAAGAUUGUCCGUCCACUGUACAGCGUGGAGGUCACAGAGACAGAGACUGCUCGCUUUGAGACAGAAAUCUCUGAGGAGGAUGUUCAUGGUAACUGGAAACUCAAAGGAGAGGCCCUGCACCAGUCACCGGACUGUGAAAUUAAGGAGGAAGGCACCAAACACAUGCUUAUCCUUUACAAUGUUCGCAUGGAUAUGGCUGGUAGUGUGGACUUCAGUGCUGCAAAUGCUAAAUCAAGGGCUCAGCUCAGAGUUAAAGCACGAAUGAUAGGCCUCCUGAGGCCUCUCAAGGAUGUAACAGUGACAGCGGGAGAGACAGCAACCUUUGACUGCGAACUCUCUUAUGAGGGCAUACCUGUGGAAUGGUUCCUAGGGGGUACAAAGCUGGAACCAAGUGACAGAGUGGUGCACCGUUCAGAAGGCAGAACUCACACGCUGACCCUUAGGGAUGUGAAACUGACGGAGGCAGGAGAAGUAAAACUCACUGCAAAGGACUUUGUGACACAGGCUCAACUCAUUGUAAAUGAACCUCCAGUUGAAUUCACCAAACCUCUGGAGGACCAGACUGUAGAAGAGGAAGCCACCGCUGAACUAGAGUGUGAAGUCUCCAAAGAGAAAGCCGAGGUCAGGUGGUUUAGAGAUGGACAAGAAAUUCACAAAACCAAGAAGUAUGACAUGGUUGCUGAUGGGCGUAAAAGAAAACUUCUUAUUCAUGACUGCACACUUGAUGACUCAAGGACAUAUACCUGCGAUGCUAAACAGUUCAAGACUUCAGCCUUCUUAAAUGUUGAACCUCCACAUGUUGAGUUCACAAAGCCACUCCAUGAUGUUGAGGUCAAAGAGAAGGAAUCUGCCAGAUUUGAAUGCGAAGUGUCUCGUGAAAGUGCUAAGGUUCGCUGGUUCAAAGAUGGUAAUGAAAUCAGAAAAGGCAAGAAAUAUGAGAUCAUUUCUGAAGGAGUAAAACGUAUUCUCAUCAUAAGCAAGUCUGUUUUUGAUGACGAAGCAGAAUAUGAAUGUGAUGCCAGGACUUCCAAAACCUCUGGAAUGCUGACUGUCAUUGAGGAGGAGGCUAGAUUCACAAAGAACUUGGCUAAUGUUGAAGGCACUGAAACCGACAGUGUUAAACUGAUUUGUGAAGUCUCCAAACCCAGUGCAGAGGUUACAUGGUUCAAGGGUGACCAAGAGUUGCCUGAAGUUGGUAGAUAUGAGCACAUUGCAGAUGGCAAAAAGAGAAUCCUAAUUAUUAAGGGCCUCCGUAUGGAUGAUGCUGGAGAGUACCACUGCAAACUGCCCACCUCACAAACCACAGGGAGCCUAAGGAUUAAUGAACUUGCCGCUGAGUUCAUUGCAAGGCCUCAAAACCAGGAGGUGGUUGAAGGUGAACAGGCACAAUUUGUGUGCUCUGUCUCCAAAGACACAUAUGAAGUGAAAUGGCUCAAAGGAGAUAAGGAACUUCAAUCAGAUGACAAAUAUAAUAUAAUUUCUGAGGGCAAAAAGAGAGUUCUUGUUGUCAAAAAUUGUGAACUCAAGGAUGAAGGUGGCUUUGUAGUCCUCAUUGGAACCACAAGAGCCUCAGCUGAACUGACUGUGCUUGAAAAGCUUAGGAUUAUCACUCCUCUAAGAGACAUAAAGGCAAAUGAAGGACAAGAGACUGUCCUCAAUUGUGAAGUUAACACUGAGGGGGCCAAAGCCAAAUGGCUGAAGAAUAAUGAGACUUUAUUUGAAAGUAGCAAGUUCAUCAUGGUCCAAAAGGACAAUGUAUUCUCUCUGAGGAUCAAAGACACUCAAAAAUCAGAUGAGGCCAACUACACUAUUACACUGACCAACCAACGUGGUGAACACGUAAAGAGCUCUGCCAAUAUUACUGUGCAAGAGGAAGAUCUUAGAAUCAUUUCUCCCCCUGAGGAUGUUGACACACAGGAGAAAAAGACCGUCAGCUUCACAUGCAAGGUGAACAGACCAAAUGUAACAGUACAAUGGAUGAAGGCAGGUCAGGAAAUCACUCUCAGCAAGAGAAUCCUCUAUCGUGUGGACAAGGACAAGCACACUCUGACCAUUAAGGACUGCGGCCUUGCAGACGAGGGUGAAUACAGUGUAGUUGCUGGUGCUGAUAAGGCCACAGCAGAACUGAUCAUCAGUGAGGCACCCGCUGACUUCACCGCUCAGCUCAGUGACCAAACCAUCACUGAGUUUGAGGAUGCUGAGUUCACAUGUGAACUUUCCAAAGAAAAGGCUGAAAUCAAAUGGUACAGAGAUGGCAGGGAGAUCAGGGAAGGACCCAGAUACCAAUUUGAGAGAGAUGGCAAAACAUGUAGACUGCGUAUAAAAGAGUGCAGACCAGAUGAUGAGUGCGAAUAUGCCUGUGGAGUGGAUGACAAGAGAACAAGAGCCCGCCUCUUUGUUGAGGAGACCCCUGUGGAGAUUGUCAGACCACCCACAGAUGUGUUUGAGCCCCCAGGCUCAGAUGUUGUGUAUGAAGUUGAGCUCAACAAAGACAGAGUUGAGGUCAAAUGGCUGAGGAACAACAUGACCGUUGUUCAAGGUGAUAAGUACCAGAUGAUGAGCGAGGGUAAGAUUCACAGGCUUCAAGUGUGUGAAAUCAGGCCACGUGAUCAAGGCGAGUACAGAGUCAUUGCCAAGGACAAAGAUGCCAGAGCCAAGCUUGAGCUUGCUGCUGUGCCAACAAUUAAAACCUUGGAUCAAGACCUGGUGACAGAUGCUGGAAAGCCAUUUGUUAUGGCAGUUCCUUACAAUGCUUACCCACAUGCUGAGGCUGAGUGGUUCUACAAUGACAUCAGUCUUCCAAAAGACAAUGUUCACACUUCUGUUGACAGGACAGAAUAUAGGCUAAAGGACCCAAAGAAGUCAGAGGAAGGUCGCUAUAAAAUCCUCAUCCAAAACAAACAUGGAAAAGGAGAGGCUUUCAUAAACCUAAAAGUUAUUGAUGUUCCUGGCCCUGUGAAGAACCUUCAGGUUGUUGACACUGCUGAUGGUGAGGUCAGCAUUGCAUGGGAAGAACCAGAGAAUGACGGUGGCAGCAAGAUCUUGGCUUAUGUGGUUGAAAGACGUGAUAUCAAACGUAAGACUUGGACUCUGGCCACUGACUGUGCCGAUAGCACAGAGUACUGUGUAACUGGCUUGCAGAAAGACUCCAAGUACCUCUUCCGUGUCUGUGCACGUAACCGAAUUGGAAGUGGGCCCAAUGUUGAGACAGAUAAAGCUGUUCAAGCUAAGAAUAAGUUUGAUGUUCCUGAUCCACCACAGAAUGUUAUUGUUGGAAAUGUCAACAAGUUUGGUGCCACAGUCUCCUGGGAACCACCACUGUCCGAUGGUGGAUCUGAGAUCACAUCAUACAUUAUUGAGCUCCGUGAUAGAACUUCUGUGAGCUGGUCUCCAGUCAUGGUGGCCAAACCACACGAACGGUCAGCUAUUAUUAAUGAUGUUAUUGAGAACAAAGAAUACAUCUUCCGUGUUAAGGCUGAGAACAAGGCUGGAAUUGGCAAACCAAGUGCGGCCACUAACCCAGUGAAGAUCAUGGACCCCAUUGAGAGGCCGAGCCCUCCACUGAAUUUGACACACUCUGAGCAGACAAAGGACUCCUGUCUGUUGACAUGGGAGACUCCCUUAAAAAAUGGAGGCACACCUAUCACUGGCUACAUCAUUGAGAGAUGUGAAGAAGGCACAGACAAGUGGCUCAGAUGCAAUGCCAGGCUUUGGCAGGACCUGCUCUACAGGAUUUCAGGCCUGAAAUUUGGAACAAAAUACAGCUAUAGAGUACUUGCUGAGAAUGCGGCCGGCCAGUCUGACCCCUCAAAUAUCGUUGGGCCUGUGUUGGCAGAUGAUCCACAUUUUGCACCUACUCUGGACCUAAGCGCAUUUAAGGAUGGUCUAGAGGUUAUUGUCCCUAAUCCUCUUGCAAUUCGUGUCCCUAUCACUGGGUACCCGGUGCCCACAGCAAAGUGGACCUUCGGUGAAAAUGCACUUACAGCUGGUGACCGUGUGUCCAUGGUUACAAAGUCAACCUUCACAGAGCUCAUUGUAACCCCAAGUGUGCGCCCUGACAAAGGCACAUACUCCUUGACAUUGGAAAAUGAUGUGACCAGUGUCUCAGGAGAGAUUGAAGUUAAUGUCAUUGCCUCUCCAAGUGCACCAAAAGACUUAAAGGUUGCAGAAGUGACCAGAAAGCAUGUUCACUUGAUGUGGGAGGCACCUGAUCACGAUGGAGGCAGUCCAAUCACAGGCUAUCAGGUUGAGAAGCGUGAGGUUUCCAGGAAGACCUGGGUGAAGGUGAUGGCAGGUUUGCAAGACCAGGAAUACACAGUCACAGAUGUUGUUGAGGGCAAGGAGUACUUGUUCAGAGUUAUUGCCUGCAACAAAUGUGGCCCUGGAGAGCCCGCCUACAUUGAUGACCCAGUGAACGUGUCUUCACCUGCAACUAUACCAGACCCACCAGAAAAUCUUAAAUGGAGAGACAAGUCUGCUAGCAAGAUCUUCUUGUCAUGGGAACCUCCCAAGUGGGAUGGUGGAACUGCAAUUAAAGGUUAUAUUGUUGACAAAUGUCAACGUGGCACUGACAAGUGGGAACCAUGUGGGGACCCAGUUCCUGAUCUUAAGUUUGAAGUGACUGGUCUCACUGAAGGACAGUGGUAUGCUUAUCGUGUGAGGGCUUUGAACAAACUGGGUGCCAGUAAGCCUUGCAAGGCGACAGAUGAGAUUUUGGCCGUUGAUCCUAAAGAGCCUCCAGAGAUUCAGCUGGAUGCAAAGGUGCUGGCUGGCCUAACUGCUAAGGCUGGCACAAAGAUUGAACUUCCUGCUGACAUCACAGGCAAACCAGAGCCUAAAGUCAAAUGGACCAAGGCUGACCUAGUCCUGAAGCCAGACGAUAGAAUCUCAAUUGAUACCAAGCCUGGCCACUCAACUGUGUCCAUUGCUAAGACCAAGAGGGAUGACACUGCUACAUACAUCAUUGAGGCAGUCAACAGCAGUGGCCGUGCAACUGCAACAGUUGAUGUCAACAUUCUAGAUAAACCUGGUCCUCCAGCUGCCUUUGAUAUCUCUGAAAUCACCAAUGAGUCCUGCUUGUUAGCCUGGAAUCCUCCAAGAGAUGAUGGUGGCUCAAAGGUGACAAACUACAUUAUUGAAAGGAGGGCUGUAGACAGUGAAAUCUGGUACAAGUUGUCCUCCACUGUGAAGCAGACCACCUUCAGGGCCACCAAACUUGUGGCUUUCAAGGAAUAUGUCUUUAGGGUCUAUGCUGAAAAUCAGUUUGGAGUUGGUGCCCCAGCAGAACAUGCCCCAAUAACUGCCAGAUACCCCUUUGAUACUCCUGGUCCUCCAUACAAAUUGGAGGCAUCUGAUAUUACAAAGGAUGCAGUAACUCUGUCUUGGUAUGAGCCUGAUGAUGAUGGUGGAAGUCCAAUUACUGGAUAUUGGGUUGAGAGAUAUGAGCCUGAUCACGACAAAUGGAUCAGAUGCAACAAGCUGCCUGUCACGGACACAAACUUUAGGGUAAAAGGACUGCCCACAAGAAAGAAGUAUAAGUUCCGUGUUUUGGCAGAGAAUCUUGCUGGACCUGGCAAACCAAGCAAAGAGACAGACCAGAUUUUGAUUAAAGAUCCAAUAGAUCCCCCAUGGGCUCCUGGUAAGCCCACUGUUAAGGAUGUGGCCAAAACAACUGCCUUCCUACAAUGGACAAAACCUGAACAUGACGGUGGUGCAAAGAUUGAGUCUUACAUCAUUGAACUCCUCAAGAGCGGAACUGAUGAGUGGGUUCGUGUAGCUGAUGGUAUCCCCUCUCUUGAGUACUUCCUGAGAGGAUUGAUGGAGAAGCAAGAGUACUCAUUCCGUGUUAGAGCUGUCAAUGCAGCAGGCGAGAGCGAACCUAGUGAACCAAGUGAUCCAGUGCUCUGCAAGGAGAGACUCAAUCCUCCAUCACCCCCAAGAUGGCUUGAAGUAGUUUCUAGUAGCAGGAACAGCGCUGAUUUGAAAUGGACAGCACCUGAGAGAGAUGGUGGCUCUCCAAUCACAAACUACAUUAUUGAGAAGAGAGAUGUCAGACGCAAGGGCUGGCAGGCUGUGGACACCACUGUGAAAGAGCUGAAGUACACUGUCACCCCACUGAAUGAGGGGUCUCUCUAUGUUUUCCGUGUUGCUGCAGAGAAUGCUGUGGGACCUAGUGAAUUUUGUGAACUUGCAGACUCUGUUCUCGCCAAAGAUACCUUCAGUACCCCUGGACCUCCAUAUAAUCUGACCAUUACUGAUAUCUCCAAGACUCAUGUUGACCUGAAAUGGGAAGCACCUAAGAAUGAUGGUGGAAGACCUAUCUUGAGAUAUGUCAUUGAGAAGAAGGAGAAACUUGGUACUCGCUGGGUGAAAUCGGGAAAGACUUCUGGUCCUGACUGCAAUUACAGAGUGACUGAUGUAAUAGAGGGCACUGAAGUGCAGUUCCAAGUCGCUGCUGAGAACGAGGCUGGAGUUGGUCACCCAAGUGAACCCACAGAUAUUGUGAUCAUUGAGGACCCAACAGGCCCACCAUCACCACCUCAGGAACUGCACGUCACUGAGGCAGCCAGGGAUCAUAUUUGUAUUGCUUGGAAGGCACCAGAAAAGAAUGGAGGAAGUCCCAUUGUUGGCUACCAUAUUGAGCUCUGUGAGACUGGAACCGAGAAAUGGAUGAGAGUCAACUCUCGUCCUGUCAAAGAGCUCAAAUACAGGGCAGGGGAUGAAGAGGGAAUUGUUCCUGAGAAACAGUAUACCUUCAGAGUCCGUGCUGUCAAUUCUGUUGGUGCCAGUGAACCCUCUGACAUUUCUGAGAAUGUAUAUGCCAAAGAUUCUGACUGCAGCCCAACCCUUGACUUCCAGACCAAGGAUCUUGUUGUUGUAGAGGGUGAAAAGAUGCACCUCCCAAUUCCAUUUAGGGCUGUGCCAUCACCUAAGAUAACAUGGCACAAAGAUGGAAAUGAAAUGAAGGCUGAUGACAGAACUUUCUUCAGAGCUGAAUACACAUCGUGCCAUCUGGAAAUUCCAAGCUGCUUACACGCUGAUGCUGGCCAGUACAAAGUUACCUUGGAGAACAGCAAUGGUUCAACUAGUGGAACAAUCAAUGUUAAAGUUAUAGGUCUUCCUGGGCCAUGUAAAGAUAUUGUUGCUAGUGAGAUUACGAAGAGCACCUGCAAGGUGUCCUGGGAUCUUCCAGACUAUGAUGGUGGUAGCCCUGUUCUCCACUAUGUGCUACAACGCAGAGAAGCAGGCAGGAGAACCUAUGUCAAUGUUAUGUCUGGAGAAAACAAAGUUAGCUGGCCGGUUAAGGAUCUCAUUCAAAAUGGAGAGUAUUACUUCCGUGUCAGAGCUGUCAACAAGAUUGGUGGUGGUGAAUUCAUUGAGCUUCGCAACCCUGUAAUUGCUGAAGAUCAGAAGCAACGUCCAGACCCACCAGUCGAUGUGGAAACACACAACCCAACUUCUCAGAGUGUGACCCUUACUUGGAAGCCUCCCAUGUAUGAUGGUGGAAGCAAAAUUAUGGGUUACAUUCUUGAGAAGAUGAUGAAAGGGGAAGAGAACUUCAAGAGAUGCAAUGACUUCCUUGUGCCAGUGCUGUCCUAUACUGUUAAGGGGUUGACUGAAGGAAAACAAUAUCAGUUCCGUGUACGUGCUGAAAAUGCAGCUGGUGUCAGUGAUCCUUCACGCAGCACACCUUUGAUCAAAGCCACAGAUGCAGUUGAUCAUCCAAAGGUAUUCCUUAGUGGUAGUCUACAAUCAGGCUUGACUGUAAAACGAGGUGAGGAGAUCCGAUUGGAUGCCAAUAUCUCUGGAUUCCCUUACCCCCAAAUUACAUGGAUGAGGAACAAUUCAUCCAUUUGGCCAGAGCCACUGAAGAAGAGACCAGAAAGGCCCAUUAAGAAGAAGAAAGAGAAAGAAAAAGAAAAGGAGGAAAAGAAGGAGGCUGAAGCAGAAAAGAAAGAGGCAGAUGCAGAAAAGAAGGAGGAAGACAAAGAGGCAAAGAAGGAGGAGGACAAGGAAAAGGAGAAAGUAAAAGAAAAGGAGGUGGAGGAACCUGAGGAGCCUGAAGAGGCAUACCACCCAAGCUUAAAUGAACGUCUUACCAUUGAAUCCAAGAGGAAGGGUGAAUCCUUCAUUAUUGUAAAAGAUACCAUCAGAGGCGAUCAUGGUGUUUUCACCAUAAAAGUGGAAAAUGAUCAUGGUAUUGCCUCUGCCUCCUGUGAAGUUAAUGUCCUUGAUACUCCUGGACCUCCAGUCAAUUUCAAAUUUGAAGAUGUAAGGAAGAACUCAAUCCUCUGUAAGUGGGAUCCUCCUCUGGAUGAUGGUGGUAGUGAAAUCCUUAACUACAUAUUGGAACAAAAAGAUAACUCCAAGGUGGAGCUUGGAUGGGUCACUGUAACCUCAAUCCUUAGAGGCUGUAAAUUUCAAGUACCAAAACUUAUUGAGGGCAAGGAGUACCUCUUCCGUGUCACUGCAGAGAAUAAGUAUGGUCCUGGAACCCCAUGCAUCUCCAAACCCGUCAUUGCAAAGAAUCCAUUCGAUCCACCAGAUGCGCCGGAGAAACCUGAAAUUAAGGAUUCCACGGCCACCAGUAUGCUUGUUACCUGGACAGAACCAAAUGACAAUGGCAGCCCCAUUGAGGGAUACUGGGUAGAGAAACGAGAAAUUAACAGCACACACUGGACAAGAGUCAAUCGCACCAUGGUUCCUGAUUUGGAAAUAAAUGUAGAGGGCCUUUUGGAGGGUCUGACAUAUAUUUUCAGAGUCUGUGCGGAAAAUGUAGCAGGACCUGGAAAGUUCAGCCCCCCGUCAGAACCAAAAACAGCACAGGCACCAAUCAGGCCCCCAGGUCCACCAAUUCCAAGAAUUGUAGACACCUCAGACUAUUCAAUUGAUGUUGAAUGGGAUCCUCCUGCAGACAAUGGCGGUGCAGACAUCUUUGGUUAUCAUGUUGACAAAGUUGUUGCUGGUACCAAAGACUGGUCACAAGCCACAGAGAGACCAUGGAAGAACCACGCAUUUACAGUGUAUGGUGUUAGAGAAGGUGCUAAGUAUAUUGUCCGUGUUGUGGCAAUCAAUUGUGCUGGGGAAGGACAACCAGGUUUUACUGAUGCAGUAAUUGUGAGAAACCCUGCAGAGGUUCCAGUCAUCGAGCUUGACAUCUCAGUGAAAAAUGGUGUUGUUGUUAGAGCUGGAGAGAUGCUGAGAAUUCCAGCACAUGUGACUGGUAGACCUUUUCCAUCUUUGAAAUGGACAAAGGAUGAUGGUGCAUUAGAGAAAGAUCGUAUGGAGGUAGAGGAAGCUGGAAAGGACAGCACUCUUGUUAUCAAAACCACAAAGAGAAGUGAUCACGGCAAAUACCAAAUCCAAGCAGCAAAUCCAAGUGGUAUCAAAUCUGCAUGGACCAGGGUUGAAGUUAUGGAUGUUCCUGGGCCAGUUCUUGACCUGAAACCUGUUGUGGUUACCAGAAAGCUAAUGAUGUUGAAUUGGUCAGAUCCUGAAGAUGAUGGUGGUAGUGAUCUAACAGGAUUUAUCAUUGAAAGGAAGGAACCAAAGAUGCACACAUUUAGACAACCUAUUGAGACCAUUUCAUCCAAAUGUGAGAUUGUAGGUAUUAUUGAGGGACAGGAAUACAUUUUCCGUGUUGUGGCUAAGAACAAGUAUGGAUGUGGACCUCCAGUCGAUCUUGGACCUAUCCUUGCUGUGGAUCCUCAAGGUCCACCAACUUCUCCUGAAAAGUUCCACUAUACCGAGCGGACCAAAUCCUCUGUUACUAUUGAAUGGAGGCCACCUCGUAAUGAUGGUGGUAGUCCAAUCCUUGGUUACAUCAUUGAGAAAAAGCGACAAGAUCAACCAGCCUUCCAGCGUGUCAACCCAGAGUUGGUGACUGCUCAAAUUUUGACAGUUGAAGACCUUGAUGAGUUGCAUAUGUAUGAGUUCCGUGCAAAGGCUGUCAAUGCAUUUGGUGAAAGUGAGCCUUCAAUUACCAUGACUGUUGUCAUUCAAGAUGAUGAAGUGGCUCCAAGUCUGCAUAUGUUAAAGCACUUCAAGGGUGAUUUGAUCCAAGCAAGGAAAAACGAACCUAUUGAGAUGCCUGCUGAAGUCACAGGCCUGCCAAUGCCAAAGAUCGAAUGGCUGAAGGAUGAUGUUGUUAUUCCCAAGUCAACUGAGAAACUCCUGAUAGAAACCAAAGAGAUUGAUAGGGUGACAUCACAUACAAAACUCUCCAUCCCUGGUGUUACUAGAUUGGAGAAGGGCACAUACACAGUUACUGCCUCAAAUCGUUUGGGAACUCUCAGUCAUUCCAUCACGGUGGAAGUGUUGGAUCGCCCAACACCACCAAGAAACAUUGCUGUUUCAAAUAUCCAAGCUGUGUCUUGCAAACUAACCUGGGAUGCCCCAUUGGAUCUUGGUGGCAGUGAACUUACCAACUACAUUGUUGAGAUGAAAGACCUUAAUGGUGAAGAUCCUGAAAAGGCUGAGUGGGUGCAGGUUACUAACUCCAUUAUCGAGAAGCAUUAUGGGGUAUGGAACCUGCAAACUGGUGGCAACUAUAAAUUUAGAGUCAAAGCUGAGAAUAAAUAUGGAAUAAGUGAGGCCUGUGAAACAGAGGAGGUUCAAAUUAAGGAUCCUUUUGCUCUGCCUGGCCCACCUGAGAAGGUCACUAUUGCUGAGCACUCUAAGACCCAUAUGUUACUGACAUGGGAACCACCUAUGGACAGUGGUGGUUCUAUGAUUACUGGCUACUGGCUUGAGAAGCGUGAAAAGGGCACUUCCUAUUGGUCUCGUGUGAAUAAGAUCCUGGUGUCAAAACGUGGCACAAAAGGCUGGGAAUACCAGGUUAACCGUCUCAUCGAGGGAACGGAGUAUGAAUUCCGUGCAAUGGCUUGUAAUUCUGCUGGAAUUGGACCACCUAGUGCCAUCUCUGAAUCUGCCAUUGCUGAUGAGCCAUUGACUCCACCUAGCAUGCCAGCAGCUCCUGAGAUUGCUGACAAAACCAAGCAUAGUGUCACCCUUGCAUGGACCCCACCAGCUAAAGAUGGUGGCCGCCCCAUCAAAGGUUACAUCAUUGAGAUCCAGGAUGAAGGCACUUCUGAGUGGGCCAGGAUCAAUGAUGCUGAAAAUCUGCAUCCUUCUACUGUGUUCACUGUUCCAAACCUCCCAGAACUUAAGAAAUACAGAUUCAGAAUCAUUGCAGUCAAUGAAAUUGGCGAGUCUGAGCCAAGCCCCAGAACCACUGAAGUUCGCAUAGAGGACAUUCAAACUGCACCGAAGAUCUUUGUGGAUAUCAGUGCUCCUGAACUGCUCUGUAUCCGUGCUGGAACUCCAUUUAAGAUUCCUGCUACCAUCACAGGACGUCCUGUUCCUAAAGUUACAUGGGAGUUUGAUGGCAAAGCAAAGACAGAAAAGAAGGAUCGUCUCCAUGUCUUACCAGUGGAUUCACAGGUUGAAUCUACUGACACUACCUCAGUUAUUACAAUUCCUGUGAGUUUAAGAAGCCAUUCUGGCAGGUACACAAUUACAGCAAAGAACAAAUCAGGACAGAAGCAUGUCAACGUCAGAGUAAAUGUGCUUGAUGUUCCUGGAGCACCCAAAGAGCUCAAAGUUACUGAUGUCACCAGAACCACAAUGAGACUUAUUUGGAAACUGCCAGAUAAUGAUGGUGGUGAGAGAAUCAAGAGUUAUUUUAUUGAAAAGAAGGCUGUGAAUGGAAAGGCUUGGACAGUUGCCAAUGCUGCUUGUGCCAACAUGGCCUUUGUUGUGUCCAACCUCCUCGAGGGACAGGACUACUUGUUCCGUGUUCGUGCUGAGAAUCGUCUUGGCUUUGGACCAUUUACAGAGACCACAGAACCUGUUAGGGCAAGGGAUCCUAUCUAUCCUCCUGAUCCUCCUACCAAGGUGAAAAUUAACCUUGUCACCAAGAACACUGUGACCCUGACAUGGGUGCCUCCCAAGAAUGAUGGUGGAGCACCAGUAAAACAUUAUAUCAUUGAGAGGCUGAGCUGGGAUACCAGUGGUCCACAGAAAGAGACGUGGAAACAGUGUAACAAGAGAGAUGUUGAAGAGACUACCUUCAUUGUUGAAGACCUUAAGGAAGGUGGCGAGUAUGAGUUCCGUGUUAAAGCUGUGAAUGAAGCUGGUGCAAGCAGACCCUCUGUUACUGCCGGACCAGUUGUCAUUAAGGACCAGACAUGUGCUCCAAGUAUUGAACUCAGAGAGGCUUUAGAAGGUGCAGAAGGAUAUGAUGUCAGCAUUGUUGCCAGGAUUCAAGGCUGUCCAUUCCCAUCUCUUGUCUGGCACAAGGCUCCACAGGAAAAGCCUGAUGACAAAGCACUUGUACAUUAUGACAAACAUGUCAAUAAACUUGUUUCUGAUGAGAAAUGCACCCUGUUAAUUCAGCAGUCAAAGAGAGAUGACAGCGCCUUAUACACUCUCACAGCCACCAACAGUUUGGGAACAGCCACCAAGAGUAUCAAGCUUAGCAUUUUGGGACGUCCUGGUAUACCUGUAGGACCAAUUAAGAUUGGGGAGAUUUUCGCUGAAAGGAUUGGCCUCUCCUGGAAUCCACCAUUAGAUGAUGGUGGUUCCAAGAUUACAAACUAUGUCAUUGAAAAGCGUGAGGAAAACAGAAAAACAUGGGUCCAUGUCUCUAGUGAUCCAAAGGAAUGCCAAUACACUGUACAAAGGCUAACAGAGGGCCAUGAGUAUGAGUUCCGUGUUAUGGCUCAGAAUAAAUAUGGAGUUGGACCACCUUUGUACAGUGAACCUGAGAAAGCACGUAACCUUUUCACUGUGCCUGGCCAAUGUGAGAAGCCAACUGUCACAGAUGUUUCACUUGAAUCUAUGACCGUUAACUGGGAUGAACCAGAAUACGAUGGUGGCUCUCCAGUAACUGGAUACUGGCUAGAGCGUAAGGAAACUACAGGCAAGCGCUGGACAAGAGUGAAUCGUGAACCUAUCAGAAUCAGGACUCUAGGAGUUUCCCAUAUUGUGACAGGCCUCUUGGAGGGUGCUAUCUACCAGUUCCGCGUUCUUGCAAUUAAUGCUGCUGGAAGCGGCCCACCUAGUUUGCCUUCUGAUCCUGUUGCAUGUAGAGAUCCCAUAGCACCUCCUGGACCUCCAACACCAAAAGUAACAGAUUGUACCAGGUCAACUGUUGAUCUUGAAUGGAUUCCUCCACUUAUUGAUGGUGGAUCUAAGAUCACAGGAUAUUUUGUUGAGUACAAAGAAGAAGGACAAGAGGAAUGGGAGAAGGUUAAAGACAAGGAAAUCAGAGGCACCAAGUUUGUUGUUCCUGGACUUAAAGAGCUUGGACUCUACAGAUUUAGAGUGAGAGCUGUAAAUUCUGCAGGCGUGGGAGAACCUGGCGAGGUUUCAGAUGUGAUUGAAGUGAAGGAUAGGACAAUUCCCCCUGAGGUAGACCUGGAUGCAACUGUCAAGGAAAAGAUUGUUGUUCAUGCUGGUGGGGUAAUCCGCAUCCUGGCCUAUGUGUCAGGAAAGCCUGCUCCAGAGAUUAUUUGGAAUAGAGACGAUGGUGAUUUGCCAAAGGAGGCUGCUAUUGAGAUCACUUCUAUAAGUUCAGCUUUGGUUAUCAAAAGUUGCAGGAGACAACACCAAGGCAUUUAUACAUUGACUGCCAAGAAUGCAGGUGGAGAGAGGAAGAAAGCAGUCAUUGUUGAAGUGCUGGAUGUCCCUGGCCCUGUGGGUCUGCCCUUCUCUGGGGAGAAUCUCACCAAUGACUCUUGUAAGUUGACAUGGUACUCUCCUGAAGAUGACGGUGGCUCAGCUAUCACCAACUAUAUAAUUGAGAAAAGAGAAGCUGACCGCAGAGGCUGGACUUCAGUGACAUAUACUGUCACAAGACACAAUGCUGUUGUCCAGGGUCUUAUUGAUGGCAAGAGUUACUUCUUCAGAAUUGCGGCUGAAAAUAUUAUUGGACUGGGUCCGUUCACAGAGACCACUGCUCCUGUCGUCAUCAAGGAUCCACUUUCUGUACCUGAGCGCCCAGAGGACCUUGAGGUGACAGCCAUCACAAAUGAUUCAAUAAGCAUCGCAUGGAGACCUCCGAAGUAUGAUGGAGGUUCAGACAUUACAAGCUAUGUUCUUGAGGUUCGUCUUAUCGGACAGGACAACUACAGCCGUAUUGCCACAGAGGACAAACUUAUGGAACGUAAAUUCACACACGUGGGUCUUAAGGAAGGUUCUUCUUACGAAUUCCGAGUUAGUGCUGUGAAUCAAAUCGGCCAAGGCAAACCAUCAUUCAGCACCAAACCAGUUACAUGCAAAAAAGAGUUUGAACCACCAAACCUUGAUCUUGAGUUCCGUGACAAGCUUGUUGUUCGUGUUGGGGAAACUUGCACUCUUCAAAGUGGGUACUCAGGAAAACCAGCACCAACUAUUAAAUGGUUAAAAAAUGAUGAGGAGCUUCAGGCAAAUGAAGAAAUUGCUCUCACCAGCACAAAGAAUAAAUUGUGCUUGACUAUUGCAAAGGCAAAACGUGAUCACAGUGGAAAAUACACUGUUGUUCUGGAGAACUCCAUUGGCUCACGCAAGGGCAUAUGUAAUGUUAUUGUUGUCGACCGUCCACAACCUCCAGAGGGUCCUGUUAUUUUUGACGAGAUCUAUAGGAAUUAUAUGCUCAUUUCUUGGAAGCCCCCACUGGAUGAUGGUGGAGCUGCUAUUUCUAACUAUAUUGUUGAAAAGAGAGACACCAACAGGGAUCUGUGGAUGCCUGUUACAGAAUCUUGCACAAGGACAUCAUGCAGAGUUCCAAAACUGAUUGAGGGAAGAGAGUACAUCAUUAGAAUAUGUGCUCAGAAUAUUCAUGGCAUUAGUGAUCCAUUGCUAUCUGCUGAGACAAAAGCAAAGGAUGUUUUCAAGGUUCCAGAAGCUCCACAGGCACCUGUGGUAAAAGAAAUCUUUAAAGAUACAGCGCUGAUUUCAUGGCUUCAGCCAGCUGAUGGUGGAAAACCAAUCACAAGCUACAUUGUUGAAAAGAAGGAGACCAAGGCCAACAUGUGGUCUAGAGCUGGAAAAGAUCGCAUUUACCCUAACACAGAAUACUGGGUUCCUGAUCUUCUCAAGGGAUGUGAAUAUGAAUUCCGUGUCAUGGCAGAGAAUGUGAUUGGUGUUGGUGACCCCAGCCCACCAUCAAAGCCCAUCUAUGCCAAAGAUCCUAUUGUGAUUCCAAGCCCACCAGUACUUCCAGUAGCCAUUGACAAGACAAAAGAUUCUGUCACUCUUUCUUGGCAACCACCGAAAGACUGUGGCAGAGGCAAAAUUUUUGGCUAUCUUGUUGAGUAUCAGAAAGCUGGUGAUGAGGAAUGGCUUCAAGUUAAUCAAACACCUGACUCUUGCCAGGGCACUACAUUCAAGGUUAUCAACCUUGAGGAUGGUGCACUUUACAGAUUUAGAGUAAAGGCAGUGAACGCUGCUGGUGAAUCAGAUCCUGCAUAUGUCCCAGAGCCCGUUCGUGCACAAGACAGACUUGAGCCCCCAGAACUUGAACUGGAUGUGGGCAUGCCUCGUGAGAUCAAAGCAAUGGCUGGAACCCAUAUUAAUAUUAUUGCUGGAAUCAAGGGAAUACCUUUCCCCAAAGUCACAUGGAAGAAAAAUGAAGCAGAUGUUCCAACAAGAGCAGAGAUUGAAACAUCUGGAACAGCAACCAAAUUAGAGAUGCGUUAUUGCACUCGUGCAGAUUGUGGGGAUUACACACUUACUGUUGAAAAUCCAGCUGGAUCAAAGACAGCCACAUGCACCGUGCUUGUUCUUGACAAGCCUGGACCAGUUCAGCAUCUCAGAGUAUCUGAUGUCAGAUGUGAUUCUGCCCAGCUGUCUUGGAAAGACCCAGAAGAUAAUGGUGGUACACGCAUCACUAACUUUGUUGUUGAGAAAAAGGAUGCAGCAUCAGCACAAUGGGUGCCAGUCUGCUCAUCUUCCAAAAAACGUAGCAUGAUGGCCAAACAUUUGAUUGAGGGAACGUCAUACAUGUUCCGUGUGGCGGCUGAAAAUCAGUUUGGAAGAAGUGAAUAUGUUGAGACACCAAAAGCUAUUAAAGCAAUGAAUCCACUGUUCCCACCUGGUCCACCUAAAGACCUGCAUCAUGUAGAUGCUGACAAAACUGAGGUGUGGCUUCAGUGGAAUUGGCCUGAUCGUACAGGAGGAAGUGACAUCACAGGGUUCUUGGUUGAGUACCAAGAAGAAGGUGAAAGGGAUUGGGUAGUUUUUAAGACUGUCAGCAUUCCUGAGUGCCAUGUGACUGGACUGGAAGAAGGAAAGACCUACAGGUUCCGUGUUAAGACAGAGAAUGCAAUUGGUUUAAGUAGACCAGACACCACUGUGCCAGUACUUUGCCAGGAAAAACUAGUGCCGCCAAUUGUUGAGGUGGAUGUGAAGUUGAUAGAGGGAAUCAUUGUGAAAGCUGGAAGCACUAUUAGAUUGCCUGCCAUUAUGAGAGGCCUUCCGGUUCCCACUGCCAAAUGGGUCAUUGAUGGAGAGGAAAUAAAGAGUGAAGGCAAUACCAAAAUUGACACUGACAACUUCUCCACAGUUCUGAGCAUUGCCGACUGCACAAGACAUCACACUGGAAUCUAUAUUCUCACAGUGUCUAACUCAGCAGGAAGCAAGACUGUUUCUCUGAAUGUCACAGUGCUUGAUGUGCCAGCUGCCCCAAUAGGUCCUGUAAAUAUCCUUGAAGUGACUCCUGAUUCCAUGGUUAUUGAAUGGCGUCCUCCCAAAGAGGACGGGGGAAGCCCUGUCAUGAACUAUAUUGUUGAGAAGAGGGAAUCAAAUAAGGAAACUUGGGGAGGAGUAAGUUCUGGCAGCACUUCCACAAUGCUCAAAAUUCCUCGUCUGCAGCAAGGAGUUGAGUAUGUUGUGAGAAUUCGUGCUGAAAAUAAAAUGGGAAUUGGCGCAGCUCUUGAAAGUGCACCAACUGUAGCCCGGCACCAGUUUGAGCCCCCUGGCCAUCCUGGAAAACCAGUUGCAUCUGAUAUUUCUGAAGAUGCCCUCACACUUGGAUGGACAAUGCCUCUGUUUGAUGGUGGUAGUCCAAUCAGUGGUUAUAUUAUUGAGCGAAGACAUAAAGGAGGAAAAUGGAUUAGAGUGAAUAAAACACCUUGCAAGGACCUUAGAUACAGAGUGCUUGGGCUUUUUGAAGAUAAUGAAUAUGAGUUCAGAGUAUUUGCUGAAAAUAUUGCUGGCUUUAGUGGACCUUCACCUAUCUCAGAUCCUGCCAAACCUUGCAGACCAAUUACUGUUCCAGGACCUCCAGUAAACCCUAAGGUAAAGGACUACAGUUGCACAUAUGCUGACUUAGUCUGGAUCAGACCCACAAGAGACGGAGGCAGUCCUGUCUUAGGAUAUAUUGUUGAACACCAGAAGGGAGGUGGUGAGUGGGAGAAAGUAAAUAAGGAUGAUCUGAUUAAACAGUGUGCUUACAGAGUAAAAGGAUUGACAGAGGGCACAGAAUACAGGUUCCGUGUUAAAGCCGUCAAUAUGAUUGGAGAAGGUGAGACCAGGGAAAUUCCAGAGUCAGUUAUUGCUAAGGAUAUUGUCAUUCCUCCGGAAAUUGAGGUGGAUGCCACAUGCCGUGACCGUGUGACUGUUCGUGUUGGGCAUAACAUUAAUGUUGUAGCAUAUGUCAAAGCAAGACCUGAUCCAGAAAUCACUUGGAGCAAAGGUGAAAGUGUUUUGGAAAAGGACAAGCGCACCACUCUGACAAACAACUUCCCAGUAGUGCAAAUGCGUAUCAAGGAAGCAACCAGAGCAGAUCAUGGAAAGUAUAUACUAAAAGCUGUAAAUGAAGCUGGAGAGGCCUCAGCUACUAUUACAGUAAAUGUUCUGGAUAGACCUGGGCACUGCCAAAAUCUUAAGUUGACCUAUGUAACUAAAAACUCUUGCAUGGUCUCCUGGGAUGCACCAGAGGAUAAUGGAGGCACUGAGAUAACAAAUUACAUUGUGGAAUGUCGGGAGCCAAGCAUACGAGCCUGGUCAAUGAUCUCAUCUGACUGCACAAAUCGCAUGGUAAAGGCUAAGCUCAUGGAAAAUCAUGAAUAUUUAUUCCGUGUAUCUGCCGAGAACAAGUGUGGUCCUGGGCCAGCAACAGAAACCAAAACUCCCAUCCUUGCAAUCGACCCACUUCAGAAGCCAGGUGAGCCAGAGAACUUCCAUGUCAGUGAUAUUGGUAAAAACUUUGUUUUCCUUAAAUGGAGAAAACCAGAUUAUGAUGGUGGAAGUCCUAACCUAGGCUACUAUUUGGAGAAAAAAGCAAAGGAUGCUGAAGAGUGGGAGAAGGUACAUGAAGGAGUCCUGAAAGGGACAUUCUUCAUGGUAGACAAAUGUGUUGAGAACCACACAUAUCAAUUUAGAGUCCAGUCAACAAAUGACGGAGGAGAAAGUGCCUGGGUUAGAACAUCUGAUAUUCUUGUCAAAGAAGAAGUUCAGAAGCCAGUUCUUGACCUGAAAUUUGUUGGUACUAUAGUGGUAAAAGCUGGUGAAUCAGUUAGGCUUGAAGCUGGACUUAGAGGAAAACCACAGCCUGAGGUUACAUGGGUGAAGGAAAAGACUACAGGUGAUAACCCAAGGAUCAGCAUUGACACUGGACAUGAUUACUCCAAAUUCCUCCUUACUAAAACCAAGCGUAGUGAUACUGGAAAAUAUGUGGUCACUGCUACAAACUCAGCAGGAUCAUUCACAGCAUAUGCCAAUGUUACAGUUUUGGAUAUACCAGGACCUGUCAGAGAUUUGAAGAUUUCUGGCAUUUCCACAGACAAGUGCAGAGUUGUAUGGGAUCCUCCAGAGGAUGACGGCGGUUGUGAGGUGGACAGCUAUAUUCUAGAGAAAUGUGAGACAAGAAGAAUGGUUUGGUCCACUUACUCUGCCUCUGUUGUCACCAAUUACUGUAAUGUAACACGUCUUGUUGAAGGAAAUGAGUACAUAUUCAGGGUAAGAGCAGAAAACAAGAUGGGAACUGGACCACCAAUGGAGAGCAAGCCUAUUACUGCUAAGACACAAUACAACAGGCCUGGUCCACCUGAUGCACCUGAGGUAACCAAAAUUGGUAAAGAUGAGAUGACUGUGGUAUGGGCUCCUCCUGAAAACGAUGGAGGAAAGUCUAUCACUGGUUACAUUCUGGAGAGAAAAGAAAAGCGGGCUGUUCGGUGGGUCCCUGUCACAAAGAGCCCUAUCUCUGAGAGGCGUAUGAAAGUCACCAAUCUGAUCCCUAACCACGAAUAUCAAUUCCGUGUCAAAGCUGAAAAUCAAGUAGGAUUGGGAGAACCAAGCAAACCAUCCAGACCCAUAACUGCAAAAGAUCCAAUUGAGCCCCCUGGUCCUCCUGGCAGCCUUAAAGUAGUUGACAGCACAAAGACAUCCAUUACGCUUAGCUGGGCGAAGCCUGUGUAUGAUGGAGGUGCUCCAAUUAUUGGAUAUCUGGUUGAAAUGAGGGAUAAGGUGCAAAUGGAAGGUGAACAAGAGAGAGAUCCAGAGGAAGGCUGGAAGAAAUGUAAUACUGCUGGACAGCUAGUCAUAACUGAAUUUACAAUGAUUAACUUGGAUGAAAGACAGGAAUAUGAAUUCCGGGUGUUUGCUCAAAACCAAGUUGGCAUGAGCCGUCCUGCAAACCUCAAGGAUGCUGUAUCACCAAAGGACAUCCAUGAAACUCCAGAGAUUGAUCUUGAUGCUGGUCUAAGAAAAGGCCUUACCGUAAGAGCAGGUUGUCCUAUCAGACUUUUUGCAACAAUUAGAGGAAGACCAGCACCUAAAGUGACUUGGAGGCGCAUGGGUGUUGACAAUGUCAUUAGGAGGGGCCAUGUGGAUCAGAUUGAUACAAUGACCUUCCUUGUGAUUCCUGAGUGCUCACGUGAAGACUCUGGCAAAUAUUCUUUGACUCUUUCUAACCCCUCUGGAGAAAAGGCUGUAUUUGUUCGUGUUAAAGUCUUAGAUACUCCUGGUCCCGUUGGUGGACUGGAGGCAACAGACAUUACCAAGACAGCCUGCCAGCUUGCAUGGUUGCCUCCAGAAAACGAUGGUGGUAGCCCAAUCUUAAACUAUGUUGUUGAGAAACGUGAGGUUGAUAGGAAGACAUGGACAAAUUGCACAAGUGACUUGAAGAAAACAAGCUUCAAAGUCACAACUCUGACGCCAGGGAUAGAAUACUACUUCCGGGUCAUGGCAGUUAAUAAGUAUGGCAUUGGGUUGCCUCAAGACUCACCAAAAUCCUACCUCGCUACAGAUCCCAAGAGUGAGCCUGAUCCUCCGAAGAAGAUGGAUAUAUUAGAAAUUACUAAAAACAGUGCAACUCUAGGGUGGCUGAAGCCACUUAGAGAUGGUGGAUCUAAGAUUAAUGGAUACAUUGUUGAAUACCAGCAGGAUGGUCAGCCUGAGGACAAGUGGACAUUAUACUCUGUUGUGAAAGACUUAACAAUUGUUGUAGCUGGACUUAAAGAAAACACUAAGUACAGAUUCAGGGUUGCAGCAAGAAACGCAAUAGGAUGCAGUUUGGCAAGAGAAGCUGAGGGCAUAUUUGAGGUCAAAGAACAGCUGAUGGCACCAAAGAUCAUCAUGUCUGAUGUGGUUACAGCAAGAGCAGGAUCUAAACUUAUAGUUGAGGCUCUUGUGUCUGGGAAGCCUGCUCCAGUCACAAAAUGGAAAAGGGGAAAUGAUGACAUAGUUACAUCAGAUCGUAUCUUCAUACAAAAAACCCCAACCACAAAUUCACUUUUGAUCAAAGAUGUCACAAGGAAGGAUAGUGGUUAUUACAGUCUGUCUGCUGAAAACAGCACCGCAAAGGUCAACCAGAUCCUCAGAAUAAUCAUUCAGGACAUCCCUGGUCCGCCGCAGGGUCCUCUACAAAUUCUUGAGUUUGACAUGGAUUCCUGCACACUUGCAUGGGAUUCACCUGUUGAAGAUGGUGGCAGCAACAUCACAAACUACAUUGUUGAGAAGUGUGAUGUGAGCAGAGGUGACUGGGUCACAGCUGCAUCUUGCACCAAGACCAGCUGCAGAGUUGGAAAGCUCACACCUGGCAAAGAGUAUGGCUUCCGUGUCCGUGCUGAAAAUCGUUUUGGCAUUUCAGAACCAAUUUACUCUGAGAAAAUGAUUGCUAGACAUCCAUUUGAUCCACCCAGUGAGCCAAGGAACUGUUGUGUAAACAAAAUCAACAAGGAAUCUGUUGUGAUGUCAUGGGAGAGACCAGUGAAUGAUGGUGGCAGUCCCAUCACUGGAUAUUGCAUUGAGCGCAAAGAAAGAAAUAGCCUCCUGUGGGUCAAGGCAAAUGAGGUCCUUGUUCGCUCAACUGAAUAUACAUGCUCUGGCCUCAUUGAUGGUCUUGAGUACACAUUCAGAGUGUCUGCUGUCAACAAAGCGGGACAAGGCAAACCAAGCAAGCAGACAGAUUUUAUCACUGCAAGAAGUCCAGUUGAUCCACCUGGAAAACCCCAAGUUCUUGAUGUGACCAGAAAUUCUGUCUCUCUUGUCUGGAGCCGUCCAAAACAUGAUGGGGGAAGUAAACUCAUUGGUUAUGACAUUGAAUCUCUGAAGCUUCCAGGUGACAAAUGGGUGCGUGUUAACACAAGCAGUCAAAAUGUACCAAAGGAAGAGUACAUUGUUCCUGGACUUGAGGAGGGAGCCCAAUACAAGUUCAGAAUAAUUGCAAAGACAGCAAUUAAUGUCAGUCUGCCCUCAGAGGAAUCUGAUACUAUCCCAGUUAUUGCAGAGCAUGUUCCACCUAGAGUUGAGAUUAGUCUUGAAAUGAAGAACUUAAUUGUUGUCAAAGCCGGAGCAAAUGUCUGCCUGGAGGCUGAAGUUUUUGGCAAACCAAUGCCAAAGGUCACUUGGAAGAGAGAUGGUGUUCCUUUGAAAUUGGCUGAAGGUAUGAAAAUGACUCAGAAGGUGCAUCGCUUCUGCUUGGAACUGUUCUCUGUGACAAGAAAGGAAUCUGGAGAGUACACCAUUAUUGCUGAGAAUCCAAGUGGCGCAAAGUCUGGCAACAUUAAAUUGAAGGUUCUAGACAAACCUGGACCUCCAGCAUCAGUGAAGAUAAGCCAAGUUUUUGCCGACCGGGUGAAACUGAGGUGGGAGCCACCUCUUGCCGAUGGUGGUUCUGAAAUCACAAAUUACAUUGUUGACAAACGAGAAACAAGCAGAGCUAACUGGGCGCAAGUUACCGCAAACAUCAAUGGUCAGAUAACAGACUGUUCUGUGGAGAAACUGAUUGAAGGCCAUGAAUAUGAGUUCCGCAUCAGUGCUGAGAACAAGUACGGUGUUGGAGACCCGAUUGUGACUAACUCUGUGAUUGCCAAAAAUCCUUUCGAUGUCCCAGGACCAUGUGAACCUCCAGUUAUUACCAAUAUCACCAGGGAUCACAUGACUGUUAGUUGGAAGGCCCCUGCUGAUGAUGGCAAGGCCACCAUUCUUGGAUACAUGCUUGAGAAGCGUGAAACUCAAGACCUCAAUUGGGCUAAAGUGAAUAGAAAACCAGUUAUUGACAGGACAAUUAAAGCUGGAGGCCUCACAGAGGGAUCGGAGUAUGAAUUCAGAGUCAUUGCACUCAAUAAAGCUGGUCUUGGCAAACCAAGUGAUCCAUCAGCUGGUGUUCUUGCAGUAGACCCAGUGUAUCCUCCUGGACCACCUGCUUUUCCAAAGGUUGUCGAUUCUACACAUAGUUCAAUCAGUUUGUCCUGGACCAAACCCGCCUAUGAUGGUGGAUGUGAAAUUCUGGGCUAUCUUGUUGAGUUCAAAAGAGCAGAUGCAGAAGACUGGCUGAAGUGCAAUGUGCCAAAGAAUCUCCAGGCAACAAAAUUUAAUGUUACUGGUCUUAUGGAUAACACUGAGUACCAGUUCCGUGUUACUGCUGUAAACAAGAUUGGAUUUGGAGAGCCAAGUGAAGUUCCUGGAAAACAUAUGGCAAAGGAUAUCCUAAUUGCCCCUGAGGCUGAACUUGAUGCAGAUCUCAGAAAAGCACUAGUUUUACGUGCUGGAGUCACAAUGAGAAUUUAUGUACCUCUGAGAGGGCGUCCAGCUCCAAAGGCAACAUGGACUAAGGUCAAUGCAAACUUGAAAGAAAGACAAGGUCUUAUGAUCAAGACAACUGAAUGGGAUACCUUCCUUUAUUGUGAGAAUAUCAACAGAUAUGAUGCUGGCAAAUAUGUCCUAACUCUAGAAAACAGUAGUGGUACCAAGUCAUAUACCAUUGUUGUCAAAGUACUAGACACACCUGGACCCCCAGUCAAUCUGAUUGUUAAGGAGACCUCGAAGGAUCAUGCAUCUAUUACUUGGGAUGCUCCAUUAAUUGAUGGUGGUAGUCCCAUUAAGAGCUAUGUUGUUGAAAAACGUCUGGCUGAGAGAAAGGCUUGGACUUGUGUUGCUCCUGAAUGUCCCAAGACAUCUUUCAGGAUUACUAAUCUCGAAGCUGGUAAAGCUUACUGCUUCAGAGUUUCAGCUGAAAAUAUAUAUGGUAUCGGUGAAGGUUGUGAAACAGCUGGACCAGUCAAAGCCUCAGAGCAACCUGGACCAGUUACAGAUUUUAAACCUUCAGAGAUCAACAAGAAUUCUUGCACUCUUGGCUGGAAGAAACCAAUCAGUGAUGGUGGAAGCCAUAUUGUUGCAUAUGUUCUUGAGAUGUGUGAAGGGGAAGACAAAUGGAAGUUGCUAAUGAAGUCUAAGCUUACCCAGUACACAAUGACUGACCUUGAAGAAGGAAAGGAGUACUUCUUUAGAGUCAAAGCCAUUAAUGAAACAGCUGAAGGACCAUCAUCUGAGCUCUCUGUCUUGGCUAAAGAUCAAAUAGUCCUUCCAGACUGUAAUCUUAAAGGUUUGCCAGACUCUACCUACGUGGCAAAGGAAGGAAGCACUGUUCGUCUUAACAUCCCUAUUAUUGGUAUCCCAGCUCCUGCAGUCACAUGGAAAAAGGGCGAUGUUACUUUAUCAGACAGUGGAAGGAUCUCAGUUGAAUCGACAGCAACGAACACGGUCUUGCUGGUUCGUGAUUGCAAUAGAGGUGAUGCUGGCAAAUUCACUAUUAUUUUGAGAAACAGUGCCGGAACAAAGGAAUCAGCUAUUGACAUUAAAGUUGUUGGAAAGCCUGGAAUUUGCACCGGUCCCAUCAAAUUUGAUGAAAUCACAGCUGAAGCGAUUACUGUAGAAUGGGGUCCACCCAAGGAUGAUGGUGGAUCAGAAGUUACCAACUAUAUUUUGGAGAAGAGGCAUUCUACUGCCAACAAGUGGGUCACAGUUGCUUCUGCAAUUCAGAAGAACUCUAUGAGAGUUACAAGACUUCAUGAUGGAACAGAAUACAUUUUCAGAGUUUGUGCUGAAAAUAAAUAUGGAUUUGGAGAGUUCCUUAAAUCUGAUCCAGUGGUUGCUAAACAUCCAUUCAAUGCACCAGGGGCUCCAGCACCACCUGAGGUUGUGAGCAUUCGUCAUGAGUCUGCUAUCCUAACAUGGUCUGAUCCAAAAGAUACUGGAGGCUCACCCAUCACAGGAUAUUACGUGGAAUUCAAAGAUAGAAAUAGCUUGAUGUGGAAGAGAGCCAACAAGACACCUUUGAGAGUGAAAGAAUGCAGAGUAACCAGUUUGGUUGAAGGCCUGGAAUAUGAAUUUAGGGUCAUAGCAAUGAAUGUGGCUGGACUUGGAAAGCCAAGCAAAACAACUGAAUCACUUGUUGCUCUUGAUCCAAUUGAUCCACCUGGUAAACCUGAUGUGAUCAGUGUCACAAGAAACAGUGUAACACUAAUUUGGGCUGCACCCAAGUAUGAUGGUGGCCACAAACUAACCGGCUAUAUUGUUGAGAAAUUAGAGCAUCCUGGAAAGACCUGGAUGAAGGCCAACCAUGUGAAUGUCCAAAGCUGUGCAUACACUGUAGCAGACCUACAGGAAGGCUGUACUUAUAAAUUCAGAAUAAGGGCUAAAAAUGCUGCUGGAGCUAUCAGUGCUCCCUCAGAGACAACUGAGCCUCUUGUCUGCAAAGAUGAAUAUGAACCACCAACUAUCACAAUUGACCCUGAAAUGAAGGAUGGAGUGACUGUGAGGGCUGGAGAAACAAUUGUCAUCACAGCAUCAAGCAUUCUUGGCAAACCACCUCCUACAGCUGUGUGGUCUAAGGGUGGAAGAGAAUUCAAGACCUCAGAUAUUGUCCAAAUUACAAGCACUCCCACAUCUUCAACACUGUCAAUCAAGUAUGCCAGCCGAAAGAACACUGGGGAGUACACCAUUACCGCAAGUAAUCCAUUUGGUAUCAAAGAAGAAAAAGUCAAAGUGAAAAUCUUGGAUGUGCCUGGACCUCCAGGUCCUAUUGAAGCCAGCAGUGUCUCUGCUGAAAAAUGCACUUUGACAUGGUUGCCACCAGAAGAAGAUGGUGGCUGCACUAUCAAAUCAUAUACGUUAGAAAAGAGAGAAACCAGCCGCCUUCUCUGGACAAAGCUUGCUGAAGAUGUUAUGGAUUGCCGCUAUGUUGCCAGCAAGCUGAUAAAGGGAAAUGAAUAUAUAUUCCGUGUUUCAGCAGUCAAUCAGUAUGGUAUUGGUGAUGCAACACAGUCUGGACCAGUUAAAAUGGUUGAUAGUUUCGGACCUCCUGGGCCUCCAUCAAAACCAGAAAUUGAUAAUGUCAGUAAAAAUGCUGUAACAGUUUCCUGGAAGAGACCAAUUGUAGAUGGAGGAAGUGACAUUAGAGGCUAUAGUGUUGAGAGAAAAGAGAGAAAAGGAAUGAGAUGGGUCAGAGCUUCAAAAAAGACCAUUUCUGAUCUACGUUGUAUCUCAGGCCUGUCAGAGGGAACUGAAUAUGAAUUCCGUGUAACUGCAGAGAAUAAGGCUGGUUUUGGAGAGCCCAGUGAGCCAUCACAACCUGUAAUGACAAAGGAUAUUUCAUAUCCACCAGGACCUCCAUCCAACCCACGGAUUACUGACACCACCAAAACAACAGCAACAUUUAACUGGGGUAGACCCUUCUAUGAUGGUGGACUUGAUGUGACAGGAUACAUUGUUGAACAUAAAAAGGAAGGUGAUGAUGACUGGGUUCAAGACACAACUACUCCAUUGAGAAUAACAGAAUUUGUAGUUUCAAAUCUACAAUCAGGAGGAAAAUAUCACUUCAGAGUCAGAGCACUGAAUUCAGAAGGACUUGGUGAACCCUCUGAAGUUGAGCAAGUUGUUGAACUGGUGGAUCGAGAGGAGGCUCCUGAAUUUGAACUUGAUGCAGAGUUGAGAAGAACACUUGUUGUUAAGUCAGGUGCUUCAAUCCGCAUAUUUGUGCCAAUCAAGGGCAGGCCAACUCCAGAAGUAACAUGGCAUAAGGAAGAUGUACCUCUUAAAGGCCGCGCUCACAUUGACACUACUGAAUCAUACACUCUAGUAGUCAUCCCUGAGUGUACAAGAUAUGAUGCAGGGAAAUAUGUCCUAACAUUGGAAAAUGUUGCUGGAAAGAAGUCUGGAUUUGUCAAUGUUCGUGUUGUGGACACCCCAGGACCUCCAGUAAAUUUGAAACCAAGUGAAAUCACAAAGCAUAGCAUUACUUUACAAUGGGAGAUUCCAAUCAUUGAUGGUGGUUCAAAGAUUACAAAUUAUAUCAUUGAGAAGCGGGACGCAACACGAAAGGCUUACUCAACCGUCACAGCAAACUGGCAGAAAUGCUCGUACAAGAUUCCAGACUUGGAAGAGGGCGCUGAAUAUUACUUUAAAGUUUCUGCUGAGAAUGAAAGGGGCAUUGGUGAACCAGCAGAGACACCUGAACCGAUAAAGGCUUCUCAGGCUCCUUCUGCACCAGAUAAUCUGAUUGUUUCAGAUGUUUCCAAGGACACAGCAACUCUUGCAUGGACAAAACCAAAAUAUGAUGGUGGUAGUCGAAUCACUGGCUAUGUGAUAGAGGCUCAACUGAAAGAUUCUGAUCAGUGGACACAUGUGACAACAAUAAAAGCUUUAGAUUACACUGCAACAGAAUUGGUGGAAAAUGCAGAGUAUGUGUUCCGCAUCUUUGCUGUAAACAGCUCAGGUAGGAGUGAACCUCGUGAAAGUCGACCAGUUGUAAUCAAGGAGCAAAUCACUGCUCCAGGAUUUGACCUCAGAGGAAUAUAUCAGAAGACGGUAGUAGCUAAAGCAGGUGAUAAUCUUAAAGUUGAUAUCCCUGUUCUGGGUCGUCCAAAACCACUUGUUGUAUGGAAGAAAGAAGAUCAGGAACUAAAACAGACACAGAGAAUAAAUGUUGAAAAUACUGCAACUUCUACAAUUCUCAACAUUAAUGAAAUCAAGAGAAAAGAUGGAGGACAGUAUUCAAUGACAGGAAAGAACAUCUUAGGAACUGUGACUGAAAUCAUUACUGUUCAAGUACAUGAUAUUCCAGGACCUCCAACUGGACCAAUAAAACUGGAUGAGGUUUCUUGUGACUAUGUGAUAAUAUCAUGGGAAGCUCCAGAAAAUGAUGGAGGAGUUCCUAUUAAUAACUACAUUGUUGAAAUGCGUGAGACAACUGGCACAUCCUGGGUAGAACUGGCAGCAACUGUUAUCCGCACAACAUUUAAAGCAGCACGCCUUACAACUGGUAUUGAAUAUCAAUUCCGUGUAAAAGCUCAGAACAGAUAUGGUGUUGGACCCUUCAUAACAUCAGCACCAGUGGUGGCUGCUUAUCCAUUUGAUGUUCCAGGACAGCCUGGAAUUCCACAAGUAGUUGCCUUCACCAAGGAUUCAAUGACAAUCAGCUGGAAUGAACCUUCUUCAGAUGGAGGUAGCCCAAUUUUAGGAUACCACAUUGAGAGGAAAGAGAAGAACAGCAUACUCUGGCAGCGGAUCAGCAAAGCUCUAGUUGUUGGCAAUAUGUUUAAAUCACCAGGUCUGAUUGAUGGUAUUGCAUAUGAAUUCCGUGUUAUUGCAGAAAAUCUGGCUGGUCUUAGCAAAGCAAGCAAGCCAUCUGAGAUGACAUAUGCACUUGAUCCUGUAGACCCCCCAGGUCAACCAGUGGCACUUAACAUAACUAGACAUGAAGUUACUCUUCAGUGGUCAAAGCCAGAGGGUGAUGGUGGUUUCUCAAUAACUGGAUAUACAGUUGAAAAAAGAGAGCUGCCUAAUGGUCGCUGGCUCAAAGCCAACUUCAGCAACAUUCAUGAAACAAACUUUACUGUAAGUGGUCUCACGGAAGAUGCUUCUUAUGAAUUCCGUGUAUUAGCAAGGAACUCAGCUGGAGCAGUCAGCAAACCAUCUAAACCUUCAGAGGUCAUUAUCUGCAGAGAUGACAUUGAAGAGCCAAAAAUUGAUGCUGAUGCAAGUUUCAGUAGUGCUGUGGUAGUGAAAGCAGGAGAUGUCUUCAAGCUAGAUGCACGUGUUACAGGUCGCCCAAUUCCAUCCUUGGUUUGGACUAAAGAUGGCAAGGAGCUUGAGGACACUGGAAAAUUAGAGAUCAGAACAUCAGAUUUCUAUACUUGUUUGAUUAACAAAGAUUCUUUACGUAGGGAUGGCGGUGCAUAUGCUCUAACUGCUAGCAAUCCGGGAGGAUUUGCCAAAUUUGUCUUCAACGUUAAAGUUCUUGACAGACCUGGCCCACCUGAAGGACCACUGCAUGUCACAGACAUGACAACAGAGAAAUGUAUUCUGUCAUGGCUGCCACCACUUCAUGAUGGAGGAGGAAAGAUUGAAUACUACAUCAUUCAGAGACGUGAAACAAGUAGACUUACAUGGACAAAUGUAGCUACGGAUUUACAAGUAAACCGCUAUAAGGUUACCAAAUUGCUGAAAGGAAAUGAAUAUAUUUUCAGAGUCAUGGCUGUGAACAAGUAUGGAGUUGGAGAACCUCUGGAAUCUGAGCCUGCUGUUGCCACUAACCCAUACGUGCCUUCUGAUCCUCCACAGGCACCAGAAGUAUCUGCUAUCACAAAAGAUUCAAUGGUGGUGUGUUGGGGACAUCCUGAACACAAUGGUGGAAGUAGUAUAAAUACCUACAUCAUUGAGAGAAGAGAUAAAACUGGUCUUCGUUGGGUAAAAUGCAAUAAAAGAACUGUUACUGAUCUGCGCUUCAAAGUGUCAGGACUAACACCUGGACAUGAGUAUGAAUACAGAAUCCUAGCCGAAAAUGCUGCUGGCUUGAGUGCUCCAAGCCCUUCAAGUCCAUUCUACAAAGCAUGUGACACAAUAUUCCAACCUGGACCCCCUGGAAAUCCUAGGGUUUUAGAUACAACUAAGUCAUCCAUUACUAUUGCUUGGAAUAAACCAGUGUAUGAUGGUGGCUCAGAUAUCACAGGUUAUAUUGUUGAAACAUGCCUGCCAGAGGAAGAUGAAUGGACAAUUGUCACUCCAAUGGCUGGGCUAACAGCAACAUCAUUCACCAUAACCAACCUUAUUGAAAACCAAGAAUAUAAGAUCAAUAUUUCAGCUCUUAACUGUGAAGGUGUUGGAGAGCCAGCCUCUUUACCUGGUUCACCAAAAGCAGAAGACAGACUCCUUCCACCUGAAAUCGAGCUUGACUCAGACCUUCGUAAAGUAGUGAACAUCAGAGCAUGCAGUACCUUAAGAUUAUUUGUGCCAAUUAAAGGAAGACCUGCACCAGAAGUUAGAUGGUCAAGGGAGACAGGUGAACCCCUUGAUAAAGCAUCAAUUGAAAUUACAUCAUCCUUCACCACAUUAGUUAUCGAGAAUGUAAACAGAUUUGAUGGUGGAAAAUACAUGCUAACAGUGGAAAACAGUUCAGGAACUAAAACGGCGUUUGUUAAUGUCCGAGUUCUUGACACUCCUGAUGCACCACAGAACCUUACAAUCAAAGAAAUCACGAAAGAUUCUGCUUCCCUCAUCUGGGAUCCUCCAGUCAUUGAUGGUGGAUCAAGAAUCAGGCAUUAUAUUGUUGAAAAACGUGAAUCUACACGAAAAGCAUAUUCCAUUGUUAAUACCUCUUGUCCCAAAACAAGUUGUAGAAUUGGAGACUUACAAGAAGGAAGUUUGUAUUUCUUCAGAAUUUUGGCUGAAAAUGAGUAUGGUGUUGGUCUUCCAGUAGAGACCACGGAAGCUAUAAAAAUCUCUGAGAGACCUCUGCCUCCUGGAAAAGUGUCUCUAAAAGAAGUAACUGGUAACAGUGUAACACUUUCUUGGGAGAAGCCGGACCAUGAUGGAGGAAGCAGAAUCACGGGUUAUAUUGUUGAAAUGCAAGGGAAAAACAGUGAAAAAUGGACACAAGUAAUGACUGUUAAAGUAACAGAGGCAGUUGUUGUUGGUCUAACACAAGGUGAAGAAUACUCCUUCCGUAUUUCAGCAACUAAUGAAAAGGGAACCAGUGAUCCACGUCCACUUAGUGUCCCUGUGGUUGCUAUGGAUGUUGUAAUUGCUCCUGCCUUCAAACUUUUGUUCAGCACAUUCAGUGUUCUGGCAGGAGAUGAUCUGAAAAUUGAUGUGCCUUAUGUUGCUCAGCCCAAGGCAACAGUUACCUGGCAAAAAGAUGGUAUUGCUCUGAAAGAGACAACAAGAGUAAAUUCUGAAGUAGCAGAGAGACACCUUUACCUUGUGAUAAAAGAGGCAACACGGGAUGACGUGGGCAAAUAUACUAUUAAACUGACAAACUUAGCUGGUGAAGCUACAGCAGACAUCAAUGUUAUUGUACUUGAUAAACCUGGACCACCAACUGGCCCAAUCAAAAUAGAGGAGGUAACUGCAGACAGUGUCACAUUGUCAUGGCAGCCUCCAGAGUACGAGGGAGGCUGUAGCAUUAAUAACUAUAUUGUGGAAAAACGAGACACAUCCACCACCAACUGGCAGAUUGUAUCUGCAACAGUGGCAAGAACAACAACUAAAGCUGCAAGAUUGAAGACUGGAUGUGAAUAUCAAUUUAGGAUUGCUGCUGAAAAUAGAUAUGGAAAGAGUUCAGUUCUUUUGUCUGAGCCUGUUGUUGCACAAUAUCCCUUUGAGGUUCCAAAUUCACCAGGAACUCCAGCUGUUCAAUCUGCUACUAAAGAAAGCAUGGUUAUUGUGUGGAACAAACCCACUAGUGAUGGUGGAAGCAAGAUUUUGGGAUAUCACAUUGAGAGUAAGGAAAGAAACAGCUUGUUGUGGGUAAAGCAAAACAAAACACUCAUUCCAGACACAAGAUUCAAGAUAGGUGGCCUUGAAGAAGGCAUUGAAUAUGAAUUUAGAGUUUAUGCUGAGAAUAUAGUUGGUCUAAGCAAAGCAAGCAAAGUAUCAGAAAUCCAGGUGGCUAGAGAUCCUUGUGACCCUCCAGGCAAACCUGAAGCAGUGAUUGUCACCAGAAACUCUGUAACACUCAGGUGGACACCACCACAGUUUGAUGGCGGCAGCAAGAUUACAGGAUAUGUCAUUGAGAAAAAAGAAUUGCCCAAUGGCCGCUGGAUGAAAGCUUCUUUUACGAAUAUCAUUGAGACUGAAUUUGUUGUCAGUGGCUUGGUAGAGGAGCAGCAGUAUGAAUUCCGUGUCAUUGCAAAAAAUGCUGCAGGUGUGUCUAGUGCUCCAUCAGACAGUACUGGUGCAAUCACAGCCAAAGAUGAAGUUGAUCCACCCCAAAUUGAUUUGGAUGCCAAAUAUUCUCAAACUAUUGUUGUUAAUGCUGGAGAAUCCUUCAAAGUAGAUGCAAGAAUACUUGGUAAACCUAUUCCUUCAGUUCACUGGAUAAAAGCUGGUGAAGAACUUACAAAUACUGCAAGACUUGAGAUAAAGAAUACUGACUUCACAACUACUCUUAGUGUGAAGGAGGCUAUCCGUGUUGAUGGAGGCCAGUAUACCUUGCUAUUAAAAAAUGUUGGUGGAGAGAAAUCAGUAGUUGUCAAUGUCAAGGUUCUGGACAGACCUGGGCCUCCAGAUGGCCCAAUUUCAAUCUAUGGGGUUACCAGUGAAAAGUGCUCCAUUGCCUGGAAAACUCCAUUGCACGAUGGAGGUGCGGAGGUGUCUCAUUACAUUGUGGAAAGGAGAGAGACCAGCCGAUUAGUUUGGACUGUUGUGGAAUCUAAAGUACAAACCCUCAAUCUUAAAAUUACAAAACUCCUUCCUGGAAAUGAAUAUAUUUUCAGAGUAAUUCCUGUAAAUAAAUAUGGAAUUGGUGAGCCUUUGGAAUCUGAUCCAGUGAUUGCAGCAAAUCCAUUUGUCCCACCUGAUGCACCAAGUAAUGUUGAAGUGUCAAAUAUAACAAAGGAUUCCAUGGUUAUCACAUGGGAAAGACCCACUAAUGAUGGCGGCAAUGCAAUAGCAGGAUAUAUUGUUGAAAAGAGAGACAAAGAAGGCGUUAGGUGGGCAAGAUGCAACAAACGUGUAGUGAGUGAACUGCGUUUUAGAGUAACAGGACUUCUUGAAAACCGAAGUUAUGAAUUCCGUGUGUCUGCUGAGAAUGCAGCUGGAGUUGGUAAACCAAGUCCACCCACAGUGUACUUCAAGGCAGUGGAUCAAGUCUUCAAGCCUGGUCCACCAAACAACCCUAAGGUAAUUGAUGUCUCAAGAGCAUCUGUUGUCCUGCAUUGGGGAAAGCCAAUUUAUGAUGGUGGCUGUGAAAUUCAGAGUUAUAUUGUUGAGGCAUGUGAAGUCACUUCCGAAGAAUGGAUGAUGUGUACACCACCCUCCGGAAUAACAGAGACAAGAUUUGAGGUUAAGAAACUGCUUGAAAAGCAUGAGUACAAAUUUAGAAUCUGUGCCAUAAAUAAGGUUGGUGUGGGAGAAACUGCUGAUGUCCCAGGAUCCAUUAUCUUAGAGGAUAAACUUGAGGCACCAGAUAUUGAUCUUGAUGCUGACCUAAGAAAGAUGAUUACUGUCAGGGCUGGAGGCUCUCUCAGAUUGUUUGUUCCUAUUCGUGGACGGCCAACUCCUGAAGUCAAGUGGGGAAAGGCUGAAGGUGAAAUCAACGAGGCAGCUCAAAUUGAUAUUACAAGCAGUUUCACUUCACUCAUAAUUGAAAAUGUUAAUAGAUUUGACAGUGGAAAAUACAAUUUAACUCUGGAAAAUGCCAGUGGAACAAAAUCUGCAUUUAUUAGUGUCAGAGUAUUAGAUACUCCUGAUGCACCUGCAAACUUCCGUGUGAAGGAAAUAACAAAGAAUUCAGUCACUCUUACCUGGGAGCCACCUUUGCUAGAUGGUGGAGCUAAAAUUAAAAAUUACAUUGUUGAAAAACGAGAGAGUACAAGAAAGGUAUACUCUGCUGUUGUUACCUGCAACAAGAUGACAUGGAAAAUUGAACCACUUCAAGAGGGAAGCAACUUUUUCUUCAGGGUUCUUGCUGAAAAUGAACAUGGAAUUGGAUUGCCUGCAGAGACUCUCGAACCAGUAAAAAUCUCAGAGGUACCACAACCCCCUGGUAAAGUUUCUGUAGUGGAUGUUACAAGGAAGAGUGUUUCCCUCAAAUGGGAAAAACCAGAGCAUGAUGGAGGCAGCAGAAUUACUCAUUACGAAGUUGAAAUGCAAGCAAAAGAUCAAGAUAAAUGGUCUCUUUGUGCUCAAGUAAAAUCCCUCGACACUGUUAUAACUAAUUUAGUCCAAGGUGGGGAGUACAAUUUCAGAGUCAUUGCCGUCAAUGACAAAGGAAAGAGUGAUCCCAGACUCUUGGCAAAUCCUGUUGUUGCAAAGGACCUUGCUAUUCAGCCCACAGUAAGAACAAAACUAAGUACCUACAAUGUACAAGUUGGGCAAGAUUUGAAAAUUGAAGCACGAAUUUCUGGUCAUCCAAAACCAACUAUUACAUGGACCAAAGAUGGUUCAGUUCUGAAACAGACCACAAGAGUAAAUGUUGCUGACACUGCACAUCAUACCACUCUUACCAUCAAAGAUGCAACAAGAGAAGAUGGUGGUAUGUAUAACAUUGCUGUGGCUAAUGUACUUGGACAAGCAGAAGCCACUGUUGAAAUAAUCAUACUUGAAAAGCCUGGCCCGCCAACAGGCCCAGUCAGGAUUGACGAAGUGAGUGCAGAGAGCAUUACACUAUCUUGGGACCCACCAACAUACACUGGAGGCUGCCAGAUUUCAAAUUAUGUUGUCCAAAAGAGAGACACCACCACCACUAACUGGGUGGUUGUUUCUGCCACAGUAGCAAGAACCACACUUAAAGUUAGUAAUUUAAAAACUGGAGCUGAAUACCAGUUUAGAAUAUUUGCUGAGAAUAGGUACGGUAAAAGCUAUGGCAUUGACUCAGAUCCGGUUCUCGCCCAGUAUCCUUUCAAGGAGCCUGGGCCUCCAGGAACUCCAUUUGUGUCUGCAUUCACAAAAGAAUCCAUGGUUGUUGAAUGGCACAAGCCAGUCUCAGAUGGUGGAAGUGCUAUUCUAGGAUAUCAUCUAGAGAGAAAAGAGAAAAAUAGCAUCCUUUGGACAAAGAUCAAUAAAAUACUCAUUCAAGACACCAGAUUUAAAACAUCUCCAUUGGAAGAGGGCAUUGAAUAUGAAUUCAGAGUAUAUGCUGAAAACAUAGUUGGAAUUGGAAACUGCAGCAAAAUUUCUGAGGGUUGUGUGGCACGUGACCCAUGUGACCCACCAGGCACCCCUGUGCCAGUGAUUGUGACAAGACACUCAGUGAAACUUAGAUGGACACCACCAGAAUAUGAUGGAGGCAGCCUUGUCACUGGAUAUGUUGUGGAGAAACGAGACCUGCCAGAGGGUCGUUGGAUGAAAGCUAGUUUUGCAAAUAUUCUUGAAACUGAAUUUACAGUCACAGGCCUGAUAGAAGACUGCAAAUAUGAUUUCAGAGUUAUUGCCAGAAAUGGAGCAGGAUCGGUUAGUAGACCCUCUAUGAGCACAGGCUCAAUUACAGCUAAGGAUGAAGUUGAACCACCAACCUAUGAGGUUGCCUCAGAGUAUAGCCAAAUUUUGACUGUGAAUGCCGGAGACACAUUUACCCUGGAAGCAUCCAUAUUAGGAAAGCCAGUUCCAACAAUGCAGUGGUUUAAGGGUGAUGUGGAAGUUGAAAAUUCAGCAAGAGCUGAAAUCAAGAACACUGACUUCAAAGCAAUUCUUGUUGUCAAAGAUGCCAUUCGAAUUGAUGGAGGACAGUACACAUUGCACCUCACUAAUGUGGCUGGAACAAAGUCUGUUUCCUUCAGUGUAAGAGUCCUUGACAGACCUGGACCCCCUGAAGGUCCUUUUACUGUCUCUGGAGUAACAUGUGAGAAGUGUUCAUUGUCAUGGCUGCCUCCAAAACAUGAUGGUGGCAGUAGCAUUUCUUAUUAUAUUAUACAGAAGAGAGAAACAAGUCGCCUUGCUUGGACUGUAGUUUCAGGUGAUUGUGGAGCAACCAUGUUUAAAGUUACUAAACUUUUAAAAGGAAAUGAAUACAUAUUCCGUGUCAUGGCUGUCAACAAGUAUGGAGUUGGUGAACCACUUGAAUCUGCACCAGUGAUUAUGAGAAAUCCUUUUGUUCCACCUGGGCCACCUAAAGAAAUAGAAGUAACAAAUAUUGCAAGGGACUCUAUGACAGUAUGCUGGACUCGUCCUGAGACUGAUGGUGGAAGUGAAAUUGUUGGUUAUAUUGUAGAGAAGAGAGACAGAGCUGGAGUGCGGUGGACAAAAUGUAACAAACGCAGAGUCACAGACUUACGUUUCCGAGUCACAGGCUUGACAGAGGAUCAUGAAUAUGAAUUUAGGUUAACUGCAGAAAAUGCUGCUGGAGUUGGACAGCCAAGUCCUCCAACUGUUUAUUACAAAGCCUGUGAUCCAACAUUUAAGCCUGGCCCACCAACUAAUGCACACCUUGUUGACACUACAAAGAAUUCAGUCACAAUUGCAUGGAGUAGACCAAUAUAUGAUGGUGGUUUAGACAUCCAAGGCUAUGUUGUUGAGAUAUGUAAAGCUGAUGAAGAAGAAUGGACCACAUGUACUCCACCCUCUGGAUUAAAUGAUACUAAAUUUACAAUAACUAAACUUACUGAACACCAAGAAUACAAAGUUCACAUAUGUGCUUUUAAUAAACUGGGUGUUGGUGAGCCAGUGUCUAUCCAAGGAACUGUCAAACCAGUGGAUAAGUUGGAUGCCCCUGAAAUUGAGCUUGACUCGGAAUUGAGGAAAGGUAUUGUUGUACAUGCUGGAGGGUCUAUGAGAAUCAACAUACCAUUCAAAGGACGCCCCAUUCCUGAGAUAAACUGGACCAAGGAUGAGGGAGAUUUACCAGAUAAAGCCCAAAUAGAAAAGGGAGCAGAUUACACUCAGUUAUCACUUGAUAUAUGUGACAGAAAUGAUGCUGGUAAAUAUACUCUGACUUUGGAAAAUAAUGCUGGCACUAAAUCAGCCUUUGUGUCAGUAAAAGUACUCGAUACACCUGGUGCUCCACAGAAUCUUGUUGUGAAAGAUGUAACAAGAAACUACACCACCCUCGUUUGGGAACCACCACUUAUAGAUGGUGGUUCAAAAAUCAAAAAUUAUAUCAUUGACAAGAGAGAAUCGAAUAGACAAGGAUUUGUAAACAUUACUACCAAGUGCUCCAAGACCAGCUUCCGAGUUGGUGAUUUGACAGAAGGUGGUAUUUAUUACUUCAGAGUCAUGGCAGAAAAUGAAUUUGGAAUUGGUCUUCCUGUAGAAACAGAAGAAUCUGUGAAGACAGCAGAUCCUCCUUUAUCUGUCGGCAAGGUAACAUUGACUGAUGUGACAAAAACCACAGCAUCACUUUCCUGGGAUAAACCAGAUCAUGAUGGUGGUAGUAGAAUCUUGGGUUAUUAUAUUGAAAUGCAGCCAAAAGGAUCAGAGGAAUGGACAGUUGCUACAGUCACCAAAACAUGUGAGGGUACAGUGACAGGACUUAGUUCAGGACAAGAGUACCUCUUCAGAGUUUUAGCUUACAACGAUAAGGGAAAAAGUGAUCCAAGGCCAUUGGCUGCUCCUGUCGUAGCCAAAGAUGUUACUAUUGAACCAAGCUUCAAACUACUUUUCAACACCUACAGCGUUCAAGCUGGUGAAGAUCUCAAAGUGGAAAUACCAUUUAAAGGGCGUCCAACUCCAAAGAUUGCAUGGAUGAAAGAUGGACAAGCACUGAAAGAGACAACCAGAUUAAAUGUCUCAAGCACUGUAACUUCAACAGUUCUUAAAAUUAAAGAUGCAAAUAGAGAGGACUCUGGCAAGUACACGGUUACAGCUACAAAUAAUAUAGGUACGGUCACAGAAGAGGUUGGCAUAAUCAUUCUUGACAAACCAGGCCCACCAGUUGGACCGGUUAAAAUUGAUGAAGUAAGUGCCACCUAUGCUACCAUCUCCUGGGAGCCACCAGUAUACACAGGCGGUUGUCAGAUAAACAACUACAUAGUGGAAAAACGUGAUACAACCACUACUAACUGGCAAAUUGUUUCAGCGACCAUUGCUCGUACCACAAUAAAAGUCACAAAGCUGAAGACUGGUUCUGAAUAUCAGUUUAGAGUGUUUGCUGAGAACAGAUAUGGAAAGAGCACAUCAUUAGAUUCAGUGCCAGUUGUGGUCAGUUAUCCUUUUACUGAGCCUGCAGCUCCUGGUGCACCAUUUGUUUCAUCAGUGACAAAAGACCACAUGACAAUUGAAUGGAAACCCCCCAGCAAUAAUGGAGGUAGCCCUAUUAUUGGGUAUCACCUUGAGCGUAAAGAAAAGAACAGCAUCUUAUGGACCAAACUUAACAAGCUUCUUAUCACUGACACUCGAUUCAAAACAAAUGGUCUGGAGGAGGGAAUUGAAUAUGAAUAUAGAGUGUUUGCUGAAAAUAUGGCAGGAAUCAGUCCAUCAAGCAAAGUCUCAGAAAGUGUUGUUGCACGUGAUCCCUGUGAUUCCCCUGGAACUCCUGAAGCCAUUGUUAUCACAAGAAACCUAGUAACUCUUCAGUGGGAAAAACCACAGUAUGAUGGUGGCAGUGCUAUUACAGGAUACAUUAUUGAAAGGAAGAAGCUGCCUGAAGGUCGUUGGAUGAAGGCCAGCUUCACAAAUAUUAUACAAACACAAUUUACAAUAACUGGAUUGGAAGAAGAGCAAAGAUAUGAAUUUAGAGUAAUUGCCAAAAAUGCAGCUGGUAAUUUAAGUGUACCCUCUGAAAGCACUGGACCAAUUACUGCUCAGGAUGAGAUUGAAGCUCCAUCUGUCUCCAUGGAUUCAAAAUUUAAAGAUGUUAUCAUUGUAAAGGCUGGUGAGUCUUUUACGAUUGAUGCCGACAUUGCUGGAAAACCUCUUCCUGAUAUUAUGUGGAUUAAGGAUGGAAAAGAAAUUGAUAGUGCCACACCCAGAAUGGAGAUUAAAUCCACAAUCACACGAACAGUUUUGACUGUUAAGGACUGCAUUAGAGUAGAUGGUGGUCAUUUCCUCUUAAGUCUCAGUAAUGUUGGUGGAACCAAACAGGUACCCAUUACUGUCAAAGUUCUUGAUAGACCUGGUCCACCUGAUGGCCCUCUGAAGGUAACUGGUGUCACAGCAGAAAAAUGUUAUUUGCACUGGAGCCACCCAUCACAUGAUGGUGGAGCUGGUAUUUCUCAUUACAUUAUUGAAAAGAGAGAAACUAGCAGACUGUCUUGGACAGUAGUGGAACCUAAAAUUCAAGCAAUUAGUUACAAAGUCACUAAACUACUGCCUGGUAAUGAGUAUAUAUUCAGAGUCAUGGCAGUGAACAAGUAUGGUAUUGGUGAACCACUUGAAUCUGAACCUGUCCUUGCAAAGAAUCCUUUCAACAAACCUGGACCACCUUCAACUCCAGAAGCAAGUGCAAUCACCAGAGACUCAAUAGUCCUUACAUGGGAACGGCCAGAGGACGAUGGCGGAUCACAAAUUGAUGGUUAUGUUCUUGAGAAACGUGAUAAAGAGGGUAUAAGAUGGACAAAGUGUAACAAGAAGAGACUGAAUGACUUGAGAUUCAGAGCCACUGGGCUUACAGAGGGACACUUCUAUGAAUUCAGAGUAUCUGCUGAAAAUGCUGCUGGUGUGGGCACACCAAGUGAACCAUCUCAAUAUUACAAAGCUUGUGAUGCAACUUAUCCACCUGGUCCUCCUAAUAAUCCUAAAAUAACAGAUAGCUCAAGCACAACUGUUUCCUUGGCAUGGAGUAGACCAAUUUAUGAUGGUGGAGCACCAGUCUCAGGAUACAUUGUUGAGGCAAAGGAAGUUAGUGAAGAUGAAUGGACUGUGUGCACUCCACCAACCGGUGUGCAAACAACUCACUUCACCGUCAAAAAAUUAAAGGAAAAUGCAGAAUACAACUUCCGUAUUUGUGCACUUAAUAUUGAGGGGGCUGGAGAGCAUGUUGAUGUUCCAGGAUCUGUAAUUGCUGCUGAAAAACUUGAAGCUCCUGAGAUAGAACUUGAUGCAGAUCUUAGGAAAUGUGUGACUGUGCGUGCCAGUGCAACACUUCGGUUAUUUGUCACCAUAAGGGGAAGGCCCGAGCCAGAGGUUAAGUGGACAAAGGCAGAUGGUACCUUACCAGAGCGUGCUCAAAUUGAAGUAACAGGCUCUUACACUGUGCUUGUUAUUGACAAUGUUAACCGAUUUGAUACUGGCAAAUAUGUUGUGACCCUUGAAAAUAAUAGUGGCACAAAAUCUUCAUUUAUUAAUGUCAAGGUACUUGACUCUCCAAGUGCUCCAUUGAACUUUGAAAUUAAGGAUGUAAAGAGAGAUUCUGUCCAGCUACAGUGGGAGCCUCCACAAAUUGAUGGUGGAGCCAAGAUCACCCAUUACAUUGUGGAAAAGCGUGAAUCUAAAAGGCUGGCAUUUACAACUGUGACAAACAGCUGUGUCAGAAAUUCAUUCAAGGUUGAUGAUCUCCAGGAAGGAGGUCUUUACCACUUCCGUGUAUUGGCUGUGAAUGAACUUGGUGUUGGUUUGCCUGCAGAGACCAUAGAGGCUGUCAAAGUUUCCCAAGCACCCUUACCACCUGGUAAAAUUAAAGUUGUUGAUGUAACUCGCCACACUGUUACUCUAGCAUGGGAAAAGCCAGAUCAUGAUGGUGGCAGCAAAAUCACAGGCUACACAGUGGAAAUGAAUACUAAGGGAUCAGAUAAAUGGACUGUAUGUGCUACAGUAAAGGCACUGGAAACCACAAUUGAAGGACUUACAACAGGAGAGGAAUACAGCUUCAGAAUUACAGCAAUUAAUGACAAAGGAAAGAGUGAUCCUAAACCCCUGGGAGCAUCUGUUGUGGCACGAGAUAUUACUAUUGAACCCAUUAUUGAUUUGCUGUUUAAUACCUACAGUGUAAAGGCUGGAGAUGAUCUCAAAAUAGAUGUUCCUUUCAGAGGCAGACCUCCUCCAGAGGUUACAUGGAAAAAGGAUAGUCACUCAUUGAAGCAAACAACCAGAGUUAAUGUUUUGACAUCAAAAACAUCAUCAAAGAUUGUCAUCAAGGAUGCAACAAGAGAGGAUGCUGGAAAAUAUGAAAUUAUUUUAACCAAUUCGAUUGGCAUUAAAUCAGCAGAAAUAUCUGUUAUUGUUCUUGAUAAACCAGGUCCACCAGGUGCAAUCAAGGUUGAGGAAAUAAGUGCUGAUUUUAUUUCACUAUCAUGGGACCCUCCAAUUUAUGAUGGUGGGUGUCAAAUUAAUAAUUAUGUGGUCGAGAAGAGAGAUAUGACCACUACAGCAUGGCAAAUUGUUUCAGCAACAGUUGCAAGAACAUCAAUCAAAGUAACUCGUUUGACACAAGGAACAGAAUAUCAGUUCCGUGUUGCUGCUGAGAAUCGUUAUGGAAAAAGCCAUGCAGUUGACUCGUCCCCAGUUGUUGCACAGUACCCCUUCUCACCUCCAGGCCCUCCAACCAGUCUUCGCAUUGCUCAAGCCACUAAAUCAGGAAUGCUAGUUACCUGGAACAGACCAGCAAGUGAUGGUGGCAGUCCCAUCUUUGGAUAUCACUUGGAAUGCAAAGAUCAGAGCAGCAUUCUCUGGACAAAGAUGAACAGAGGACCUAUUACAGAAACUCAGUUCAAGGUAACUGGUUUGGAAGAAGGCCUGUUGUAUCAGUACAGAGUAUAUGCUGAGAAUAUAGCUGGCAUUGGACCUUGCACAAAGGCAUGUGAUCCUGUUUCUGCCCGAGAUCCAUGUGCACCUCCAGGUCAGCCAGUAGUUAUGAACAUCACAAGAACAUCUGUUUCUCUCUCCUGGGCAAUACCUGAGUUUGAUGGUGGAGCUAAGGUGACUGGCUACAUUGUUGAACGCAGGGAACUUCCAGAUGGACGAUGGUUAAAGUGUAAUUUCACCAAUCUUCAAGAAACAUUCUUUGAUGUGACUGGCCUGAUUGAAGAUCAACGAUAUGAUUUCCAUAUAAUUGCUAAGAAUGCAGCUGGCUUACUCAGUGAACCAUCAGAGGGUACAGGACCUGUGACUGUAAAAGAUGAUGUUGAUCCACCACGAAUCACAAUUGAGGACAAGCUAAGACAACUGGUUAUAGUGAAAGCUGGAGACAUGCUGAGAAUUGAUGCUGAAAUAUCAGGACGUCCAAUUCCUGUGAUUUCAUGGGCAAAGGAUGGAAAAGAAAUUGAAGCCAAGGCCAGAUUUGAGAUUUCUUCAACACUCACUAGUACAACACUAAUUGUGAGAGAUGCCAUUAGACGAGACUCUGGACAGUAUGUUCUAACAUUGCAAAAUGUUGCAGGCACCAGAUCUUUAGCAGUAAACUGUAAGGUCCUGGACAGGCCUGGCCCAUCAGCUGGACCGUUGGAAGUAACUGGUCUGACUGCAGAGAAAUGUACAUUGACCUGGGGGCCACCUCAAGAAAAUGGGGGUGCUGAAAUUCAGCACUACAUAGUUGAGAAACGUGAAACAAGCCGGCUUGCCUGGACUCUGGUCUAUGCAGAUAUGAAAGCCACAACAUGUAAAGUAACAAAACUGCUCAAAGGCAAUGAGUAUAUAUUUAGAGUUCGGGGAGUUAAUAAGUAUGGAACCGGUGAAGCUCUGGAGAGUGAUCCUGUUAAAGCAAUGGAUCCAUUUACAAUCCCUGCUGCACCAACAAAUGUUGAAGUCACCAGUGUUACAAGUGAAGCAAUGACAGUUUGCUGGGAAAGACCUGUCUCUGAUGGAGGCAGUAGUAUUGCUGGCUAUGUAAUUGAGAAACGUGAGAAAUCUGGUCUUCGCUGGGUACGUGUCAACAAAAAGCCUGUGUAUGACUUAAGAGUGAAAGCUUCCAAUCUCCGUGAAGGAUGUGAGUAUGAAUACAGAGUAUUUGCAGAGAAUGCUGCUGGUUUGAGUGCACCAAGUGUGCCUUGCCCACUGACAAAGGCAGAGGAUCCAUUGUUCCUACCAUCACCUCCAGCUAAACCGAAAAUAAUUGAUUCUUCUAAAACAUCAAUAACUUUGUCUUGGAACAAGCCAUUAUUUGAUGGUGGCUCUCCAGUUACAGGAUAUAUGGUGGAAUAUAGGAAUACCACUGAUGAUGACUGGACACUUGGUGUCAGUAACACUAAGAGCACAGAGUUCACUGUGGUGGGACUCACUUCAGGAGCAGAGUAUGUCUUUGUAGUCAGAUCAAUUAACAAGAUUGGUCCAAGUGAGCCAAGCCCCGAAACUGAUCCACAGAUAGCAAAGGACAGAGAAGAUGAGCCAAUUUUCCUAAUCAGUAAUGAAAUGAGGAAGACACUGAUUGUCAAAGAUGGCAGCUCAUUUACACUUAGAGUCCCAUUCAAGGGAAAGCCUGUUCCACAUGUAAUGUGGAACAAACCAGAUGUUGAUCUGAGAGUGAGGGCUGCUAUUGACACAACUGAUAACUGCACAUCUGUCACAAUUGAGCAAGCUACAAGAGAUGACUCAGGGAAGUACACUGUAACCCUCCAAAAUGUUGCUGGAACUUCUACACUGACAUUGAGUGUAAAGGUCCUAGAUUCUCCAGGCCCACCAGCCCACAUAGAAAUAAAGGAAGUCACCAAGACCUCUGCAACUAUUACAUGGGAUACUCCUGAGAAUGAGGGUGGUGCUCCAGUUAAGAACUACCUUGUUGAUCUCCGUGAGGCAACUAAAAUGGGCUGGACCAGAAUUACAGACAGUUGUCCAAGGUUGACUUAUAAAGUUAAUGAUCUUCAAGAAGGGGGUGUUUAUUAUUUCAGAGUUACCGGUGAAAAUGAGUAUGGUAUAGGAGUCCCACUUGAGACCAAAGAAGGAACAAAGAUUACAGAAAAACCAAGUCCACCACCCAAGCUUGGAGUCACUGAUGUCACAAAAGACAGUGUCUCACUAUCAUGGCUUAAACCAGAACAUGACGGAGGUAGCAGAAUUACAAAUUACCUUGUUGAGGCUCUUGAAAAAGGACAACAAAAGUGGAUAAAGUGUGGAUCCACCAAAUCAACUCACUUUGUUGUAUAUGGAUUGAGAGAAAAUGCUGAAUACUACUUCAGAGUCCGGGCUGAAAACCAUGCUGGACUUAGCGACCCCAAGGACAUGGUUUUACCUGUUCUUGUAAAAGAUCAGCUGGAGGCACCUGAAAUUAACAUGAAGGACUUCCAACACAACACUGCCUUCGUUAAGGCAGGUUCUAAUCUCAAGAUUGAGAUCCCCCUCACUGGUAAACCACAACCAAAAGUAUCCCUAUCUAAGGAUGGACAGGUUCUAAAGUCAACCAUGAGAUUCAACUCUGAUGUGACAACUGACUCCCUUAUAAUUUAUUUGCGUGAGAGUGUUGCUUCGGACGCAGGCAGAUAUGAUAUCACGGCCUCCAACUCCAGUGGAACCACAAAGUCUUUUGUGAAUAUUGUGGUCCUUGACAGACCAAGUCCACCAGUUGGUCCUGUUGAAAUGUGUGAUGUCACAGAAGAUAGUGUCAGUCUAAAAUGGUUGCCUCCUGCUUAUGAUGGUGGUAGCCCAAUCACCAACUACAUUGUUUUCAAACGUGAGACCACUACUGCAAACUGGGUAGAAGUCUCAUCUGCUGUUGCACGGUGCACAAUCAAGAUCAUGAAGCUGAUUAAUGGAGUUGAGUACCAGUUUAGAAUCAGGGCUGAGAAUCGUUUUGGCAUCAGUGACCACAUUGAUUCACCAACUGUUACAGUCAGUCUUCCAUACACACUCCCUGUGGCACCUUCACAACCAUGGGUAUCAGCUGUAACAAAGGAAAGUAUUACUGUUAACUGGAAGGAGCCAUCUUCAGAUGGUGGAAGCCAUGUAUUUGGAUAUCACCUUCAGAUGAAAGACAGAAACAGCAUUCUUUGGCAGAAAGUUAACACAACUGUUAUCCGUGCUACACACUUCAAAGUAUCAAACGUGAAUGCUGGGCUGAUCUAUGAGUUCAAGGUUGCAGCUGAAAAUGCUGCUGGCAUUGGUCCAGUUAGCAAGUCUUCAGAUCCUGUGCUUGCAAUUGAUGCUUGUGAAUCUCCGAACAACCUUAGAGUCACUGAUAUCACAAAGAGUUCCAUUAGCCUUUCCUGGGAGAAACCCUCAUAUGACGGAGGAAGUAAAAUUACUGGAUAUUUGAUUGAAAGGAAAGAUGGUCCGAAAGGCAGAUGGUCAAAAGCUAAUUUGACAAAUGUUACUGACACAAAGUUCACUGUAUCAGGUUUGACUCAGAAUGAAUCUUAUGAAUUCCGGGUCAUGGCUAAGAAUGCAGUUGGCUCCAUUAGUAACCCAUCAGCAACUGUUGGACCAGUCACAUGUGUGGAUACAUAUGGUGCCCCUGAGAUUGAAUUUCCUCCAGAAUAUCUUGAUGUGGUGAAAUACAAAGCAGGUGCUACAGUUCAUCUUAAAAUUGGUAUUAUUGCUAAACCUCAACCAACAAUUGAAUGGUACAAGGAUGGAAAAGAGCUUGAGUCUGGAGCUCAAAUUUCCAUUUCCAACACCACUGAGUCUGCAUGCAUCUCAAUCAGGGAAGCCAGCCGUUUGAAUAGUGGAACGUAUGAACUCAAGAUCAAGAAUUCUUUAGGCUCAGCAUAUGCUGCUGUCAGAGUACUUGUCCAAGACAAGCCAGGACCCCCUGCUGGAGAGAUACAGUUCAAGAAAAUCACAGCAGAUACUAUGACUAUCAUGUGGGAUCCUCCAGAUGAUGAAGGUGGAGCAAUGGUUACCCACUACAUUGUGGAGAAGCGUGAAACAAGCAGAAUUUUGUGGUCCAUUAUCUCAGAAAAACUAGAAGACUGCAUUGUCACAGUCCCAAGGCUAAUUAAGGGCAAUGAAUACAUAUUCCGUGUUCGUGGUGUUAACAAAUAUGGAGUUGGAGAUCCUCUGGAAUCUAGACCAGUAAUUGCACAGAAUUCCUUUGUUCCUCCUAGUCGGCCUUCUAAACCCCAAGUCACUAUGAUUACCAGGUCAACAAUGACUGUGGUAUGGGAAAGACCAAGUUUAGAUGGUGGCAGUGACAUUGAUGGAUAUUACUUAGAAAAGCGGGAGAUGAAAAGUCUACAGUGGUUCAAGGUUAUUAAAGAUGCAAUUCGUGAUACCAGACAGAAAGUCAGCAACCUCACAGAAGGAAAUGAUUAUCAGUAUCGUGUCUGUGCAAUCAACAAAGCUGGAGCAGGCCCAUAUUCUGAUGUGUCCAUCUUUUACAAAGCUUAUGACCCAAUUGAUCCACCAAGUGAGCCAACCAAGCUCAGAGUUGUUGAUUCAACAAAGACAUCUAUUACCCUUGGAUGGGUCAAGCCUGUCUAUGAUGGUGGCAGUGAAAUUACAAGCUAUGUUGUUGAACAAAGAUUGGCAGAUGAGACCGAGUGGGUCACUAUAAGUUCUAAAGGAGAAAUAAGAACAACUGAGUUUGUAGUGUCCCACUUGAAACCUGGAGUGUACUACUUCUUCCGUGUCUCUGCUGUUAAUUGUGCUGGAACUGGACGUUCAAUUGAGAUGAUGCAGCCAGUGCAAGCCAAAGAUAUUCUGGAGGAGGCGGAUGUGGAUCUUGACAUCUCAAUGUCGACUCAGUACAUAGCAAAGGCUGGUAGAGAUGUGGAGAUUGUAAUCCCUCUUAAGGGUAGACCUGCUCCAAAUGUAACAUGGAGAAAGGGAGACAAAAACAUUAGUGGUGACGCAAGAUAUGCCAUCAGAAACACAGAAUACUCAACUACACUCAUAAUUCCAAAGGUCACAAGGGAUGAUACUGGCAAAUAUCUUCUUGAAAUUGAAAAUGGGGUUGGAGAGCCAAAAACCAUCACGGUGUCUGUUAAAGUAUUAGACACACCUUCUGCUUGUAAUAGGUUGAUAGUGAAGAAUGUGACACGAGGUAAACUUACUUUGAGCUGGGAACCACCUUAUAUAGAUGGUGGCUCUCCAAUCACAAACUACGUUGUUGAAAAGAAGGAUGCUAAAAUGAAGGCAUUCACCAUUGUGACAAAUGAAUGUGCCAAUACAACCUACAAGGUUGAUGGGCUGUCUGAAGAAAUUUCCUAUUUCUUCCGUGUUUCUGCUGAAAAUGAAUAUGGUGUUGGUGAUCCUUGUGAGACUGCACAGCCUGUUAGAGCAACCGAGAUGCCUGGUGCUGUAAAAGACCUUGUACUGGUGGACUCAACUAAUACUUCUGUAUCGUUGGCAUGGACAAAGCCUGAUCAUGAUGGUGGCAGUCACAUUUCUGAGUACAUUAUUGAGAAGAAAACAAAGGAAGAGGAAGCUUGGAGCAUCGGUGGUACGUGCAGGCGUUGCCAGUAUGAGGUAACUCACCUUAAAGAGCUUUCAGAAGUUUACUUUAGAGUAUUGGCAAAAAAUGAGAAGGGUUGCAGUGACUUCUCUCAAAUUGGACCCAUCACUGUAAAGGAACUCCUUAUACCACCUGAGGCAAACCUUAUUGACUAUCCUAAUUCAGAAUUAAGUGUUCGCAUUGGACAAAAUGUGAAUAUUGAUUUGCCCUACAAGGGUAAACCUAAACCAACGAUUCAGUGGAUGAAAGAUGACGUGCCACUCAAGGAAAGUGAGCAAGUUCGUUUCAGACAAACAGAGAACAAGGCAAGUCUCAUUGUAAGAAAUGCAAGAAAGGAGAAUGCAGGAAAAUACACCUUGGUCCUUGAUAGUAAACUUGUCAAGAACUUCUUUGACAUUAAAGUCAUUACACUUGGGCCACCCUCUCAGCCUAUAGGUCCAAUUCGUUUUGAUGAAAUUAAAGCCCAGAGUAUUAUCAUCUCAUGGGAUGAACCCCAGGACAACGGUGGAGGCGAGAUCACCUGCUAUAGUGUAGAAAAGCGAGAGACAUCUCAAGCAGCAUGGAAGAUGGUUUGCUCUAGUGUGGUCAGGACCACAUUCAAGAUACCAAAUUUGGUUAAGGGUACUGAAUACCAAUUUAGGGUGCGUGCAGAGAACAAAUAUGGAAUGAGCGAGCCUCUAACCUCAUUAGAUGUGGUUGCUCAACACCAAUACAAGCCACCAGGUUCACCAGGAAAACCUGUAGUAUUCAAUGUUACAAGUGAUGGCAUGACUGUUCAGUGGGAAGCCCCAGGAUUUGAUGGCGGUUCUCCAAUCACUGGAUACCAUCUUGAGAAAAAAGACAGGAACAGCUUAUUGUGGAUGAAAGUGAAUUCCAGUGUUAUCUCUGGAAGAGAAUACAGAGUCAUUGGACUUAUUGAAGGUCUGGAGUAUUCAUUCAGGGUUUAUGCACAAAACAAUGCUGGAAUGAGUCCAGUCAGUGAACAGAGCAAGCACAAACUGGCAAUCUCCCCUGUUGAUCCUCCAGGCACACCUAACUGCAUUGAUGUUACAAGAGACUCUGUAACACUUCAGUGGGAACCACCAAAGCGUGAUGGAGGCAGUAGGAUUGUGGCAUACAGUGUUGAAAGGCGUCAAGGAAGAGCCCGUUGGUUGAGAUGCAAUUUCAUUGACAUCAGCGAAUGUCAGUUUACUGUAACAGGCCUUCCUGCUGGUGAUCGCUUUGAAUUUAGGGUAAUAGCAAGGAAUGCUGUCGGAACAGUUAGUCCACCUUCUCAGUCAUCUGGCUACAUCAUGACCAAGGAUGAAUGUGUUAUCCCUGAGAUUCAGUUUGAAGCUGAGAAGACCCUCACCAUCAAGGCAGGAGAAAAUAUUAAACUCAACUGCAGUAUAAGUGGACGUCCUGUACCUCAAGUCACAUGGUAUAAAGAUGGAAAGGAAGUUGAUAAAAUGCUGGUUGACAUCACAACUGUUAUUGGAUCAAGCUCACUGUUCAUCAGAGAUGCUGACCGCAAUGACCGUGGUAUCUACACAGUUGAGGCCAAGAACAGUUCAGGCACAACAAAAGUGGAUGUUCUUGUCAGAGUACAAGAUACCCCUGGACCACCUGAGGGCCCGCUUCGCUUCACAAAUAUAUCUGCAGAGAAAGCAACUCUUUGGUGGAGCCCACCUGAAAAUGAUGGUUGUGCACCUAUCAUUAAUUACGUAAUUGAGAAGCGUGAAACUUCCAGAAUUUCCUGGGCACUUGUAACAUCCAAGUGUGAAGCCUGCUCCUUUAAUGCCACAAAACUGAUUAAAGGCAAUGAAUAUCAGUUCCGUGUAUCUGCUGUCAAUAAAUUUGGUGUGGGCAAGCCACUAGAGUCUGAUCCAAUUAUUGCUCAGAUGCAAUAUACGGUACCAGAUGCUCCUGGAACACCUGACUGCACUCAUGUGACAGGAAACAGUAUCACUCUAUGCUGGACAAGACCAAGACAUGAUGGUGGAAAUGAGAUUAAGCAAUACAUUCUUGAAAGACGAGAAAAGAAGAGCUUAAGAUGGGUGAAGGUUUCUGCAAAGAGACCAGUAACUGAGCUUAGGCAUAGAGUAACAAACCUUACAGAAGGAAAUGAAUACGAAUUCCGUGUUAUGGCUGAAAAUGGUGCUGGAAUUGGACCUGCAAGUGGUACAUCCAGAUUGUUCAAGUGCAGAGAACCAACAAGUGCACCCAGUGCACCAACUGUGGUGAAGGUCAUUGAUUCCACCAAGAUGUCUGUUACCUUGGAAUGGACCAAACCAGUGUUUGAUGGUGGUAUGGAAAUAAUUGGUUACAUUAUUGAGAUGUGCAAGGCAAGCCUUGAGGAAUGGCACAGAGUCAACAACCAGACUUGCAUCCACACACAUUACACAGUAACAGAGUUAGAACCUGGUGAAGAAUAUAAAUUCCGUGUGUGUGCUGUCAAUGGUGCUGGCAAGGGAGAAUUCUCUGAGACUCCAAAUGUAGUGCAAGCAGUUGAUAGACUGACUUCACCUGAAAUUGAUAUAGAUGCAAACUUCAAGCAGACACAUGUUGUGAAGAGCGGCGGAACAGUUACACUUCAUAUUCCCUUCCGUGGGAAACCAGCCCCACUUGCCACAUGGACAAAGGCAGAUGGAGAUCUUGGUGUAAUGGUGGAUAUUAAUACCACAGAAACAUUCAGCACUUUGACAAUUGAAAAUUGCACCAGGUAUGAUGCUGGCAAAUAUACACUCUCUCUUGAAAACAACAGUGGUCGUAAAGCCAUUACAUUAACAGUCAAAGUGCUGGACACACCUGGCCCUCCUGGACCUCUCUCAUUCAAGGAUGUAACAAGAGGUGCUCUGACACUCAUGUGGGAUGCACCAUCCAAUGAUGGAGGUGCACGUGUUCAUCACUACAUUGUUGAAAAGCGAGAGGCAAGUCGAUUAAGUUGGCAAGAGGUCAGUGAAAAGUGUACACGUCAAAUAUUGAGAGUGGCCAACCUUGAUAUUGGUGUAGCAUAUUUCUUCAGGGUUAUUGCUGAAAAUCAGUAUGGCAAAGGUGAGCCAUUUGAAAUGACAGAACCUAUUAUAGCCACAGAAGAGCCUGCACCUCCUAAGCGACUGGAUGUCAUUGAUACUACAUCCUCAACAGCCAGUUUAGUAUGGAUGAAGCCUGAGCACGAUGGUGGAAGCCGCAUUACUGGAUACAUUGUUGAGACUAGAAAGAAGGGUUCUGAUCACUGGGUUGUAGGUGGUCAGACCAAAUCUUUAAAAAUGGUUCUUGAAGGCUUGGUUGAGAACACAGAAUAUGAGUUCCGUGUUAAGGCUCAGAAUGAUGCUGGCAUUAGUCAGCCACGAGAUGCCCUAGCCUCUGUCAUCAUAAAGGAGCCACGUAUAGAGCCAACAGCAGAUCUCAGUGGCAUUGAUAAACAGCUCAUCACUUGCAAAACUGGAAAUUCCUUUGCAAUUGAUAUUCCAAUCAGUGGCAGACCAGCCCCUAAGGUAACAUGGAAGCUUGAAGAAAUGAAACUUAAAGAAACAGACAGAGUGUCAGUUAAGAUUUCAAAAGACAGAACAACUCUACUGGUUAAGGAUGCCAAGAGAGGCGACAGUGGAAAAUACUAUCUCACACUUGAAAAUGUAGCUGGAUCAAAAACAUUCACUGUCAUUGUCAGUGUCAUUGGUAGACCAUUGCCACCAACUGGACCUGUUGAAAUUUCAGGAAUAUCAUCAGAAUCCUGUGUAUUGACUUGGGGAGAACCUGCAGAUGAUGGUGGAACAGACAUAACCAAUUAUAUUGUUGAGAAACGUGAGUCUGGCUCCACAACAUGGCAGGUUGUGAAUUCCAGUGUUAAACGGACCACCAUCAAAGUAACUCAUCUCACGAAGUACAUGGAGUACACUUUCAGAGUCUGUGCUGAGAACAAGUUUGGUGUUAGCAAGUCUAUUGAAUCUCAAGCUAUUGUUGCUGAGCAUCCAUUCAUCUCACCAAGCCCUCCAACUCGCCCAGAUGUAGUUUCAGUGUCUGCUAAUGCAAUUUCUAUCCGCUGGGAUGUGCCAUAUCAUGAUGGUGGAAGCCAAGUAACUGGAUACUGGAUUGAGAAAAAGGAGCGUAAUACCAUUCUGUGGGUGAGGGAGAACAAGAUUCCUUGCCUUGAGUGUCACUACAAGGUUUCUAACCUUAUUGAGGGCCUCGAGUAUCAGUUCAGAGUAUAUGCAAUGAACAUCGCUGGUCUGAGUAAAGCAAGUGAACCAUCAAGACCAGUACUGGCUCUAAAUCCAGUUGAUCCACCUGGCAAACCAGAGGUUUAUGAUGUAACCAAGACAUCAGUGUCUAUUAGAUGGUCUAUACCAUUCAAUGAUGGUGGCAGCAAGAUCGUUGGAUAUGUGGUUGAACGCAAGGCAUUAGGUGAUGAUGAAGAAGCUCGUUGGUUGAAGUGCAACUACACUACAAUCACAGAAAACGUAUUUACUGUUACUUCACUCAGUGAGGGAGAGCAGUAUGAAUUCCGUGUUAUUGCCAGAAAUGGUGCUGGAGUCCACAGUAUGCCAUCUGAAUCAACAGGACUUAUCACAUGCAAAGAUGAAUAUACACCACCAAAGGCUGAGCUCGAUAGUAAACUUGUGGGUGAGACGAUCACUAUUAGAGCAGGAUCAGACCUGGUUCUUGAUGCUGCUGUUGGUGGAAAACCAGAGCCUAAGGUUUUUUGGGCCAAGGGUGACAAGGAGCUGGAACUCGGAGAGAAAUACUCACUGACAUACACAAGUACAAGAGCGAUGGCAAUCAUUAAGACAUGUGAUAGAAAUGAUACUGGUAGAUACAUCCUUACUGUGAAGAAUGCAAGUGGAAUCAAAACAGCUGCUGUCAAUGUUAAAGUACUUGAUACACCUGGUCCACCUGAGGGUACAAUAACAAUUAGCAGGGUCACAGAAGAGAAAUGCACAGUUUCCUGGAAGAUUCCAAUGGAGGAUGGUGGAGAUCGUGUCACUCACUAUAUUGUUGAAAGACGUGAGACCAGCAGACUCAACUGGGUCAUCAUGGAAGCUGAAUGCAAGACUCUGUCUUGUGUCAGCACAAAACUGAUCAAGAACAAUGAGUACAUUUUCCGUGUCAGAGGUGUAAAUAAGUAUGGGCCUGGUGUACCCUUAGAGUCUGAACCAGUUAUUGCAAGAAAUGCUUACACUGUUCCAACACCUCCGGAAGCACCAGUGAUUACUGCUGUUGGAAAAGAACAUGUCAUUAUUGAGUGGCUGAAGCCAGAGAGUGAUGGCGGAAGUGAAAUCAAAAACUACCUUGUGGAUAAACGUGAGACGAGUAGUGUUAGAUGGACAAGAGUGAACAAAACCUACACCAUUUAUGAUACACGCCUCAAAAUCACUGGUCUCCUUGAGGGUAGCGAUUAUCAGUUCCGUGUUUCAGCUGUCAAUGCUGCUGGCACCAGUGUUCCAAGUGAUGCAUCUCAGUACGCUCACUGUAGAGACCCAACAUAUACUCCAGCUCCACCAUCAGUUCCUCGUGUUACAGACACCACAAAGCACAGUAUUAGUAUAACAUGGUCACGACCAAUGUAUGAUGGUGGAUCCGAUGUCACAGGCUAUGUUGUUGAGAUUCUGGAGGAGGGAACAGAGCAAUGGUAUAGAGCCACUCAGAAGAUACUGACAAGUACUCAGUACACAGUAGCUGGUCUGGCAAGUAAUAAAAAGUACAGCUUCAGAGUGGCAGCAGUCAAUGCUAUGGGUACUGGAGAGUUCAGUGAAGGCAGUAUUGAGGCUGCACCUUCAGAAAGAGUCGAAAUUCCUGAUAUUGAGCUACCUGACGAACUGAAGAAGACUGUUUGCAUCAGAGCUGGCAACACUUUACGUCUUCAUGUAACUACAGCUGGAAGACCUGCACCAGUUGUUACCUGGAGAAAGCCUGGAAUUGACCUACAAUCCCGUGGAUUCAUAGAUACUACAGAAAACACUACAACUUUAAUAGUUGAGAAGGUUCAUCGUUAUGAUGCUGGAAAAUACACAAUUGAGGCAGAAAAUCCAUCUGGCAAGAAAAUAGUUACCAUUCUUGUCAAGGUUUAUGAUACUCCUGGACCAUGUGGUGCAGUAAAUGUUAAAGAUUACACAAAAGAGUCUGUUGUAAUCACAUGGGAUGUGCCUACUGUUGAUGGAGGUGCUCACAUCAACAACUACAUAAUUGAAAAGCGUGAAGCUUCAAUGAAAUCUUACAAAACAGUGACAACAGAAUGCAAGAAGACAUUAUACAGAAUCACUGGACUGGAAGAAGGAACACAGUACUUCUUUAGGGUAUUGCCUGAGAACAUAUAUGGUAUUGGAGAACCUUGUGAAAUUACUGAUCCAGUAUUGGUUUGUGAAGUUCCAUCUGUUCCUCAAGAUUUGUAUGUAAUUGAUACCACAAAAUCUACUGUCAUUCUUGGAUGGGAAAAACCACUUCAUGAUGGUGGCAGCAGACUUUCUGGCUAUGUUAUUGAAGCCUGCAAAGCUGGAAGUGACCGCUGGAUGAAUGUCGCCAAUGCAAAACCAUCUGUGCUACAGCACACAAUUGUCUCACUGAAUGAAAAUGAGCAAUAUCUCUUCAGAAUCAGAGCUGAAAAUAGCAGAGGUGUCAGUGAGCCCAGAGAUCUCAUGACACCUGUAACAAUACAGGAACAGAAAGUCAUGCCAAAGAUUGACUUGACUGGCAUCCCACAAAAGAUUGUCAAUGUGCCAGCUGGUAAGCCAAUUGUGCUCAACAUUCCCAUUAAAGCUAGACCUGCACCAGUGUGUUCAUGGUUCUUUGGUGGAUUCAAGAUGAAGGACAAGCUUGACCGCAUCAAGAUUGAGACAACUGCUAAAUUAACUAAACUAACAGUUCGUGAAACCACACUUGAUGAUACUGGUGACUACACCCUUGAAGUGAAAAAUGUCACUGGAACAGCAACUGAGGUCAUCAAAGUUAUCAUUCUUGAUAAACCUGGAGUACCUGUUGGGCCUCUGAAAAUUGAUGAAGUUGAUGCCACAUCUGUGACCUGCAGCUGGGAACCACCACUGAAGGAUGGAGGUGCAAAUGUCAGUGGUUACAUUGUUGAGCAGCGGGAUGCACAUCGACCUGGAUGGAUGCCAGUGUCUGAAUCUGUCACAAGACCCAUUUUCAAGUUUACAAGACUUGUGGAAGGAACUGAAUAUGUAUUCCGUGUUGCUGCAACAAAUCGUUUUGGUAUUGGCGGGUUCUUGCAAUCUGAAGUUGUUGAGUGCAAGAGUGCCAAAACUGUACCUGGAGCACCCAGCACACCUGAAAUACUUGAUAUGUCUCAUGAUGGCAUGACUAUUACUUGGUCACCACCUGAGGAUAAUGGUGGUUCUACUAUUGCUGGCUACAUUAUUGAGCGAAAAGAGGCUGGAUCUGACAGAUGGAUUCGUAUAAAUAAGAAUACAGUUACCAUGACGAGAUACAGAGCCACAGGACUUAUAGAGGGUCUUGAAUAUGAAUAUAGAGUUACAGCUAUCAACUCUAGAGGCUCUGGAAAACCAAGUGCAAACUCUAAACCAACUAUUGCAAUGGAUCCUAUCGAGCCUCCUGGUAUUCCACUGAACCCAAGAGUCACAGAUACCACAAGAACAUCGGUUUCACUUGCUUGGUGUCCUCCAGAGGAAGAGGGAGGUGCUGCUAUAACUGGCUAUCUAAUUGAGAUGCAGAAGGUUGACCAGGUUGAAUGGACAAAAUGCAACACAACACCAACAAAGAUUUGUGAAUACACACUGACACACAUGCCUCAGGGAGCUGAAUACAAGUUCCGUGUGAUGGCGUGUAAUGCUGGUGGAGCUGGAGAACCAGCUGAGAUUCCAGGAGUGGUCAAAGUUAUAGAAAUGCUUGCAUAUCCUGAUUUUGAGCUGGAUAAAAUCUACCAGGAAGACUAUGUUGUUAGACAAGGUGGUGUCAUCAGGCUAUCUGUGCCCAUCAAGGGCAAACCCUUACCAAUAUGCAAGUGGACAAAGGAAGGUCGUGACAUUUCUCACAGAGCUAUGAUUGCAACCAGUGAAGAACGUACUGAGCUUGUGAUUAAGGAAGCCCACAGAGAUGACACUGGCACCUAUGACCUUGUGUUGGAAAACAAAUGUGGAAAGAAGGCUGUCUAUAUUAAGGUUAAAGUUAUUGGGCGCCCAGAUCCACCUGAGGGUCCUCUUGAAUUUGAUGACAUUCAGGCACGUUCAGUCAGAGUGAGCUGGAGACCACCCUCAGAUGAUGGAGGCUCUGAUAUCUUUGGUUACAUUGUAGAGAGGCGAGAGGUGCCUAAAGCAGCUUGGUAUACUGUUGACUCACGUGUGGUCGAUACAUCACUUGUGGUCAAGGGACUGAAGGAAAAUGUUGAAUAUCACUUCAAGGUUACAGCAGAGAACCAGUUUGGCAUAAGCAAAUCCCUGAAAUCUGACGAAUCUGUUACACCAAAGACUCCUCUUUGUCCACCAGAACCUCCUAGUUUCCCUCCAGAAAUCAUGGAUGUUACAAAGACCACAGUUGGCCUAUCCUGGUCAAGGCCAAAGGAUGAUGGUGGAUCUCGUGUAACUGGAUACUAUGUUGAGAGAAGAGAGGUUUCCACUGAAAAGUGGGUCCGUCAUAACAAGACUCAUAUCACAACGACAAUGUAUACUCUCACUGGUCUCAUCCCUGAUGCAGAGUACCAGUUCCGUGUAAUUGCUCAAAAUGAUGUUGGUCAAAGUGAGCCUGGACCUGUAUCCGAGUCAGUUGUGUGCAAAGAUCCAUUUGAUAAGCCAGGCCAACCCGGUGAGUUUGACAUCAUCUCUAUAACCAAGGACAGCAUAACCAUUCACUGGUUACGUCCUGAAUCUGAUGGUGGAAAAGAGAUCCUUGGGUACUGGAUUGAAUACAGGCAAGCAGGUGAAAGUGCCUGGAAGAAAUGCAACAAAGAGCGGUCAAAGGACAGACAGUUUACCAUGGGUGGACUCAUGGAGGCUACAGAGUACGAGUUCAGAGUGUUUGCUGAAAAUGAAACUGGACUUAGUAGACCAAGAAGAACAGCAAUGGGCAUUAAAACCAAACUGAGUGUCGGAGAGGCUCCAUGCAUGAAAGAGGAAAUCAAAGAAAUUACCACUAAACUAGGAGAAUCUGGAACAAUGACAUGCCAAAUUAUUGGAAGACCUCUUCCUGAAAUCAAAUGGUAUAGAUAUGGAAAGGAGUUGAUCCAGAGCCGAAAAUACAAGAUGAGCUCUGAUGGACGAAAUCACUCUCUAACAGUAUUCACAGAUGAGCAAGAAGAUGAAGGCUUGUACACAUGCAGAGCUAUCAACGAGGCAGGUGAAAUUGAGACCAGUGGCAAGCUCCUGUUGCAGGCUGCACCACAAUUCCAUCCUGGAUUCCCAUUGAAGGAGAAAUACUAUGCAGGUUGUGGAACAAGCCUACGUCUCCAUGUCGUCUACAUUGGUCGCCCUAUUCCACAAAUCAUGUGGUUCUAUGGCAAGAAGCCUCUUAAUCCAUCUGAGAAUGUCAUAAUUGAAAACACAGAAAGUUACACUCACUUAGUUAUCAGAAAUGUCCAGCGUAAGACACAUGCUGGAAGAUAUAAGGUGCAAAUGAGCAACAAAUUUGGCACAGUGGAUACUGUUCUCCGUGUUGAAAUCCAAGAUAAACCUGUAAUACCCGAAGGACCAAUUGUUGUCGAUGCUCUCUUGAAGAGUUCUGUGAUCAUUAGCUGGAAACCACCCAAGGAUGAUGGUGGAUCAAUGAUCACAAAUUACAUUGUAGAGAAAUGUGAAGCAAAAGAGGGUGAGCAAUGGCAUCUUGUGUCAUCAGCUAUCUCAGGAACCACAUGCCGUGUUCCAAACCUUACUGAGAGUGCUGGAUAUUACUUCCGGGUUUCUGCACAGAAUCAGUAUGGAAUAAGUGAACCUCUUGAGAUUCCAUCUGUUGUCAUUAUCAAGAGUCCAUUUGAGAAACCUGGAGUCCCACAACAGCCAUUUGUUUCUUCUGUAACAAAGGAUUCAUGUGUUGUUUCUUGGAAAGCACCAACCAGCGAUGGAGGUGCCAAAAUUAAGAACUAUUACCUUGAAAAAAGAGAGAAAAAACAGAACAAAUGGAUUGCAGUUACUACAGAAGAAAUCCAUGAGACAACUUACACUGUUAAAGGCCUUCUGGAAGGUUUUGAAUAUGAAUUCCGUGUCAAAUGUGAAAAUAUUGGUGGAGAGAGUGACUGGAGUGAGAUUUCAGAACCAGUCAUUCCAAAAUCAGAUACAGCUCUCCGUGCCCCAUUCUUCAAGGAAGAAUUGAGAGACAUGUGUGUCAAAUACAGGGCAACUGCAACAUUUGUCACAAAGGUUAUUGGACAUCCCAGCCCAGUGGUUAAAUGGUACAAGAACGGCAAAGAAAUUUUACCUGAUGGAGAGAAAAUAAAGGUCCAAGAAUUCAAGGGAGGUUACUUCCAACUUGUUAUCAGUAAUGCUGAUGAGAAUGAUGUAGCUGUUUACCAAAUUAGAGCUACUAAUCAGCUUGGAUCAAUCUCCAAAAGUAUGAACCUAGAGGUUGAGGUUCCUGCCAAGAUUCACUUGCCAUUACAUCUCCAAGGCAUGGGAGCUGUUCAUGCCAUUCGUGGUGAAGUGGUUACCAUCAAGAUUCCCAUUAGUGGCAAACCUGAUCCUGUUGUGACUUGGCAAAAGGGACAAGAGAUGAUUAAUAAUACAGCUUAUCAUCAAGUAAUUAUCACAAGAUCUUUCACCUCACUGGUGUUCCUAAAAGGAGUACAAAGGAAGGAUUCCGGCUACUACAUCAUUUGUGCCAAAAAUCGAUUUGGUGUGGAUAAACAGACAAUUGAACUUGCUGUUGCUGAUGUCCCUGAUCCACCAAAAGAUGUUAAAGUCAGUGAUAUUGGCAGAGAUACACUCACUCUCACUUGGAGUCCUGGAAAUGAUGGUGGAAGUGAAAUUAUCAAUUACAUUAUAGAAAAGUGCCCUACCACUGGAGACAGAUGGAUUCGUGUUGCUCAGACAUCUGAGACACAAUACACCGUGAUGAGUCUUUUUGGCAAAACAAAGUACCAGUUCCGUGUGAUUGCAGAAAACCAUUUCGGCUUGAGUGGUCCAUCUGUGCCAACUGAUGCUGUGACAACAAAAGAAGACAAGUUAGCAAUUCGAAACUAUGAUGAAGAAGUGGAUGAAACAAGAGAGAUUACAAAGGCGGAAGCACCACAUUCAAAAGUCAAACUUUUGCCAUCUCUGUACACAGUCUCUGAGGAACUUGCACGAAAUGGACAGUUUGGCAUUGUACAUCGCUGUGUGGAAAUUAGCUCCAAGAAGACAUUCUUGGCAAAAUUCAUCAAAGUUAAAGGUGCUGAUCGAGAACUGGUUGCAAGAGAAAUUGAGACACUCAAUAUUGCAAGACAUAAAAACAUUGUUUAUCUUCAUGAAUCAUUUGAUAGCCUGGAAGAAUACGUCCUUAUCUAUGAAUUCAUAUCUGGUAUGGAUAUCUUUGAGCGUCUUGGUACAAACUUUGACCUCACAGAGCAAGAAAUUGUUCGGUAUAUGAGACAAGUGUGUGGAGCCCUUAAGUUCUUGCACAGUCACAACUACUGUCAUUUCGACAUCAGACCUGAUAACAUUGUUUAUUCUACAAGGAAGAGCAGUACAAUCAAGAUCAUUGAUAUGGGUCAAGCUAGGUUGCUUACACCAGGUGAAAACAUCAGGAUUCAGUUCACUGCCCCUGAGUACUGUGCACCUGAAAUCCACAACAGUGAUUUUGUCACCACUGCCACUGACAUGUGGUCUGUAGGUGUUCUUGCAUAUGUCCUCCUUAGUGGACUUAAUCCAUUUGCUGCUGAAUCACACCAGAAAAUGGUUGAGCACAUUUCAAAUGCAGAGUAUGUGUUUGACAGUGAAGCCUUUAAAGAGACAAGCCUUGAAGGUAUGGACUUUGUCGACAGACUGUUGACUAAAGACCGCAAGCUACGUAUGACUGCCUCUGAAGCUUUGGAGCACCCUUGGCUCAAGUUGAAAUUGGAACAUGUUAGUUCAAAGGUCAUCAAGACAUUGAGACACAGAAGAUACUACCAAUCACUGGUGAAAAGGGAAUGGAGCACUGUUAUUUCAGCAGCACGUGUUGCCUAUGGUGGUGGCUACAGAAACCAGAGAAAUGUUUCCAUUGGCAGAGUGAAAGUUGGACAUCCUGAACAAGGCUUGAGAGCGGGUCCUGUCAUGCAUUGCUCUGCAGAAGAGGGAGGACAUAUCAGGUUUGUGUGCUGCAUUGAGAACUACAACAGAAACACCGAAGUGACCUGGUACUUUGGUUCCCGCAAACUGACUGCAAGCCACAAAUAUGAAAUCAGUUGUGCUAAUGGAGUUGCUAGCAUCUAUGUUAAAGACAUUGAAGAAUGUGACGAUGGAUUAUAUAGAUGCAAGGUUGUCUGUGAAGACAGGGAGGAUAAUGCAUAUGCUGAGUUGUUUGUUGAGACAGUUAGGUCCUUCCGAGAAUACUAUCUGGGACGCUCGCUCAAGAAACCAAGGCGUAGAAUUGACAAGACAAAAAUUUUGCAGAGGCCUCCCGAGUUUACUUUGCCAUUGUACAACCGUGCAGCAUACAUUGGUGAAGAUGUGCGCUUUGGUGUAACAAUUACAGUCCAUCCAGAGCCAAGUGUUACAUGGUUAAAGGCCGGGCACAGGAUCAAACCAGAUCCUACAAAAUACACAUUCACAAGUGACAAGGGUCUUUAUCAACUCAUGAUACACAAUGUUGACCUCAGUGAUGAUGCUGAAUACACUGUUGUAGCAAACAACAAGUUUGGUGAGGACAGUUGCAAGGCCCGUCUCACUGUAACACCACAUAUUGUUGCUGAGGACAGUAUGAAACCAAUGUUCAAACGUCUCUUAGCUAAUAUUGAGUGUGUUGAGGGUCAAAGCGUCCGCUUUGACUUAAGAGUAUCGGGAACCCCUGCACCAACCCUCAAAUGGGAGAAAAAUGGGAAACCCCUUGAGUUCAGACCACAAGUUGAAGUCGUUCAAGAGGAUGUAGAACAUCAUGUUCUAUAUAUCAGAGAAACCCUCAUUGAGGAUUCAGGCACAUACAGAGUCACUGCAACAAAUACAGCUGGAUCAGCAAGUUGUCAAGCUGCUCUCAAAGUUGAACGCCUAACAUACACAAGGAGGGAGUUCAAGAGUGAGGAAGAGAGGCAGACGUAUGUAAGGAACCAAAUAGAAAAGACACUGAAAAUGGCACAACAGUUCUCCACAGCAGAGGUUGUUACACUUAACCCUGUAGCACAGGAAGCUUUGAAGGAAGCUGCUGAAUUAUAUAAACCUGCAGUCAGCACCAAAAAUGUGCAGGGUGAGUUUGACAUAUCUGUUAAAGAGGAUCAAGAACUAAAGAAAAUAAAAGAAGAAGAGAAGAAGAUACGCAUGCCUUACGAAAUCCCUGAAGCUCGUGCAUAUGAUCCAAGGGUUCUCAGUGAAGAUAAGUUGAUCAAACACUUUGUGCCCCUCUCUGACAUGAAAUGGUACAAGAAACUACGUGACCAGUUUGAGAUCCCUGAGAGAAUGGAAAGAAUUGUUCAGAAGAGACAGAGGCGUAUUCGUCUUUCCAGAUGGGAGCAAUUUUAUGUCAUGCCACUGCCUAGAAUAACUGAUCAGUACAGACCAAAGUGGCGCAUUCCAAAACUUACACUAGAUGAUUUAGAAACUGUUCGACCAGCAAGAAGAUCACCAUCCCCUGAGUCAGAGGCAUCAUUCAGACUGAGAAGACGCUCACUUGGAGAUCUUUCAGAUGAGGAGCUCCUCGAGGCUGAGGACUAUCUGACAAUGAAGAGAACUGAAAAAGAAAGGCGAGAGCUUGAAGAAGAACUUGAACUUGGCUUCUCUGCCUCCCCACCCAGUGGAAGCCCUGUCCGCUUUGAGCUGUCUGCACUACAUCAUGUCUCACCAAGACCUGUUCACAAAGCUGAAAUGAGACGCGUAGAAGAGACAAAACAUGUAACAACAACUGAGCAAGCUCGAGGCUCUCCUCCUCCCAUUUCACAUUUCAUGAGGAGGAGGAGAUCAUUGUCUCCAACAUACAUUGAACUGAUGCGUCCUGUCUCUGAACUCAUCAGACAACCUCGUGCACGCAUCUCAACAGAGGCUGAAGUUGAAAUUAUUGAAAGAAGAUCACCCACCCCUGAGAGGACACGUCCUCGAUCACCGAGUCCUGUGUCAACUGAGAGAAGAUCUUCCAGAUCCUCCUCUAGAUUUGAAAGGUCUGCAAGAUUUGACAUCAUGUCUAGAUAUGAAGCAAGAAAAGCAGCUCUCAAAUCUGAGCGCAAGUACCAGGUUGUGACACAACAGCCUUUCAGUCUUGACCAUGCUCCACGUAUCACAGUAAGAAUGCGCUCUCACCGUGUACCAUGUGGACAAAACACUAAAUUCACAUUGAAUGUUCAAUCAAAGCCAGAUGCUGAUAUCCAGUGGUUCCAUAAUGGACAACAAAUGCAAGAGAGUAGCAAAUACCAGUUCACAAAUAUGAGUGGAGUCCUGUCUCUUCAGAUUAAUGACUGUCAGGAAGAGGACAGUGGCACAUACCGUGUUGUCUGCACAAAUUUAAAGGGUGAGGCAUCAGACUAUGGAACUCUUGAUGUUUCAGGUGGAGCAUUUACUACGUACUCUUCAAGACGUCGAGAUGAAGAGGCUCCAACGCCAUUUGUACCUGAUAUAACAAAAACUGAUUAUUAUCAUUCAACAACAAUCAGAGCUUCCUCUGCCUCAAGAACUCACUUGGAGAUCAAAGAAACCAAAACUAAAUUGACAGAGAGACGUGAAGUUUCUGCCUUUGAAAAGUAUGAAUCGCAGAAGCUUGCAUCAUCUCCAAUUAGACAUGCAUCCACUGAAUACCUAUCAUCAGCUUCAUAUUCAUCCUCUGAAAGGCAUACAACAUCUGAAAAACUUGUGUCUGAAUCAAAGAUAAAAGAAUCAGAAACAACAUCUGAAGUUUCAGUAAAGAAAGUGAAAGCUACUCUUUCAGCCAAAAUCCUCACAAAACCACAGUCUCUGACUGUAUCUGAGGGUGACUCUGCACGAUUUGUCUGUGAUAUUGAUGGAGAGCCAGCACCAAGUGUCACAUGGAUGCAUGAGGGAAGAACAAUUGUCUCUUCACACCGUAUUCAUGUGUCUACCACACAGUAUAAGUCUACAUUUGAAAUUUCAUCAGUUGAGUAUUCAGAUGAAGGCAGUUACACUGUAGUUGUAGAAAAUUCAGAAGGAAAGCAAGAGGCAAGGUUUACCUUAACUAUUCAUAAACAAAUAAUUAAAGUGGAAGCUACACCUACACAAGUGAAGCCACCAGAACCCUCAGUGACAUCUCCAGUGACAUCAGUUAAAUCUCCAGAACCAUCAGUUGCAUCUCCAUUGCCAUCAGUAAAGUCUCCAGAGCCCUCUGUGAAAUCCCCAGUGCCAUCAGUAAAGUCCCCAGAGCCCUCUGUGAAAUCCCCAGUGCCAUCAGUAAAGUCCCCAGAGCCCUCUGUGAAAUCACCAGUGCCGUUGGUGAAGUCUCCUGUUCCCUCAGUGAAGUCUCCAGAACCCCAAAUUAAAUCACCAGAACCCACUGGUGCUAAGUCUCCUGAACCUCGAAUUAAAUCUCCAGAGGGUGUCAAAUCCCCAUUGAAAAUGAAGUCACCAGAGCCAGCUGCCUCUCUUCAGAGGGUAAAGUCUCCACCUCCUAUUAAGUCUCCUGAACCAACUACCCCUCAAAGAGUAAAGUCUCCAACAGCUCUGAAGUCUCCUGAGCCUAUAGCUUCACCUCCCAGGGUAAAAUCCCCACCUCCAAUUAAGUCUCCUGAGCCGGUUGCAUCCCCUCUGAGAGUUAAAUCCCCUACAGGACUUAAGUCUCCUGAACCUCAGAGAGCCAAAUCCCCACCAACAGUCAAAUCUCCUGAGCCGAUCAUGUCACCUAAAAGAGUUAAAUCUCCACUUACAGUGAAAACCCCAACCCCCUCAAAGGAAGCACCACCUAAGAUCAUUCAGCAACUCAAAGCUGAAGCUUAUGAAGACAAAAUUAAGAUGAUCUUUGUUGCCGAGAGCUCAGUAAGAGAAGUUGUUUGGUACAAGGAUAGCAGAAAACUGAGUCAAAGUAGUCGCUACCAGAUUCAUUCAUCUGCAGAUGGAACUUGCUGUCUCUAUAUAUCUGAUGUCUCAGAGAGCGACCAAGGCGAAUAUUCCUGUGAAAUCAUAAGUGAAGGAGGAGCAGUGUCAAGAACUUCAUUUUCUUUUGUUGGUCAAGUGUUCCAAGCAAUCUACAGAAAAGUAACUGCAUUCGUGGCUACACAAAUGGCAGUUCAAGAAUCCAUGUCAUCCCAAAUGCGUGGGGGAAGUGAAAUGAUUCUUAAGAGGGAGAGUGCAGCUGUUAGCAGUGUGCAGGAAAGCUUUUCUUCUAAAUCCAUCCACAUGGAGAGCACAAUGCAAGAGGCAUCCUUCAGCAGUUCUUCAAUGGCUGAGAUGAAAUGUGAAACUAUGUCUAUGUCUAGCAUGUCCUCUAUGACAUCGGAGUCAGUAUAUGCAAUGAGCUCAAGCAGUAUGAUGUCAAGUCAUUCACAUGUCGAAGAAUCUUCAGUUAGAGCAGCCCUCCACAGUGCUCAAGGCUUAGCUCCAAGAAUCGAAGCUCUUCCUGAAGAUAUCAGCAUUGAAACUGGAAAGGUUCUGACAGUGGCCUGUGCUUUCUCUGGCGAGCCAGCACCUCGUAUUGAGUGGUCACGGGGUGGAAAGAAACUGCCUGGCGAGGAAGAAAGCAGUAGGUUCCAUAUUGAGACCACAGAGGACCUAACCACACUCAUCAUCACUGGUGUGAAAGAGAGUGAUGCUGGGGCAUACACACUCAAACUUUCCAAUGAGCAUGGAUCUGACAUGGCAACUGUUACCAUCAGCAUUCGAUCAAAGUAAAGCCAUAAUUUCUACCCCUACCCCUUCCUUUAUUAAGCGACUUUUGUAUUUAUUAAAUGAGCGGGAAAAAAGUCUUGAUAAAUACCUGGAUAUCUGUUCCUGUAAAUAUAAACAUUUUUUUUUUUUUUUACCAAACUUGACAUUAAUUUAUGCCAAACUAGACUAAAGUCUAAAGUUAUUAUAAAAUAUGCCAUAUUGGAUAAUUAUGACUUAGGAUUUUUGAUCCAUUUUUCUGUGACAUGUACAUAAUGUAUAUAGCCGAAUUUAACGGUUAUGGAAAAUGUAUGAAUUGUUAUUUAUAACAAUAUUAACUGAAACAAAUGGAACUAAAUGUUUAUCAGGAGAAAGUUUCACAUGGAACGAAUACCUUGAUAAACCUGAAACAAAACUCUGUGCCUCAACAAUAAGUUGAAGUCUUAAGAUUGCCUCAACAGGUAGAGAGGCUCCCUGUUGACGUUAACACUAAAUCUAAGAGACUAAGUUAUACCUGCAUGUUUACUCAUGCAGUGAUAUUAUAACCAUACUCUUAUGCAUUGUUACUUGAAUGUAAGGCCUUGAGUGCUGUUUGCAUUUUACCCUCAUGUAAGCAGGGCGACUAGGCCUUGGGUUCAGACUGACUAUGUCAUACCACCGUUUUAAUGACAAGCUCAAGGUGCGAGCGGCCUGCACUUUAUGAGCAAAAAUGUUUAAUGUGCUCUGUUUCUGGCAAGGGACUGCUUGAAUAAACUUUCAAAAUGAACAUCUCCUGGCCAAUAAGGAAAGUAUAUCUUGUACUUCCAUGCAGAAGUAGAGCUUCCUCUUGGAGGAUUGCUUUGAAACAUUGCGUGUUUGUGUGUUAGCUUUAGAAUUCACCUUGUCAGUUGUUGGGCAAACAUCAAGAAAGUGUGCCACAGCAACUCCACCUGCUGUGCAAUGGGAAAGAAAUGGUUUAAUACCUAAAUGCCCUGCACUUUGGUUUGAUUUUCUGUAGAAUUGUAGUAUUAUCUAUAUAUGCAACCUCCUUGAGUAUUAAUGAUUCAAUAAAGCAUGUUCUCAGCACUA